AUGGCUGGGUUACCCAUGAUUCACCAGGGUUACUUUCGGAAGAAGACAGAGAUAGAAACAAAGGAGAGAGGGAGAAUGAAGAAGAUAAUGCAAGAAGAAUCACAGACAGAGAGGUAAAAAAACAGGACAGGGGAAGAAGAAAAAAGAAGUGUAAAAUAAGAGUGUGGAGAAGAAGUUAGGAAAGGAGUGGAGGGACCUGUAAUCUGCUCUGUUUGUCACAGUAACAGAUUAGCUCACUGGCUGACAUGAUGUAUGAGUGGCACCGGGUCCCUUCUCAUGCACACGCGCACAAUCACACCCCCACUAUGGAUCAAUUACCCUGUCAGGCAUGUGUGCAACCAUACAUCAUCACCUCGAUUACAUCACAAACACAAACUCCAGCGCUUGAUGCAGACUUCUACUCUUGCUACACAAACACACAAACACACACACAACUAGAACCUCGGCAGCCCUUUGUGUCACUGAUAUUUGUGUCGUGUUUUACAAGCAAAUUUCUCAGCUCCCUGAAUUCUGUGGCCCUAAAAGCUAUUACUGUCUAUCUGUUUCUUUUGCAGGCAGGAGAUGCACACUCUCUCGAAACACACACAAGCACAGUCAAACACACACAUACACGGUUGUACCCCAGAGCCACUGAGACUGCCUCCUCAAAUGAACUCCACUGGUCAGAGUGACUGAGACUGGACAAAGUCAUUUGUUGUGAGUAAACUUCUUUGGGCAGCUCGGGUCAUUUAAGGCAGUGGGAGACACGGAGACCACACACACAGUUAUACACAGACUCACACAGGCACACAGGUCAGUUUGAUCGUGGCAUGGUGUCGAUCACCCUCCACUUCGGUUGGUGUGGUCCACUGGGAAAUGCCCACAGCUCAGCUAAAGCGGGUUCAAUUUAAUUUGAACUUCAGAGGGAGAGAGAGAGAGAGAGGGUGAGAAAGAGAGAGAAAAGAGAGAGAGGGUGAGGGAGAGUUGAAGAGGAGAAGGAGGAGGAGGUGGAGAAGGGAGGGGAGUACCAAUAUUGUUUUGUCCUUCUUGAAAUGACACAAACAUUUCAGACUUUGUCCAGCAUCCAGUCCCCUGAGAGCCUUUGCUGAUGUAUGCGUCUCUGUGUGUAUGUGUGUGUGUGCGUGCGCGCAUGUGUCUGUGUAUGUGUGUGCGCAGGAGGAGCAUUCGUCCAUGUCUUUGCUCUGCCAGCUGAUGCAGAAAAAAAUGCCUAGUGUCACAUAUCCAACAGGUCCCUGCGCAGCCCAUAUGUCCUCCUUCACAUUACAGCACAGCGUCAUUUACGUUUAUUGCAUGCACUUCUACAUCCAGUUGGUCCUCCCUCAGACCACUAGGGGGCGCUGCUCCACUUCACAGCUAACAGUCCAGCAGCGCUCUCCAUCUUCCAGGCGGACAGACAGGAGCGCAACAACAGUCUGCGUGACUCCCCGACCGCAUCGCACCUCUGUCCCACCAACGCGGGGCCACUUUCUCUUCUCCUCCUUCCAAAGAGGAUAAAAGGUUUUUUUACGGGUAACGAAGAGAAGCACGGAAGGGUUAAAGUUGGAUAUUGCCUUCUUAUUUUUAUGGCUUAAUAACUAAGUUCCCUGCCUCAGUCGCUCUGCACAAGAGGAGGAGAGGAGCGGAACUUUCAGCGGACCUUUCCUCUCCGGAGUAACCACUGGGGCAGCGCGAAGGUUCUAACCAAGGAGGUCACACCUGCUCCUGGCCGCGGAUCUCCCUGAAGCCCGGCUGCGGAGGUGGAUGGUAUGGUAUAACUUUUCCGCUGCAGCCGAACCUGAAAGGGGUCGUUUUAUGGUUUCGAGGAGAGGGGAUGCGAGUCUCUCCUCCGUGUCGAAAAGCGGAGUGGCUAUGAGGAGCGAGGUUCACCUGCUGGGCUAACAGAACAAGAGCACACUGCACCAACAGGUAUGGAUCUCUGGAUUGACUUAACACAUACACAGCACAGCCUGGUGCAUCCGGUUAACUCGAUAUGCUUUUUGUUGAAGUGUUUAAAAAGUGUGCGUAAUAGAAAGUGAAGUGGUUGCACCAUCUUCACAUAUGGACGUCUGUUAAAAAUCAAAUAUUAUCUCAUAAUUUAGAAAUAUACUUGUAGAAUGGAUAACACAUUACAAUGCUGGAGAAUUGACACGGGAUUGGAUUCAUGAAGGCAUGAGAGUUACAUGCGUAAAAUGGCUUUUGGUAACGAACCAUCAUGUUCUGGUGCCAGUGUCAUCAACACAGAUGAGAUUUUAUAGCAGAGACAAAUGAUUGCGGUUGUUUCAGGUGUUGCACAGCAUAUAUAGGCCUGCCUCUCUCUCUCUCCCUCUCCCUCUCUCUCACACCCACGCACGCACGCACACACACACACACAGGGACACGCAGGUCUAAGCUGUGCGUAAAUGGGCAUAUGGUGCCGGGUAAAGUGCGCUAUUUUAAGCGGAGUGAUUGUUACACGUUGACAUCCAGAGGUUUUACCCCUUGCUGAUUUAUUGCACGAGCUGUUGUGUGUCCUUUGGCGCAACAAGAUAAGUGUGUUGUCACGUUAUUUCACGAGAAUGGGACAGAAAAGAGACGGUCCUUAAAUUUUAAACAGUUGAAUUCAACGGUGCAAACAUUCGUGUGGAGGCUUAGAUGGAAACCUUUCUGAAACCAGUCUUGGGUGUCUCCUGCAGAGCACCACAUAUCACCUGAUGGAAAGUAGAUGUUUAUUCAUGAGAUGACCUUUAUUGGUGACAGUGGCAACAUGGUGCAUCAGUUUGGAAUCAGAGCAGAGGCCUAAGAAGUUAAGUGCCAUAAAGCCUGGAUUUAAGCCCUUGGAAUAUGAACACAGACGGUAAACUCAAAAGGUAAAGCCCCCUGCUUUAGGCAUAGAAACCCUGUUUGCAUACACAGUGAUUUAUGGCAAAGAUGGUGAGCCUAUGUUUCUGAAAGGCCUCUCCUUACCUUUCUUACCUGUUUUCACCUGCUUCUGUAGGAGACAGGAAAACAGAGGCAGGGAGUUACAAAAGCAGGAGGAAGAGAGCUGACAGUGAGUUAUGACUGACAGGAGAAAAGGAUGCGGGGAGAUGAUGAGUAUCGAGGAGUGAGGUAUAGACUGAGUGUUGCAGGCUUUAUGGUGAGAAUCAGACAAAUAUGAAAAGAGAUCAAGUGCACAGCCUCUGAAGCUGAAGACACUCCUGGAAUUUUGUUGUGAAAUAUAUUCUUAAUAUGGCCACCGGCUGAUGCAUAACAUCAUGAAAUGUAGUAACAACAGCCGUUUAUUGAGGAAACACUUGCAGUUUUCUGCACUCAUUAGACAAUAGAGGAGGCAACAGUGUUUAGAUGAUCGGAUACUUUAAACUUGUCAAAAUAUUGUUCUUAUACUGACUCCUGUGCUGGGCUUGAACAUUCUGUCACUGCAUUAUUUACAUUCCUAAAUCACAUUUACCUCUUUCAAUAUAAGGUGUGCUACAAAAGUAAAAAGGAGAUAUUAAUGGAGAGGACUGAGGUGUCACUUUGUAAUUAUAGCAUUAAGAGGUUUCAAACUCUGGAUUUAACAUUUUUAGAGUAAUGGUUUAGGGUUUUAGAUACAGGUUGAGACAUGUCUGAUUCUGUAGGACAAAUAUACUGACAAUCCAUAAAACUGCAACUGUAGUAGAGGAUUAAAGUAAUAUAAUAUCAAAAUAGUAAUUAAACCAAUAACAUUAUCACGUUUACAUUCAAUGAUAUUCUGUGUGUGGAUAGAAAGUGAACUACAUAUGAUUUUGCAAGUUAAAUAUAACCACAUAACUCUCUAGAAAAGAGAAGAGAAAUACCAAGGCAAAGUAAAAAAAAUCAUGAACAUUAUGAAUAAAAUAAAGGCUUCUUAAAUCUGUGAGAAGUGUUUGAUUGUAUAACAGACUGAAAUUAAUACUGAUGCCUCUUUGUGACCUACAAAAGCAAAUAAAACUGUCAGCAACAAGGCUGACGGUUUUCAAAUGGUAAUUCCCAAUCCCUGAAACGGCUCCUGGGGGGUUAUGUGUCUGACAACUCAAUCUGCAGAAUUCUGAAAAACAACAACUUUGAUUUGUAGAAGAAAGCUAGUUUUUUUUUGGUCAAAUCAGAGAGUUUGAGAUGUGCCUGACCCUAAAACCUCAAACAUCAAUUGAAAACAAACCACUCAAAUAUACAUGAAAAUGACCAGAAUGCACCUUGAUCCAUUUGUUGUAUAUCAUUUUUAAUCUAACAAAAAUGUCCAGCUUUCUGUCGCACUAUUAGUGAGUUAGCCUACGUAGUGUGUUGUCCUCUGAUGUAUUCUGUAAGUGUGCUUUUUAAGGGUGUCCCAAUACAACUUUUUGAUAUUGAUAUUGACCAAUACUGAUAUUGAUCCGAUAUUGGCACAGAAUUGUGCAUGACAAGUUUUUCACUCAGCUGCAAUAUCUUUUUCGGAGUUUAAUGAAAAAUACUGCCACACAGCCAACAUCACUCUUACUCCUUGCUACUUUGUUAGCACCUUAGUACACACUGUUGUUGUGAUUUUGUGGGCUCAGCUUGCUGGAUCAGGGCACUGCUAUAUAGAGGUGCUGGAGCGGAGUCUAGAAUGGACUGCUUGUAUCGGAGUGCUGAUAUUGAAGAUUUUAAAUGCAGGCCGAUGUAACCCAAUAUUCUUUUUUUUUUGCUGAUAUAGGACUGAUAUCCGAUAUCAAUAUCUUAUCAGGACACCCCUAAUGUUUUAUAGGAUGAAGAAUGAAAUUUGGCUAUUGAGCUCAUUACCACAUACUUACAUUCAUGUGUGCUAAAAUUAACUCACUAAUAUGAAAAAGGUCAGCCAAGAUACAGAGGGCACCACUUUAUCAACAAGGGAACCGUAUCACAGCAACUUUACAUUAUUCCUCACUGUGGUUUUGGGUCAAACUAAGAAUGCUCUUCCCAAGUUAAGUAGUACAAAUGUGCACGUGUAUGUGUGUGUGUCAUUGAUCAACUUGUGGAAAUGUCAUUGUGCGGUCUUUGGCCACAGUGCAGGAACUGACCCCUUUAUAUUUGUGGGACAGGAAUGACACCAGACCUCAGUGCAUGUAGAUAUAAAGGCGUAUAAAGAUGAGUGAGUGUUUCUGCUUUUUUUUUCCGCCUAUGCCUUUAUUCAGCCAUGACAGCAAAUAAAGCAAAGAGAGAGAGAUGAUGCAACAAAGGUCAUGGUUAACAUCUUAAUCCCUCCGCCACAUGGACGCCCCAGUGUGUGAGGAAAAUUAAUGGCUGUUUAUGAACAGCAAUGUGGGCGAUCAUACCCUGCUUUGCAAAAAAAGGAAUGAGCUCAAAUGACACUUUUAAAAAUGUUUUCCCUCUGUUACCUCAUGCCUUAACAAAUUUGAUAGCUGCAAUCACACACAUACAUAAACACAGACGCAUGCAGAGCAUACUAACCACAUUACUUAUUGCACUGGAGGAUACUGCAGGCCAGAGGACUUUAUCAGCCUGGAAAAUGUAGUUGCGCCUCCUAAAAGCACAAAGUAAACACAUACACACUGUCAAAGUCAAAAAUACAGCCCGUUUCCUUUCCCCAAUAACUUCUUAAUGUUUUCCUAAAUGCACCUUUCCUGCUAUUAUCUCGCUCACUCCCUUUAUCCCUCUCUUCUACCCAUAAGCCCUCAGGGCACUGGGAAUAAAGUCAAAGUUUCUGUCCAUAAAAGGAGAGAGAAAGACGGAGAGAAAAGAGAGAAAAAGAAAUUGAGACAGAAUAAGACAAAGAGAGGAGCCAGGAAGAAAUGAAAAGUACAGUAUGUUUCCUAUAAAGAGUGAUCCCUUUUUCAUUUGCCACCUCCUGUAGCUGCGCUUGAUGAGCAGGGAACAGGUGGGAAUGAAAAAAGGGAAGAAACAAGAAUGAGACGAACAGACGCAAAGAGAGAGUGAGAGACUGUGAAAGGAGAAAAAGAGGAAAGCUACAGGGGAUAAACAGAAAUAAAUAAAAAUCAUGUGUACUAUAAAAGGUGUUCUGUAUUUCAUUGGCCAUCUCAAGUAGCUGGAUGUGGUGAGCUGAGGCCCAGGGGGGACGAGUGGCCACUCUAAAUGUGUGUAACCCACAUAAAGAAAUUGUUUCUGGGAGAUCGGGCCCUGUAAAUUCAUUCCUAGCCGCUAGCCCUGUUCUUAUCCCACCUCCCAAAGGUGAGCUAUAACACCCAAACACAUAUAUUUUUUAGAUUCUCACUCUCUCUUUCUCUCUACACACAUACACACUUACACACACACACACACUUGCCCUCCUCCAACCAGAUGCAACUUUCAACACAACCUCAAUUUCUCGGUAUUCAUGCUUUCCCCCCACACACUCUUUCUUGACACACUUCUUUUUGCAGUACACAACCACAAAAACAUACACACUUUGCUUUGCUUCCUGAACGGCUCGUGUGGGACAGUAACGGUGACAGCUACAACAACAUCAGUCCCCACUGUGGAACAAAACAGCGUCAGACAGAAACAGCGGCAGAUGCUGCGCUCACAGCUCCAGGAUUACCAAAGUCUGAACAAACUCCAUUACUGCCUCUAUUACCCAGGUAUACACAGGCUGGGAAAAAGUGCCUAACACCUAAGUGCCCUUCGCACCGCUCCCCGUGACAAUGGGAAGGGGAAAGUGUUAGGACCAGAGGGAGGGGGUAGAGAGAGCAUUGAAGGUAAAACAAGAAGCAUAACUUUCAGUGGCAGCUUUGUCAGAGUCAGGGCGGUGUGUAGAAUCACCAGUGAUCUAGAAACUGGUCCGCUACGACAUACUGUACUUUUGGGGUUUCGUGGUUAACAGUGAAUAUCUUCCAGCUAUUAGUUCCUUUUUGUUGCACUGAAUUAUUCUCACCAGUUACUUAAGCAAAAAGAAAGGAGUUGGAGUUGAACGGUGACACUAAACAGCAGACUUUUGGCUGCAGUUGCAUGCAUCUAUUAGCUUAAAGACAUUAAAAAAUACAAAAUGAUGUUAAGAAACUGCUGCUGAGUUUUCACCAAGUGUCCUUUUUUAAAAAAAAAAAAUUCACUGAGAGUGCCAUCUCAAUUUGAUAGAGGUUAUUGUUGCCAUAGGUUACCAAUUGUCCCACCACACUUCUGCUUCCCUUUGUAGUGUUUGUUUAUUAUUAGAUCUGUUUUAAAUUGCUCUGUGUGUUUCACUUUUUAUUCAAUUAAAUUUUAAGAAGAAAACAUCCAAAAAUGUGUGGAAAAUGUGAAUUAGCAUUAGCAAGAACUCAAGAUUUUGACUUGGUGGUGUUAGGGAUGCAAGUGGAGGCUGCAGGGACAUAAAACAGCAAAUACUAAGGGCACUUUUGGGAUCAGGAUGUCUGCUGGAAACACUUAGCUGCUUGGUUAUGUAAUGACAAUAGACACUACCAGUGCAAAAUAAGUCCUGCCAUUAGUGGACACAGACCCUCAAAGCUGACUGAAGCACUAGUUGAUGUUACUUACUGUACUACUAAUGGAGGUCAGAACACCCAAACGGAAUCAUUUAUAUUGAUUUUUUUCGUAUAGAUUAUCAAAGGAGGUAAGUUUACCAGUAAAAUGGGAGAAAUUACAGUUUGGACUGAAGGCAUAAGAAAGCUUCACAUUUAACCCCUUCAUUUUUAAGUGCAUAGGGGAGAGUGGGGUAAGUUGAGCCAAAGGGUAAGUUGAGCCACCCCCUGUUGCUUGGAAAUGGUAAAAGAAAUUGAUCAUGUGACCAAAUAUUUAGGAGAUCAAUUCAUGGAGUUUGUGAAGGUUAGAAGCACAUGGGUGAACAUUUUUCACACUCGAAAGUGAAUUUAGUCUGUCAUAAGUUUUAUUCGAAUUGUGUUUAGACAAAGAAAGGAUCAUUUUAAAUGUAUUUUAUACAUCAAUUGUGAUCUAUGAGCUACAACAUGAGGUCAAAUACUGAGCAUAAAAGUCCACCAUUUUAGCUCAGAGGACUAAUAAAGUCAUAAUAGUAGUUCAAGGGUAAGUUGAAUCAGUGGCUCAACUGAGAAAGUGAAGGAGUCGGAUGAGAGGAUCAGAGUUUCAGUUCAGAUUGUUGAAAUGUGUUAAUUUUUCUUUUCAAAAAUACAGCUGUGAAUGUUCUGAACCACUUAAAGGCAUUCUCAUGUUAAAAUGGAUUUUUACAAAACAGCUUUUUAGCAGAUAUAUGGAAUAAUAAUAAAAAGAAUGAUUGUACCAGUUAAAUAGCAUAUAAUAGAUAAAAAUACACAUGAAUGUGAAAAAGUGACAGUUAUUUAGGGAGAGAGAAGUUGAGUGAGGGCUGGGGUGGAGAGUGGGGAGGGGUAGUAGGGAUACUGCUCAACUUACCCCGCUCCUAUGGUCAACUUACCCCAUACACGAGGUAAGUUGACCAUAGGAGACCACUUUGUUUUGGCAUGCUAUAUUAUCAAGACAGUUAUGUUUACACUCAAUCUGUUGGUUUGCAGGGAUGCACAACAUCUUGAAAUAUAUGCAGAUAUACUAGUUACAGACGAAACUAUGAUUGACUUGAUGUAGUGAUCCGAAGUAUGAAAAAUGGCUCAUCUUACCCCACUCUCCCCUAUACUUAAUGCAAAACUUUUGUAUACAUGAGAUGGUAGAUGGGGUUAAAACAGUAAAGAGUCUGUGAAAUAAUGAGCUCAUUUAUGUACCAAAGUUCAAAAAAAGUUUGUUUCAUGUUUCUAUGUUUUCAUGCUUCUCAUCGAAUGCAUUCUUGUUUUGGACCAUUUUUUGAGACAUUAGAAGGAUUUUUGCAGCAAUUCAUGGACUAGAUGACUGGUCAUGGAUAAAUAGCGAAGGACACUUUUUGAACUCAGUUUUAAAGAGAUUUCUUAGUAAUCAUUCAGUUUAAUCAUCAAGCAUAAAUGCCACAAAGGGCUGGUCACAGCUGCUUAAUCUGAGAAUGUUCUUGUCUUUAUUAUGAAUUGAUAAAUUGAUAUUUGAGUUUUGAACAAGUUUGUUGCAGUGUUUGUGAUUUUGUAGACGUAGUUAUAAGCCCUAUAAAUCUUAAAUAUGGAGGGAGACUGUAUUUUUUUGAAUACUCCAAAAACAUUCACCAUAAAAAAAAUAUGAGAAGCUGCAAAGUCACUGAUCAUCAUUAACACUAAGCUUUGCCAGUUACAGCUUUGUCAUUCUCAACAAAAUAAGAAAUUUUAAGAUAUCAUUUCAUCCAGUGAUAAAUGUUUUCAUUAGUGUUGAUGCUCUGGGUGCUAAAGAUUGAUCAGUGUCCUGAAAAUAAUUGGUAAUAAAUAUUAAAUAAUGAUAAUCAUCUGUGACAGAGAGACAGAGCAGGCAGGAGAACGUGGAGAUGCUGUCUGACUAAUGAGGCUUGGUGAUAGGGCAAUGGUGAGUGAUGCUCUGUGUGUGUGAUUGUGUGAGUGUGUGUGUGUACAUGAGUGUUCAAGGCCAUUCUGCAGUGCUAGCGAUGCAAUGCUGAAAGCAUGUGCAAAGCAGAGUGAGUGCUUCUGUAGAAGGUUAAUAAGGGGGAGAAAGAGAGAGUGCAUGAGUGAGGGUGUGAUUGUGUUUGUGAAAAUGCACCAUCAUAUUGUGUGUGUGUGUGUGUAUGUGUGUGUGCGAGGUGAGUGAUGAACUGCCUCAUAUUUCAGUGGAUCUCCAUCCAUCACGCUCAUCAGUGGCUCUGAGGUCCUGUCAUUACAUGUUUCCCUUCAUUUACACUCUUAAUGACCAUCUCUGUUGACCAAACUUUCCACUGUGCGCUCUCACUGCUGCGCUCUAAAAACCAUACUUUCACUCUUGAAAACAAAGUUAUUUAUCUGUCUGAUUUGUUUAGUUUGUGUUUAGUCUGUUCUCCUUUUUCACUAUGUGGACUUGUCAUAUUUAUCUAGGGCUGGGUGAUAUGGCCUCAAAUCAAUAUCACAAUAUAUUGAGCAGUUCACCUCGAUAAUUCUAAAUGGAUGAUAACUACUCCACAAGCUCCUCACCUGUCUUUCCCUCUUUGUUAUGGACUGGAUGGGGUGGAGUCAGGUUUCCGACGUAGGACAUCGUCUUAAAGAGACAUGAGACCAUGGCCUAACUACACAGAUCCAAAACUAACUUUUAUUUAUUUUUAGUUUUUUACACCAAAUAUAUCGACAUGGGCAAAAUGACGUUGGUUAUUGUCGUAAAUUUCGGUAUUGAUAAAUUUUCAGUUUAUCGCCCAGCCCUACAUUUAGUAGUGAUCCUGACUUUAAUUUACCAUCACAUUCAACCUGUUGCUGCUUCAAACUGUUUCAUUCAGCUCAAUUACUCAGCCUUUAUUUUUAAUUGUAUAUUGCUGUCAUGUUCUUGUAAUACAGUUUAGACCAGAAAGUUACAGCUUAUCAGCUCUGAGAUACCAUUACUCUUAGUCAUCUUGAGUGUAGCUCUGCUUAGAAAAGCUAUUAAUUCAUGUAGAGAUAAGAUGAUUCAACAACGGGUAAGAGAUCUUAAAUUAGGUUUACAUCUGUAUUCUUACACUCAACACCUGUCAGUUUGCUUAAUCUGGAAGUAAAGAAAUUUAUCUUACAAAAAAAGAAAUUGAGCAUUGUGCAUAGUACAAGAUUUAUAAAAGGCAAAACCUAUCACUUAAAAAAAGACAAUGAAUUGAAUAUAAUGUAAUGUUGAGAGGUCUUUAAACUCUUGUUUCUCAUACUUUUUCUCUACCUUACAGUUUUUACCCUUUUCCUGUAUGUGAUUUUUUUAGGGUUCCUUCACCUGAAUUAGAGCUCUAAAUAUAGAGCGUGUCGUGUGCUGUACAAAAACCCCUUGAGGCAAAUGGUGAGUUGUGACUUUGGACCAUGUAAAUAAAAAAUGACUUGACUCGACUGUCUCCUCAGGACAGGUGAUAUUUGUACUCGCUAGAUACACUUACUCCACACGGACGCUGGCCGGAUGUGAAUCUGUUAACUUGGUUGUAUCCCCCUGCUCUACACUUUGAUUUUUCGACCUUGAAGAUGGUCAAUAUAAACUCCUAAGAGUUAUAAAUUGGGAGGUGUGUAAAUCCAGUUUUACUGUGACUACAAAGCAAAAGUGUGCCUUGAAAGCAGCAGCUUGAUUGAUGUCUGAACUGUUAAACCUGAAGGCUCAUUGUGCUUUUAUUGACAGUAUUUGUAUUAGACCGUAAUGGAUCCUGCUGAAAAUAUUAACGAAAUUCCUCCUUCGCUUGUUAACUAAGUCCAUAGGUGCUACUCUAACAACCACCUGGCUCUUCCAGGUUGCGGCUUAUUAAAGCAGCAGUUUGAUUUGUGGAUUUCAGUGCGGCUAUAGCUUCUGCUAAUGAGUCUGCAGUGACAGGACUGUCCACUAGUGUGUGGGCUGAGAUGUGAUAUCACUUUCAGCUGAGGUUAUAAACACAGACUCUGUAGCUUUGGUAGUGUGACAGGGGUUGACUCAUUAUGGGUGACGGCUAAGAGGAGCUGUUUGCCAGGAGUCAGAGGGAAACCGCAUAUACAACCCUGCAGCUCUGCAGUGGAUCUCGUCAUCAACUACGGCGAGACAGCGAUCACUGUGGUCAUUAGGGCGGCAUAAUUAGUCUGACCUUGUGUGUGUUUGUGUUUGUGUGUAUAAGUGAGUGUGUCCAGUACCUGUUCCCCUGAGGCGUGUAAGUCUCGCCUUGGUCAUUCCUCUGGCGAUAGUGGGGAGCAAAUGACGCCCCUCAGGCUUUGACAUGUGAACCACCGAGAUGCUCUCAGUCACUGAUGAACUAAGCCACUGUUGUCAGAGUCUAACAAGAGACUCUUGUCUUUUCUUCCUUUGAAUAAUUUCUUCUUCUGCUCCUUCUCUACGUUGAAGUGCAACCCUGCCUGCUUGUGUUUAUCUGUGUGCGCUCUUUUAUCUUGCAGUCUUUGAUUAUGUUAUAUAAGUGGAACCAGUCGCAACUUUAUGGCUGCCUCAUUAGGUUGUCAGGCAAGCCGUGAGCACAUGCAAUUAGAUCUAAUUAUGCAAUUAUGAAUUUAGUAUGAAGCUUUAUAUACAGUGGAUCAGUAUUUUUGAGCUGGAGAACAAACACAGCAGUGGUUACUGCAGUUUUGUGGAUAGUUAUGGUGUGUUUGAGCACAUACUUCACUGCUUUAACUUGGCUACUUAUGUCAUUUCUUUUCAAAACUGCAGAAGAAGUCUGAGAGAAAAAAAAAACAAGCCAUGGACUUUUGAGAGAUGUUUAUGCCUAAGUUCAACAUUGAGAUUCAGUAUUUAAGCUGAGUGUAAUUCAGUUCCUGUUUCUUAAAAAUAUACUGACUAGACCUGGUUUUCAUAUUCAGCUCAAAGUUCUUUGAUGUUUUCACCUUGAUAAAAUAUCCAACAUGAUAUUGAAACGGCACCAGCAGAUUAAACAAUACAACAGAUUAUUACUUCUUUAUUCUGCCGCUGAUCUUGACCAUCAGUUUUUCAUAGGUCUUAAGGUGCAGUGCUCUAUAUCUGUUCACUUGUAUGAAUCUUUAUAAUCAGAUGUUUGCAUGUAAGUGACAAUCUUUGGGCAAGUAAUAUCAUCUCUUAGCAGAUCUUAAGGUUUUGGCUGUUUACAGGUACACAUGUUGUGAUUAGGGCAAAAGAGACUGCUGUAACAAGGUUUAAAUCUCAGGUUAGAUUGGCUGUACCUGACUACUACUGUAUAAUCAAGUCCUAUUCAUUUCUCCAAAUAGAUAUGUGUGCAAAAGAAAAGAUAUUAAUUGACACUUAGAUGUCAUUUCUCCAUCCUCUCUCUUGCUUCUCAAGAGCUGAUAGAGAGAAAUAGCUUUGCUGUGGUAAAAAGGGUGGCAGAAAUGUGAGCAGACUUGAUCACAAGAUAGUCAGAAAUGCCACCGAAACUGCGAAAGCAAGUCACUUUACCUGUGAGCUAUAAUAUGCAGCUGACACCUAAAAUUCAUGGCUGAUGUUUCAAAUUAUAGGGAAGCUAUGAAAGUUUAAGUUAGGGUGGGUAUUAAAAAUUUAAAGUUUUUUUUUAAAUCCUUCUGCUCCUAUGAGUUCCUGAAUCAGACUUUCAGUGUAAGGGAGUUAAAACCAGUUCUGUCCAAUGCAAGCUAGUUUACUGUAGCAUUCAAAAUCUGUCCAGCUCAUAAAUUCAAGUGUUGCUAUUGAAAACUUUCAAUCAGCCACUAAUUUUUAGGAGGGGAGGAACUAUUAGGGGGGGUAGAUCUGCCCCUGUAGCUGGACUUGAAAGAACUAACAAUGAGUGAAAAAGACACUUUGAUCUAGUGUCUUUUAUGCCUAAAUGCUGGCCAGAAAAGACUGAUCCACAGCUUCAAACUAAAACUUUGCUUAAAGAACUGUCAGAAUACUUAAAAACAUCUGACAAAGUGCCUGACAUUUUCAGAAACACGCCAUGAAUUAAGUUGUUCACUUGAGUCAGAGAAAAGUUUGUCACUUCAGCUUUAUCCAUGAAUGACAAAGUCGGCCCAGUAAACACUUUGUAAAGCUCAAGAGCAAAGAGCUGCUACUCCAAAUCCGCACUCCUCAAUCUUCCAACACAGCUGCAGCAUCUCUGUUAUUCUACCAGACACGUUUCACACCAGCACGCCAAUAGAUGAGAUAAAAAAAAACAGAGCAAAAGAAGGGAAUGAGCUACGGUAGGUGGUGCGCUUCAGUGUGUCAUGUUUCUCUGCAGAUCCUAUUGAGGAAAGCAGACGAGGCUGCAAGGCUCACAGUAUGUGUGCGAGACAUGGUUGACAGUAAUACAAGCAGUAUGCUGCACCCCCUCCCAGGGAUCACAUCCUUAAGACGGUUUCUCUUACUAAUCCGCUCCUAAUAUGACUAAUAUUGUGACACUGCCAUUAGCCACAGCUCUUUGAGGGCACACACAAGGGGAAGAACUGGAGGCAUGCACAUGUGCGCACAUAAUAAAUAAGUACCAGCAGCAUUUUGCUCAGUCUGAGGUAUUCAUCUGCAGCGUUAGUGUACAGAUAAACUGCUGGUUUAAGGCUCUUCUAUGCCUAGCUAUUUGCUAUUUGUUGUUUUGUACAUUCAGGGCUGAUCUGCACAGUUCUGCAGGAAAAAAAAACACAUUUAGUAGAUGGAUAACGAAGUUCUAAAGAUUCUUGUGAACAGCUGCAGUUGUUCGCUACAGGAAUGUGUUACUUGGCCCCCAAGGCCAGUCGGAGAAAGACUGUCAGUGCCUCCAGAAAAUAUGACUUCAUCAACAAACGGCAUGAAGGAAAAAGAAACAGGACUAAUGAUGAUAUCAACUGUUGUGAACAUAAACAUCAGCUGAGUCGAGUCAUUACAAAAGAUUACAUCACAGUGCGAAACAAGGCUUUCACUCAAAAUCACUUGAAGGUUAUUUAGCAUUGAAUUUACGUAAGUAUUAACGCUUAAGUAAUGUUUGAGUAGAAACAACCACCUCUCUCGUCCGUCCAUCAUGUCAGUAGAUAACACAGCAUUCCUCAGUUUGAGUCAGGAUAAGACUCAGGCUGUGUGGGAGAGAUGGGGACGGGCUCUGAAUGCCGAACAAGAAUUCUAAUUUUAAAGCCAUGAAUUACCAAAAGACUGCUUUCAAUUUGAUUGAAUCCAACUUUAUUAGCAUUCCGCCUGCCUUUAUGUGAUGAGGCUGAGCCACCCCUGUGUCCUCUCCCAGGCUGCAGCUGUGGCAGAGGGGACACAAAGAGGAGCUUCAUUUGUGAUGCCCAUGGAUCGAGGGGGUUUGGAUUACAAGGAGUUACAUUGUUAAUUAUUUUAUGUCAAUAUGUUUUCUACACUUUGACUUUUUGCUCUUGUAGGCAAAAGCCAAAGACUACCUGUCUCCAUUACUGUUUAAUAAUGAGGACAUAAUGUGGCUCUGCUGCAUUACAGGCAACAAUUCACAUUCAUUUCAGUUUCUCUUGGAAUUGGAAUUUCCAGGAUUUUCUCCACUUCCUGGAACCAACACUUGCACGGUAGUGUUGUACACAUUUGGUUAGAGAGUCGCUGAGAGUCGCUGUGAUGAUGCUCAGCUCAAACAGCGUACCCCUGGUUGAGCUAAGCAAUCUCCGUACACCCAUGGGCAUCAAGUGUCAAUCAUAGAAAACAUGAACCCCUAAUAGCUUUUAAAAAAUUGAGCUGCACAGAAAAAAGAGGACUUGAGCACAAACCAGUCUUACAGUAACUACAUGUCAAUAUCUCAACCAGUGGGGAGAAAAAUUAUAUUCUGUGUAAUUAAUUUCUAAAGUUUGUCCCCAACUCCAUAAGGAUCGCUGGAGGAGGUGGGAUUUAUGACCUAUACUGCAGCCCAUCUCCAGAGGGUGCUGUUCUUGCAGUGGCUUCACCCAGCGAGGAGGCAGAUGGCGUCCAUUUUAUAUACAGUCUAUGGUGCAUACACAAUAUGACCAUGGAAGCACAGUAGUUACUCAGGCUGCAUGGGAUUAGCUAUUACUCUUAGGUAGUAAUUACUAUGUAAACAAACCAACUUUGACGAAUGAUAAAGACUCCUGGAUGUGAUAUUUGUGAAUGAGAAACCCAGCAUGUAUACCAGAGAGAAACAAAGCAUAUGAGCUAUUCAGAGACUGGAACUGCAUUAUCUUGAUCCAUCUCAUACCACACUCUCUGAACUUGAGUUCUGUGUCUUGAAAUCAGAAAUCCUACCAAGCACACAAGGACACUAUGUAUGAGACCUAGCCAGAAAGCUAUGUGCCAACAACCAACCAGCUCUGCUCUAGACAACUGAGCUAUGACUAUUUUAUGUUUUUGUUGAGUAUAGUCAUUUAUUUGGUGGUUACUUAAACAUAAAUCCAACUUUAACUUAUCACAGGCCUUUUAAUGCUUAACUUUAAUUAUCUUUAUUUAUUUACAUUUCUAUAGCACAUUAUAAAGAACCACAGGGGUAGCCAAAGUGCUGUAGAUUGUGACAUAAAAACAAAUAAAACAAGCAAAGUACAAGAUAGAGCGAGCAAAAAUACAUAAAUGCAAUUAAUAGAUAAAUGUAUAAAUAAGCAGGCUCACGGCAAGUGCUAAGAUGAAAACAAACAAAAUAACACUAAAAUGUAUUAAAGGCCAAGGAAUAAAAGUGCGUUUCUCUCACCUCUCUUGUGUUUAGGAUUUAUGUAGCUAUUCUAUUUAAACUGACGCUAAUCUGUACAUUUAAUAGCUAUUGCCAAAACACAUAUUUGAAAUGAUAACAGCUGUAAGCCGGUCUUUAGGAUUGAUUGCCAUCGACGUUCAUAUCAACGUUCAUAGUUUUCUUGAAGACUAUGUGACCCCAUCAGCAUGUCUCUAGAACCACCAUUCAUACACAAGGCAAUUCCAAGUGCUUUACAGAUGCAAGGAUAUACAUUGGAAAUUAAGAAAGAGAGAUUAAAACAAUUUUAAAUUAGUAAGAUAUGCAUGAUGCUGUUUAUGGUUUAGAGAAAAAAGCUGAAAAGAAAUAAUUAUACUGUACUCACAGUGUCUGCCAUCACUAGUUAAAAAUGUGACUGAAUUGAUCCAGAUUUGUUUUGCACUUAAGUUGAUGCUACAUCCCUCAGCUCAAGUUGUAUUACAUUUAUAUCAAUGCAACAAAAUGAUAAAUUAAAAUUGUGCAUGUGGCUGACAAUAUACAUCCCAGAUCUUGUUUUUUUUAUGAGGUCCCUCAGUAAAAGUAACCAUUCAAUGUUGAACUCUUUAGAUUUUACUCUGCAUGUUGUUGUUUCAAACGUGCAUGAAUGUACAUUUAUUUAAAGCCAUACAAAACCCUUUCCUUACAAAUCUUUCAUGUAGACUUUCAUUUAUGCGUCUUGGAUUUUCUUAAAUGGAAAGGUUAAUGGAGCAGGUGAUGGUCUCUGUAAAAGGUGAAAACAUCAGAUGAGGUUUAACCACGGAUGUUGAAUGCAGCAGGAAUAAGCCUCAGACUGAACUGUGAGGAAUUAGCUGACUAUUUGCCUUCAUAACCCUGGCUACACUAAUGAGGUCCCUGAAGGCCUCCAGACCCCUCCUUUAAAACCUGCUGUCCUGUGUCACCCAGACUGCACCCUCUGCGGCAGAGAGCUGUCCGUAGUGCUGAACAGUGCAGCAGGAUUCAAAGAGGGAGCUGACCGUGGUACAAAUGUGCGGCAGACCAAAAUUCUAGCCACACACACACGAUGAUGCCAGUGCUGCCCUCUGGUUGUCAGUCCAAAGCAGAGGUGUGUGCGCGCAUGUGUGUUUGUGUGAGAGAGGGGGGAAAUGGAGGCUUUUCUGCUUUAAGAUAAGAUUUGUUCACAGUUUUACCUUCCUAGUAUUGUUGGAUGGGGAUCAAGAGAAUCUCCCUGACAUAGCCUGGUCCUUCGCUCCCUCAAAGGUAUUUGGAAAAGAGGGGAAACAGUAAUGCAAUGAGGCACGGUGGAGAGAAAACCCAUGAGGUGGGGAAUCGUUUGAGGGGAGGUAGAGGAGAGAGGAGGGUGAAGGAGGAACAGCUGCAAAAUGAGCAAACAGGAAAGCUAGAAAGUUUGCACAUCUUAAAAAAAUAAAGGUUUGUGAACAAAAUACUGAGUGCACUCCCUUUGAGUCUACUACAGUAUUAUCACCUGCAGAGUGUAUUAGAUUUGAAGCAUUUUUUAAGGGAACCCACUGUCUCUCUGUGCUUUUCUAAUGCAGUCUCAACUUUGAAGCAUCCUGUUUAAAUAUUUAACGACUUCUGUCCAACUCCCUUUCUGAAUGUGUGUUUGCUUGCUGGUGCAAGUGAGUGCAUAUGCACAAACAUGCGCAUGCAUGUGUGAACCUACACAGCAUUAAUAGAUGGAAAACCCCGCCUGGACUGGCUUGUGCUAAUGCACUUGUUGUCCAUCCCUCUGUUUCUUGUCUCUCUGUGUCCAUCUCCCUGAAAUGAAAAACAGCCGUGAUGGACUUGGAAAAACUGUGAGGAGUGAAAUGGGAGUUAGGGAUAGAGUUGAUAUGAGGAUUCUGUGUGUGUGUGUGUGUGUGUGUGUGUGUGUGUGUGUGUGUGUGUGUGUGUGUGUGGGUGUGUGUGUGUGUGUGUGUGUGUGCGUGCAGGGCGAGCCUAGGGGUAAGCUUUCAGAGGUCUGAGCAGAAGGGUGAGAGUGAGAAGGAGAGGACAGAUUUGAGCAGUUAUCUCUCCCUGCAGACCUCCUGUCCUGCCUGCCUACAUAUCCACCCCCCCCACCCACCCCUCACAUACACACACAAAUACACACAAACAAACACACACACACACAUACACCGCUUCCAUCUGUAAUCAUAUUUAGCAUGGCUCUCUCACACAUAUUCACAGUCCAGCCUGAAUGGACUUUCACAUUCAGAAUGCCUGUGCAGACUGAGUGUGCUUUCUGUGCAGCAGCAGCAGCAAAAUCUCUCCACUGUAUCUCCUAUUGCUCACCAGAAACAAGCCCAGAGCUGCAGGCAGACUGAACAUCACCCAGGAUUGUGGGGUUGAUGCUAUUUUUACAGCCAGUGUGAUGAGGGGUGUGCAGAACAAAAGUAGCUUGGCUCGCUCUCCCCCUCCCUGGUACUUUAAUUAGAAUUCUUGCUGUCUCACCUGUCUUUUUGCUCAUAUAAAUGAGUCCAUAUUGGGGGGAAAUGCAGGUAAAAGGAUAAAUGGAUAGAUAAAUUGAGUGAGAAUACAAUUUGCACUUGUUUUGUUUCACACAAAGGCAGAUUUGCAAAGAAAAAGGCUCUUGUAGGGAGUCAGAGUGUGCACGGUUGAGUGUGUGUGCGUGCAUGUGUGAGAAAGAGCGUUGCAGUCGGAGGGGAAAUCAAUGCAGAGAAUAUAGUGGCAAUUACUACAGCAGCCUGCAAGUGAACCUAGUGGAACAAACUAACUAAUACAUGAAUAAAUAAGCACAGUGAAAUGGAGAUGUGGACAUAUGUGUGUGUGUGUGUUUGUUUGAGAGUGUGUGUGUGUGUGUGUGUUAGUAGACUGGUCUGUAGAUCUUGGACGCUCCUUUGCUGUGCCAGCCAAUUAACGAAGUGUGUAAACCGAGCUCAUUAAAGAAACAGCAUUUGCCACACACUAACAAACACUCGCACGCACACACACGCAGAGUCUUUGUAUCAAGCGUGACUCUCUCUUAUUUCAAGCUUGCCACGCAGACGAGAGGCCAAACUUUUUCCCUUUCACCAUAAAGGUCUACUGUAGAGCGUGUGUUAUCAUCCGCUCGCUCGCUCGCUUCUACGCGUACGUUCUUUUUUUGUGUGUGAGUCUGUUGGACAAGCUGUAAAGAUUGAUUAAAGUUUGUCGCUUUGAAGCUGCUGCCAAGUGCUGCCUCACUAACUCAUCAUGUUCAAAAAACAAAAGCUCUUCAAGGUCCCCACCUACUAACUAUUCCUCCUCUCUCUCUCUGUCCCUGUCUCUCUCUCUCUCUUUCUCUUUUGCUGCUUCUUGGCUUCUUUCUUUCUUGUUUCAUCUACUGCAAUCUGGUUUAUCUCUUGCUCUGCCCUUCUGUUUUCAAGAGGAGGAUGAGAACAGCGCAAAUAUAAGCUCUUCAUUUGCCGAGCGGUGUUGUAAUGUUGAGUCAUGUUUUGUUGGUCUACUGAGCGAGUUCUUUGUGCGAGCCCUUAAAUUUUCUCUCUGCUCAAUGAGACUGUGAAAAAUAAGCGGCCAGGAGACUUAGGUGAGAAUUUUUUUUUUCUCACUCUCAAUCUGCUUAAUAACUAUGAUUCAUGGAAGUGUGUGGACUAUUAUUAGUCACCCAAAUGAGGAAAUGGAGGAGAGUGGGCAAACAGAAGCGUGAGUGGAUCAGACAGCAGUUUGUGUUAUUCAUUCGGAGUGUAGCUGCUGAAAGUGAUAACUGCCUCUCCUGUUUCUGCACCUAUCUCCAAUUAAAUCGCCUCAAUUGAGUCUAAUAUGCUUAAUGGCACUAAUUUUAAUGAAGACUGCUCCCCUCAGCUUUCAAACUGGAGGAAAAAAAGAUGUUAGAAUUGAUCAUUUUAGAGCUGAACCACAGAUGGCUGUGGUUUAAUGAUAUAUCAGUCUAUCAUACCCUGAGUAAGUAAACAAGUCCUCAGUAGUAUUGUAUGUGUGUUAGAAUAUGGAUAUUAAGCUAAAAUUAGCUUCUCCUCAAUGGUGAAUAGGUGCACCAUUUUGCUAGCAGUGUGUGUGUUUAGAGUUCAUUUCUUUUUUUGCAGCAGCCUGGCAAAUACAGUAGAAGGUAUUUAACUCUGUUAACUCAUGUUGUCUGCCUGCUUGACUGUGUUCAGCACUUCUUCUUGUGAUCUGGCGGGCUAAUAGAUGUGCAAGUGGUUUAAAAAUACUGUGCUAAAAUUACCUGCCAGCAAAAUGACAACAAUAACAGGAGAUAUUCUGUAUAGGCCACGACAAGGAGAAGUGAAUCUUCUCUGUUAGCAACAAAAAUACUUGGUCCAGUAAAGAAAAUUAAGGUUUCAGUAAGUACUGCAAGUUAUCCCCUUUUCUGCAGCAGUGUAAAAUGCAGUGAAGAGACGAUACAGUCUAAAGUGAAAAGUUAAAAUUUGUUUUAAAUCUUAAGUCAGAGGUUUUAGUGUCUAUCUUUUAACUUGCUAAGAAUAUUAUGCUAACUUAGCAACCGCCAUUCUGACAUCCCGCCAUUCCGACAUUGGUCUCUAAUUGUCGGAGUGGCGGUAUGUUACUAUGCUAUCAAACAUCCCGUCAUUCCGACAGCUCUCGCCCAGCUACGCUCAGGAUUAAAUGACGGACUCCACAUGUGAGCUGCGUUGGAAUGGUGAGAUGUCGGAGUGGCAGCACGAAACCCUUAGCAAGGUUAACCUUACCGAAUCAAGGUUAUUUUCAAAGUUUCAGCUUUUAAUAGGCUGAAAAACACCAUCCCUUUCACUCACUUACCUGGUGAUGUUUUCUGUGAGCCGUUUAGAUCCUCUAUGAUAAUAAUGUGUUGAUUAAGCCCCAGACCAAAGUUGUGCAGUUACAGUAACAUAUACUGUAAGUAUCACAUCACAGGGUCUCUGCUUUCAGCUAGUGAUGACGGUAAUCUGACCUCUUCCUGUCUCCCUUCUCUCUUUUUUGCCAGUUCACCUCAGGUAAAUGAAACACUCUAAAUUGACAGUAAAAGUAUAAUCACAGUCUAAAGACAGUGGAUUACAUUUGAAGGCUCUGUCUCAACAUUCUGCAAAGUCGGUUUGAGGCCUUUUUCUUUUAGUAAAAGCUAAAAAAAAUAAGUCUGUGGGUAUUUAUCACAGAUUGAAUAAAAUCAAUAAUUUUAAAGAACAAUAACUCAGUUUUGUCAGCGUAUUUUCAUAAAGUGAAAGUACAAGACCUAACUGCCUGCCUGCACUGCUGAAAUCUUGUGAAUCAUUGUUAAAGUGUGCUGAGUGUGAUUGCCAAAUUAGACUAAAUGGGAGGCAAGGUAAAAAAAUCAAUGUGUUAUUGUUCAAAAUAACUCAAUAAACUACCGCUUUGUGUACUUUCCUGGCUCGUAAAUCUACUACACAUGGGCUAAUGUCAGGAAAGCUGAUUUCUGUCUCUGUGUUGAUGCUUAGAUUAUCGUGUCUCUGAUAAACUGUGAGGGUCUCUGUUUAGAAGAAACUGCUCUGAAGUCCUGCAGAUAUUUGUCUGCUUCACUCGUGUUUUUGUCCCUGUUGAGAGCAGUCAUGUUGAAGGAUGUUUUCCCACUUGGUCCAACUGAGAGAGCCUCCUCUGGUUAGAAUUUGACUUUAGUGCAUAUUUAUGAACUACCAUUGUUCGGGAGUUUUUAUCAGAGUCAAAUAUUUAAGACAACUGGUUAGUGAGAAAAAUUGAUUGCUCUUGAUUUCACAAAAAGCUUGUUAAAUUUUGGUCACUAAUGUACAUUAUUCUUACUUUAUUGCAAGGGGUGUCCCCAUACAACUUUUUUUUUUUUUUUUUUUACAUCCAAUAUGAUACUGCUAUUGUAUCCUACAGUAUUGUCUGAUACCAAUAUUGAUCCGAUAUUAGCACAAACUUUUGCAUGACAAAGUCUUUUUGGACUUCAAUGAAAAAUACUGCCACAGGACCGACAUCACUCCUACUCCUUGGUACUUUGGUACACACUGUUGUUGUGAUUCCUUGGGCUCUACAUGCUGGAUCAGGGUGCUGCUAGAUAGAGGUGCUGGAGCGGAGUCUGGAAUGGACUGCCUGUAUCUGAGUGCUGAUAUCGGAGAUUUUAGAUGCAGGCCGAUAUAACCCGAUAUUCGAAAUUUUUGCACAUACUUCACAUACGGCAAAUCCAGAUUUCAACAACUGCUCUAAGGCAGCCUCUUCAGAGACAGAUGUUUCAGAGGCAGGAGCGUGAACACAGGGCAGUCUGUCACAUCAGCAUUAGCAACCAAGCGGCUCAAAUGUCAUCAAUGUGGGAAUAUUAUUAAGUAGAAGGUGAGAACAGUUCAACAGCCAGGAUGGUAUCAGCAGACGUGUGUUUCAUAUGACAUCUGAAAACUAAAUGUGUAACAUAAUAUGACAAGCUUAUUAAAACAUUUAAGGAAACGGCUGCUGCUUUGACAAAACAAUCUCUGGACUUUAGAGGGAAGUUUAGAUGUCCACGAUGAAGUGAGAAGGCUCAUUUCAGAGCACUAAACUCUCCCUCUCUUGUGUGGACUUCUCAUCGGCACUGCUGCCUCGUUCUAUGAUUAAAUUUUUAUGGUUUUAAGGUUCUCCAGCAGACGGAAGCAUCAAUGACGACAUCAGUGGAUUGGAGUGCAUGUCGUUGUUUUUGUAAGACAAGUGAAGGAUUUAGAGGAAAUUUCGUGACACGUUCUUGUUGUAAUGUAAUCCCGACCCCAAACACGAUUCCUCUUUGUUUGUUAAAACUAGAAAAAGCAUAUAUAUUUGUUCUUGAUCAACUUCUGUGUCGAGUUGAACCCGAAACAGUUGACCUCAUUUUCAUUCAGGGACAUAAAACAGCUCUGUAUCUCACAUAGCCAACAAAGAAGAGGACAGCCAAGCCAAAACGCUAAGUCCUCCUCGUGCAACAGAUGGGAGAUUUAACUGGAAGCCACAUGCUUUAUUGCUAAAGGGAAAUCUUAGAAUUGUGUCAAUUUGAAAAGCCUGACUGCAAACUGGUAUUCAAAGACCCGAGAGCAAAUCCCCCCCUGAGGCAAACAUUUGUGUAUUCACAUACACUUAAGCUGCAGUGUAGCCUGCAGGCCACCCUUCACUCUGACUGUAUCCAGCCAACAGCAGGACUGAUUGGGGAAUACAGUGGAUGGUGUGUAGGAAAUCUUAAAGAAAUUGAGGUUAAAAAAAUAUGAUACACUUCCAGCCGUAAAUGUUGUGACUCUUUCAUUCAACAACCCAUCUAUUUUUCCAGCAGAGCUCCUGUUGAACCCGCUUCAACAUGACAGUAGGAGGUGCCAGAUUGAAGGGCUUCUGGUUUUGGUGUGAUGCCAUUAGAGCCAGGUGGUGGGAAUCUGUUGGAGAUUAAACUGCUUGGUGCCCAGCUACCCCUGCUGACUCUGGCUCCAUUGGAUGUAGCACCCUUUGCUGGCUGACCCAUGUAGCAGGUGUCAUGGGUCAAAGCUGGCCCUUUAUUUAUCUUUUCCCGGCUGUGGAGAGCCGUGUUUGUGGGUGGGCUUUUAGUGGGACAUGAAAAAUGUCUUACUGCUACUUGACGCCAACUUUCCCAGACUACAGUCAGUGCAAUCCUUUUCCUGGAGAGUAAAAAUUGUAAAAUUGAGUAAAAUCGUGUUCAGAGACAUGGUGUAGACUCUGAAUAGAAAUAUUUGAGUUCAUGUCUACAUCAGCCGUGGGUGGCAGCAAAAGUACUGUCCAAAGAAAUACUGAUAAAUACACUUGACUCUCCAGAGCAGAGUUCAACAAGAAAAUCCACUCCACUUAAAUGUGAGUUUGUGAAAGAGUAACAGAAACCUGGCUGAACCGAAAGUGUCGUUAUCAAAGCUAUGUGUCUGCAGGGGUUACUAUUCUUUGUCUGGGUUAAGGUAUUUUGUGAAGUUAGCCAGCAAACUCAAAUCUCCAACCAGGAAUUCUAGACGAUAAGCUUGUCAGGUAAAGGUUCACAUUCAAAGAGUGAUGAUUUUUUUUCAUGCAACUUUUACUUAUUCCUCUUUGUUUUGUAAGAAUUCGUACUCAAUGUAAAUCAGUUCAAGCUCCCGCAAGAAACUUUCUGUUUGUGUGAAUUUGGCGCCCCCUGUGGACAAAUGAGUAUUUGCUUACAGUCAACUGUAUCAUUUAUGUGAGCGUCUUAAGUUGUAAUCGUAGAAAAAAUAAAAAAAUAAAAAAAUAAAAAAAUAAAUAAGGCUUUUCUUCAGCUGGUUGGCCGAGACCCACCCCCUUGCCCCAAUUUCAGGCCUUAAAAAUGACAACGUAAAAGUCAUUAAUCUUGUCACUGAUGGUCUGGUUUGCUUUUGAAUAUCAUGAAAAUGCAUCAAUAGGAAUUUCAGUCUCUUUUAUUCACACCAAAGAAACUCUUCACAAGAGCUUCAACAGUGAAUGAUAACUUGUGUUGAAGGCUCUUUCAUUGAGGCCAUUCAUUCAAGACUAUCUAUUAAGUCUAUCUUUCAUAUUUCAUAUUCAUUCUGAUUUUAGAAACUGGGGAAACCCUUUACCCCCUUUUAGGAAACCUGAUUUUGCUCCUUGGAGAAAAAAGGAGUGAUUGUUUUAACCACAUAAUGAGUCUCAAAUAGGACAGAACUACUGGGAUGGAUCCGGCCCGUUAAAAGCCUGUUUCUUUCUUGUUGGUGUUUAUGAAGAUAAAUUCAAACCAGGGGUACACGGUUGAUAGGCUAAUCUUCACUCACUAAGGGUCUCACUGUUUCAGUCUUUUGCUGAUAUUGUCUCGUGGGCACAGAGCUCUAUUGAGAAAAAACAGCUAUCUGAAUUUGUGAUCUUAAGAAAAAGCACAAACCAACUUUUCCUUGCGAUAGGUUUCUUUUCAAGGACCCUCCAUUUGUACCGCUGCACUGUUUCUUCCCUUUCUUCUCUCUCUCUCUCUCUUACUGGCUCUUGUGUGAAGUAUCAAACCUAUGCAAGACUCUGGGGAGCUGUAGACCUUUACCUACUCUGGUCUUGCUGUGUUAAAGGUCAGGUAUGAGAGGAUCUCAUACACUGGUCUCAGAUGUCGGCUCUGCCUGCCCCCUACAGCCCGGAUUAAGAGGGAAGGAGGCGACGGCUGCCAGGAAAUCACUUGUCCUCUAGCCUGUCAGUAGAAGUCUGCAUCUCUGUCAGGGCUGACUGUGUGUGUGUGCGAAUGUGUGUGUCUGUGUGUGUGUAACAGAGGGGGUGAGAGCAGGCGUAUGCAUCUGUGUUUAUAUCAUCACAACCCCACUGAUCCUCUUCUCCCCGCUGUGUGUGUUCCUGCACAUCUCUGAUUGCCUGAUGUGUUGAUAGUUUGUGCGAAUGUGUGUGUGUUUACAUCAGUGUAGGUGUGUGCGGGGACCAGGUGUAUAUCUGAGUCACUCUCUCACAGUAUGAGAUCUCUGUGUUGACAGGGCUGAUGCUGUUUAUUUUGGCAAUAUGCUAUCAGGGAUGGUGGGACACUCGCUGUGUAUGUGUAUGUCCGGUUAGCGUGUGUGUAUAUCUGAAUUACUGUCACAGCCAGAAGACAGCCGCCUGUAAUCAGGCAUAAACAAGUAGGGUGUUAUCUUUGCAAUGUGCACUGUUUGUGGAUAUGCGUUGUUGUGAAACAAAGAUCAGUUUUAAUCAUGGACAAAUGGACAUCCACACCCACCAAUAAAACCUCCACCAUCUCUCCAAACCGUCUCCAAACUCUUUUAUGCUCGUCUUGUAAUUCUCAUAUCUCUGUGAUCACCUAAUUGUUAGACCCCUGCUGUUUCUGAUGCAGUCUUAUCUGUGAGAUAGCACCCUACAGCUAAGUACAGCUGCUAUGUUGUAAAACCAGUGAGGGGGAGAUGCUGCGCUAUCAUUUAUUCCCACCUCAGGGAAUUCCCUUAGCUGUCUGCUGCCUUGUGUAGCUCCUUUGCCAUAAAAAGAAGAUACUAAACGCAUAUAUAAUGAACAACAUAAAUCUCCCUUUAAGUUCUGCCUCAAAUUCAGGUAAAUCAUCCACCCUCAUAGUUGGGCUGUUGGCGUUAUACUUCCAAAAUGUGAAGCUCAAUCUUUUAGUUUAAGCUCUUCCUUAUCACUGUUAGUGCAGAGAAGUAACAGGACACGUUCAGUCGAUUAUCAGCCACACAAGAACAUGAGAGAGAGCUGUGAAUGUGCAAGACAACUGUGAGAGCUAGUAAAAUAAAACAAAUCCCUGUCUCUGUGAAAGCAUUAAAAAUAACUUUGGAGGUCCCUCUCUGUUGAUAAGACCCCUUGAUUUCUAAGAAACUGCGGCAUUACUUGUCUUUGCUUUGGUUAAAGGCCAAGAUAUCAAAGAUUUGUAACUGGAUCAGACUACAAACUGGCUACUAGACUCCACAGGUAAGAAUUUUCAGCUAUGUACUCUGCUUUUACGAAGGAUUACAAUUGUAUGUUUAAGUUUUUGUUGCCUAACAUGUUAAUACUUGUGUGUAUGGAUUAUCUAGUGUAGUAUAGAUAGGGACAAUGAUUGAGCUCGUGUUCUGGAUAGUGGACCCUGAACCUGACAUAACAUCUCUACUGCUCACCAAGGCAUACAUUUAACUCACCAAUGAAACAUCAUGACUAUGAAAGGUAAAGUUAUUCUUGUGCUAGUGUUUUCUCUCCCCCUUUUCCACUCUCAUCUGGUAGAAAAGAGUCUGCAUUUGUUAACAGAGCUGUCAAUCAUGAUGUUGCAUUCACACAUCCUUUCACAGCUUGUUUAGCAUGAAAUAGCUACAAAAAAAAACUGCUUUAAAAAAGGAACAAAUCAUCACAACAAGCGCAAACAGUCAUGACAGAGAGCAUAGGUGAGAACAAUUAAUUUGUGUGUAUUUCGGCUCUCUAGCUUGCUCCAUGUCCUGUCUAGAGCUUUGGUUUAUGACCUAUACUGCAUCCAGUCACCAGGGGGAGCUCUAAGGCAUUUUGGCUUCACUUUGUGGAAGCUGUCCUUCUGGUCAGAGUUUAAUACAGCCUGUGGUAUAUAAUUAAGUUAAAACAAUCAAUGCCAGAUUUGACACCUAAUGCAUCAGAUUUUAAAGCACUUUAUCAGAGACCCUCAAGGCACAUUAUUCAUUCACUCACACAGUCACACCCUGGUGGUGGUAAACUACUCUAGUAGUCACAGCUAUGGCCUCUCCAACCACCACCACACAAAACUUACAAUCAUACACUAGUGGAGGACACACACUGGGAGCAAGAUGGGUUAAGUGAGUUGCCCAAGGACACAACGGACAGACUGAGGAUAGGGGGGAAUCGAACUGCCAACCUUCCAGUUGUUGGACAACGGUGCUACCUCCUGAGCUACUGCCAUCCUAUACAACCUUAUCACCUAAGACUUGAUAAGGGUUUAAGUAAAAGUAAGAAAGAAUGGACCCAGAAAGUCCAAUUCAGCCUCAUACUUUGUGAUAUCAUCAUCAUAUUACAAGCAGCAAGUUUACAGUCAUCUGACGACAACAACUAAAUGUUACACUGAGUUUAUGAACAGUUUUCCAAUUUUUUGUUUGACAAAUUGAUCAAAUACUGCAAAGACAGAUACAGUUUGAAUCCCCUAACCCCACAUCUAGACUCACUGACCUGAAUAUCAGGUUUCAAACAGCCACAUUAUCACCAGGUUUGACUUUGUUUUGACACCACUGAUGAUGAUCCUUUCUGUUUCCACUUCUCUUUCUCUGUAAUCUCUAUUUCUGUUACAACACAUCUGCAUGCACUAGAUAAUUUUCAAAGGUUCUCAACCUGGCUUGAACAACGCCCCCGAGUACAAACAGCUUAUAUGAUUGACUAAAAAUGAUCUGUUUGAAGUCUGCCUCAAAAUGUCGGGCUCUUUGACUCUGAGGCUUGCAGCUGGGAGUCUUUGAUGAAACACAACUGUGACCUGCAACAAAGGCUGAGAAAUAACUAGUUGCUUCAAAUACCACACACAUCACACAUCACAAAGUUAAACUGGUGUGAUAUUAAAUGUAUCUCUGUCUUUUAAGGAGUCAUCCGAAGACGGGGAAGUCACAGCUUUGAGUAUUCUGAAGAGGAAUUCAUGCAAAUUUUAUUAAGAGGAUGUGAGACUAAUAUUUGAAUAAGAAGGGUUGUGUUUGUCAAGCUUGAGUUUGAAUAAUAUGAAUACAUUGCUUGGAUUAACACAUUUCCAAGAGCCUGUGAUGUCGGAGAAUUAUAGAUUUAAUUGUUCCUCCAGUUUGCAAAUGCAGAUGCGUCGGCACAGUCACUUACAAGAGGUGUGACACUGGAUGGUGCUAAUGUAUUCACUGGCUGUAGACUACCUUAGAUCACAGGUUCCUUUCACAGAAAUAGGAGACCACAAAUUGCUUUAAUUACUUUCCAUUACGAAGUGUAGUUGUACGGUUUGUGUAGAGGUGUGACUGUGUGUGUGUGCCAGCCUGAGUGACACAUGUCAAACGUCUACACCCAGGAGAUGAGAAGCUGUCAGGAGACUGCAGGAGGAAGAAGAGGAGGUGUGUAGUGAAGGUAGGGAGAUAGAGAAAACAUAUAGGGUGAGAAAUCCCAGGUGAAAAAGCAGCCUGUUCAUUAGCAGCUUGAGAAUGUGUGUGUGUGUGUGUGUGUUUGAGUGAAGGUGCACACUGCUUUGCGUGUAAACUGAGCAGCAGGAUGCUAACUGGGACACAUUUUCCCAGGCUGAGGCAAAGCCAGAUUUUUUGAACAGGGUUUCUUCUCAUCUGGGUAUUUUUCUCGUCACUUUUUUACCUCUGCAUGAACUGCUCUGUGUGAUGCAUUCCUCGGCAUAUCAGCAUGCAGAUCUACCUCGCUGCUACUGAAGUGCUGUGUCGCUUUAAAGUGAGUACACAGCUUAUGUGCUUUGAGUUACUACACUACAUCACUGGCUUGUCAAUUAGACCGUUUCCGGAGUGUCAGGAAAUAAACUGCAGGGUGAAAGAGGCUAAGUCAAGUAGAAACUGGCAGCCAUUUGCUUUUUUUCCCCCCCUACUCCUAACCGUCAUUCCUCCCACUCACCAAUCUUCAAAAUGUCGACCUCUUUACUUUCCCACUGAAUAUUACAUGUCUUCUCCAUGGUACUCUGUAUUAGCUGAUGUUUUCCCCCUUUUGUUUUGUUUUGUUUUUUUUCUAAGCCAGCAGUUGUGUUAUCUGUCCCCUGGCUGAAUGCCUCUGCUUGUUGAGAGCUGGAAAAAAACUCUGUAUUCAUGAGACAAACAUACUCACCUCACAAUGUCCAAAUUACAUUCAUGUUCUUGGCUGCCUGCGUUUCAAGGAUGGGUUAUAAGUUGAGGAUCGAAUUAGGCUAAAGGAAGGGAAUCAUGAGCAGAGAAACACAGGGAUGAUUGUGUGUGUGAGACUUUGUUAGUGUGUGUGUGACUUUGUUAGUGCGUGCGCGCGUGUGUGUGUGUGUGCAUCCCUGGCACAGCGAGGGAGGGAUGUGUUCCAUUUCAGGGGACCGGUUUCCUGUGAUCACAAGUCUGAUAAGAAUUGCGGGAAACCACACUCACAACAAGUCACUACAGAAUACCAACGAGACACGCACAAACACACACCGGCUAUCUUGUCUUUUUGUGAUACUCAUGCAUAGAUACUCAGACACACACAUGCACACACUCUUAAGACGUACAGAGAGACACGUGACAGGAAUGUGUAUCCAUGUUUAUUAUUCAUCCUCAUGCAGUCCUGAAUUUGAUGAGGUAACCUGCUCUGGCGAUGCAAAUGUUUUCAUGUUGUGCAUGUAAUGCAUCCCUGUAAACAGAGGUGUGCAUGCAUAAUUGCAUGUUUGUCUAUGUUUGCGUAGGUGUGACCUGCAGGUACAUGGAGGCGGGGGGCAAAAAAAUAUAAAUGAUUCACUUGCAGUGGCAGAUUAUCUACAUUAUCAGGUUGUAUUCCUUCCAUAUAGGAAGCAGUCAAAUCCUGAGGAGCCAAUAUCAAGUUACUUUUAUUAAAUAAGCAACAGGUGAAGAUAGGUGCAUAGUGGGGCUGUCAACGAGUAUUCUAAAUUCAAAUAACGAAUAUUAAAAAAAAAAAAAAAAGUGAUUUGAAUGUGAAAAUUUGAAUAUCAAAUAAACAGUGGGAAAAAUCAGAGUGUGGAAAAAAAAAAAAAAAAAAAAAAAAAACAGCGGCUGCUUUGCGAGUAAGUGCACUGUAACGACAGGUCAGGGACAGGUCACAGGAGCUGCACCUGCAGUGAGACUCAACAAAAACCAUCCGUGGCACAUGCAGAGAGAUAUGGUGGGAUGUUUGGAGCCAAACUCAGAGAGAGUGGUCUGGACUCCAACAAACUUUUUGAUUCUGGGCAAACACGGGAGACAGAAAAAAUGCUGAGCGAGAUAGAGUUAUAUGCAAAUUAUGUUAGGUAGAUAGUUGUUCAAGCCUAUGUGUUAUUUUAAGAAUGAAUAUUCGAACAUAAUAUCCGACAGCCAUAGUGCAUAGGUUUUAUGGGGGGGUGAAAAUCACCCCUAACCAACCUUACAACAAACCCCACUGAAGCAGACGACACAGAAUGCAAGUAGCUGGUGAGAAUUAUGAGACAUGUUUUAGCUGCAAAGGCACAUAAUAUCUCCUGGAGCUUUAUGAGACCAAAAACAGAGCUAAAAGAGAUAGCAUGUUGGUCUCAAGUGGUGUGUGUACUGCUUGCCAUAAUUCCAGUUAGAGCAGGUUUGAUAAAGACCUCAUACCUGUGGAUUCGAGCCUUACAUUAGUCAGAUUUGAUCAUGUUAAAGAGUAAAUAGGACCAGAUUCCAGAGCUGUUUUUCCUUUUCCUCUCCAUGAGUGAGACAGAAACAAAAAGAGACAUAAUUUCACCCAGCAGGAAAAGCAAACACUGUUUGUCCGUCUGUCUGCCUCUUAUUCUUGCCAGCCCAGCUGCUGAUCUGCCUGCCCCAGUGGCUGCAGCUCGCAAUUAUCAUCUCUGACGGAGGGAUGUGUGCACAAGUCAAUAGCUCAUCCUGAAAUGUUGGCAAUAACUUGUGAUGGGAGUUACUGUGUGAGUGUGCGUGUGUGUGUGUGUGGGGGGAUACGAGUGUGAGGAGGUGUGUGCCAAAACUCCACAUUUCCCAGACUGACUGGCAGUGUGAAGAGGGUCCUGCUGUGUUGUAUUUGCUCUGCUAUGACUGGAUGUAUCGUGGGUAAAUGUUUAGACGCUAACCUACCUAUAGCCUUUGCAGACACAAAAAACUUUUUUAUUUUUUGUUCCUGUAGAUAAUGAUAAAUGUUAAUUUACAUUUUUGGAUUUUUGGUGGAUUUGCAUGUGUCUUAGUGGGUGUAACUAUGGCCCAUCUGUUGUUGUGUAUGCUGAUAUUUCAAGCGCAUCUGUGGGGAGCUGACUCGCACAUAUGAAGGAACACACACGGAUAGAGCCUGCACAUACAGGACACCUAACAGUUCAUUUGACACUGUAAUUACAGCCAGUGAUCAUAGAUCUAUUCAUCAGCCUGCUUCCUCAGGGUGUCGACUGACCUCCAACAAUAUCACCAUGAGAACAAGGGAUUAAGGGACCGAGAAAGGGGGGAGGGAGGGAUGGAGGGAGAAAAAGGACACAAGAAGAAAUGAUAGCUUGCAAGUAAAGAAGUGGAGAGUGUGUGUGUGUGUGUGUGUGUGUGUGUGUGUGUGUGUGUGUGUGUGUGUGUGUGUGUGUGUGUGUGUGUGUACUGUAUGCCCAGGCAGUUCACCUUCCACCACAGUAUCUAAUGCUGACCUUACCUGCUGCUUCACUGUUGCAUCAUUAGGAUGAGUUAUACACCAUUACUGCACUGCUAUGUGUGGCUGCAGGUUUCUAACUAGUGUGUUUGAAUGUGUACAAAAUCACACACACACACACACACACACACACACACACACACACACACACACAGUUACCUGUAUGAUAACGGCAUGUGUAAGUGAUGAGCAGCAGGGGAAACAAUGAGAAAGUAUGUGUGUGGAAGAGGUGAAGAGGUGAAGUCCUUGUGCACUAUGCUGUUUGUUUUUAUCAAGAAGUGUAGCAUCCUUUAUUUUUAUCUUCAUUUUGUAGACCUGAAUAGAUUAAUUAACACACCCAUGCACAAAAACACGAAUAAGCAGUUGCAGCUGUUUUGAAUUCUUUGGUGAAAUAAAAAGGAAAAAAAGCACUGACUCCAUCUACAAUAAAACAGCUGUUUUGACUGUACUCUACCGCCCUGGAAGCACUUUCUUAUGUAUAUGGUUCCACACCAGCCUUCUGCCACAAUCAUGUUUAAUUCCUAUUGUCAUACUGAUACACAGAGGAUUAUGUUACUAUAGAAACAGUGACUUCAUGUGUACGGUGAUGCUGUGCAAAUAAAUAUCGACAACUGAUUCUUUGCAGUAUUCCCAGCUUGUUAUUUGUCUGACAGCUCAGAGUGUGCCGUUUAUCUGUGCAGCUGCAGCAGCAGCAGACUCGUACAGAACAAUGCACUUUUGAUAAAGGCCCAUCCCUAUUCAGCAAAACCUCAAGACACUAUUUGUUUAAGUCCACAGCAACCAUUUUCCCCCUGAUUCCUUGUCCAUGCCGAAAUCAGGUUUUCAUUUGACAUUGCUGUAAAUAUCCCUCUGCAACUUCUAAUUUUAUGUUUAACUAAACUUGUACACUGCUGCCCUGUCCCUUAAAGACACAUCCACAGAGGUGCAUAUUUUUAAGGACUGUUAGCAAAACUAUUUUUGUGUAAUAGUGUGGAUGCAGCUCCCUCUGUGUGCAUGCGUGUGUGUGUGUGUGUCUGUGUGUGUGUGUGUGUGCCACAGCCUGUUACACAUGGGCCCACUGGGACCACCCAAGCAGAUGCUUCAUUUACAAAAUUAUGCAUUUAGGGCAGAGAAAUAGGUCUGAGCAGGGUGUUUAUAGGAGUUACAGAAUGAGACCAGAGAGGGCUGAAGCCAUCAGUGUGACGCCCUGUUGUGAACCCUGCAAAGUCUUCUCCCUAUCUUUAUGCACACCUUUACCUUUAAAGCAUCCCCCAGCCUCCUCUUUUUCCCACUAAGAGUUUUCACAUGAGUGAGGAGAAAGUGUAUCUGAGCGGCUCAGACACAAAUCAUUAACUGCUGCCUCUCAUUUACUUACCUAUGGCUGUUUGAAAACAUCAAUAGAGAAAAGUGUGGCGAUAUUUGUUUACCCAACAGCAUAUCAUUUUUUCCUCUCACAGAUGUAUACAUAUAAAAAAGUCAAAGUGUCUUUCUGUUUACUUUAAAUUACAGAUAUCACACCGACCUCUGCGCCUGUAUAUGUAAGCUAGAGAGAGAGAGAGAGACAGAGAGAGAGAGAGAGAGAGCAGAGACAGCAAUGAGCUAAAGACAUGCAGUUGUGAUGAGGAGAUUAAAGACAACUAGCACCACAAAUGAAAACAAUGCACAGUAAUUUAUAAUCGACGAAAGAAAAAAAACAACAUAAUUUCACAUUUUUUUUCUCAACAUCUUUUCAAGCACUUUUUUUCCCUGUGAACUUUGACCGGCAGCCUUGGAAGUCCUCCACCGACACACAUGAAUGAAUCCACCUCAGGAUGAGGUUUUCUUUUACCGUUCCUGGGGCUCCCCAAAGACUCAAGCUACACUCUUAACCUGAGAUGGCUGAUUUUAGCAAAAUAUUGCAUGCAAGACGGCUACGGAGCUGUCUGAGUGCUCACUGUUUGCUUUUAGGAAAGUGUGUGUGAAUGUGUGUGUGUGUGUGUGUUAGUGGCAGGUGUUGGUUUCAGAGUAUCUUAGUGCUGUCCUAGAGGGAAAGCCUCUUAGAGUCCUGUGUGUGUCUGUGUCUCCACAUUGGCUCUUUCAGAUCAUAAUCUCUGCAGGCCAUGUGAGGGGUUUCCUCCGAGCAGGCUGUGAUUGUCUCAUCUUUCCAAGGAUCUUUUCAGAGGUUAUUUAAUGGAAGACGAUUGAAUCUGGCAAUCUCAAUCAUAUUGUCUCUUAACAUGUGUGGUCAAAACACUUACACUAUGUAAAGGAGACCAAUCCCAGAGACCUAUGAUAAACAUUUGAUGCUCACUACCAGUAAUGAGUCGGGAUGUAAGGUUGAGUCAAAAGACUUGUUGUCAAAGUUUUGUUCAUAGUUUUGUUAUGGAACAUAGAAUUUCCUGAAGCCCAUUACAGCUAUGCUUUUUGGGUAUUUCCCCCAACCUUCUCUGUGCUUCAACCUACUCCACUGUAAUGUUUUCCUCACCCUUUUGGGAAAAAAAAGAAGGGAAAACAUUGUGAGGGAAAGAACAUAAUAAUAAUAAUAAUAACUAUAAUAAGAAGGAUAAUAAUAAUAAUAAUAAUAAUAAUAAUAAUAAUAAUAAUAAUAAUAAUAAUAAUAAUAAUAGUAAUAAUAAUAAUAAUAAUAAUAAUAAUAAUAAUAAUAAUAAUAAUAAUAAUAAGAGGAAGAUUACAAAGAAUAACUUUUUUUAACCCCUAAAGGGAAAUUUGAUAAAUAAAUAACUAUUCAAUUCAAUGAAUACAUUAGAGGCUAAGUGCUGGAUUUAAAAACUAUGGUUCACUGAUGCUCAAAGUUAAAUAACUGGCUUCACUAACCCACUGUGUAUUUUCUCUUCACAAAAUGAAAAUUUUAACACAAUUUUAGGGAAGGUCAGAAUUCUAGUUUCUAGAUAUCUACAUAAAACUAAUGUUAAAAACCUGCUUUUUGACAUAAAUCUUGACUCCAUCUCUAUUUUUCCUUCUCAGACGAUAAAUGAUAAUAACACGAGUACAGUUCCUUCAUGAAAAAAGAUGUCUGUUGCUCCCGGACGAUGCGAUAUUUGAAAUUUCUCUAACAGAAUCAACCAUUGUUCAAAGCUACGCACUCUGGCAGAGCAGAGGUUCACAACUGAAAUAAACCAGCUGAGAGCAUUGGAGAAAAGCGAAAGUGCCAUCUGAGAGAAAAACAUCAGUCUUCUAUUGAACUCCUCUAGAAUAGUAGACCCCCUUUGUUUAGUUUAGGUAGUUUUCUUCAAGUGUCUGAGCUAAGUGGUUUCUUACAGUCCCACUGUGUCUGAUGAGGCUUUUACUGAACUGCCUCAACUCCUCAUAAAACUUGUCCUGAAUUUUCGUGUGAGCUUUGGUGUGAAAAUGUUUCAGUUUUAAGUGUUGUUCUCGCUGCUUCAGAACAACAGCUACAUUUGUCAACAAAGGCUUAUAGCGCCGGAUGGAUUUCCACUUCGCUCAUAUAGCAAUUGAAUAAUCCCAGCCAAGAGGCUACAAAAGUCAAAAAGCCUGGAUUGAAAUUGAAUUAAAGCCAUUUCUCUCCCCCUGGAUUAUUUUUUUCCUCAGCAUUCCUCCAAGCCUGACGCUAUCCACUCUCAGCGAGUGCAUGUGGAGGCCAUUUGCAUUUUUGCUUUAAUACAUUUCCUAUAUUCCAAAGCUCAGAGAGAUCCCUGCUUUGCAUUUGUUUAUUUAGUUCAAAGUGUUUUUCUGUUAUUGCCCACGAACCUUGCUGAAAAUUGAAGUGUAGUCAAAAUGUAAUAGAUAAAUAUGAAAGUGUUCUGCUAUGUAUUCUUUAGAGAGAAGGACUUUGAUGUUAUUUUCGCAGUGUUCAGUCAGCUUAUGGUGUAGCCUGUGCCUGUAGGUGAGGGCCGUUUCUGCUUUAUUGUCUGAUGCUUUCGGACUUGUGUGCGAGAGAAAGGGCUCAGACAUAACUGCGUUUACCACCUGGAUGUGCACUGUCAGCAGACAGACUCUGCAGCCGUGUGUUGUUUCUGUAAGUGUGUGUGUCUUUUUUUGUGUGUCUGACCUGGGGUUGUUAUACAGGGAGGCUGUGUCAUUUGGGGACGAUGGAUUUGUAGUGACAUUAGGAUCCUACCUUGCGGUUCAAUGAGUUCUUCAGGUUAGCACGGCGAGCGGCAGAGCAAAAGAGGGGAGAAAAAAGAGGGGAUAGGGCACACAUGUUGGAGCGGUAGCAGGCAGAAGCUGAUUUGAAAGAUGUGAAUGUCAGGUCUGUGAUGUGCGCUCUGCCGGAGUCACACAAUACAGUUAACUAGUCAACGACUUAUAAGAGGCCAGGGAAUGGACAAGGAGGGAGCCAAAAGCCUCCAACGUCUCAUUUUCUCUCCCUUAUUCUUUCAAUCUACCUCCCUAUUCUCCCCCUGACACCCUAACACACACACACACUCACACACAGUACUGAGUUUCCACAAUGCUUGUUAAAUUGGAGGCUUAAUUUGGAGCCACAGGCUUUCUCCACGGGUCACAUGGAGGGAAUUUAUCCACAAAGGGCAAACUUUCUAUUCCAUUAAUGAAACACACAUGAAACACACACACUUGUAUUUCUAUACACACACAUAGAUACACAUGCUCCUGGCAGGAUCAGGGAGGCCCAAUCAAGCCGAAAUCUCCUGAGGUUGCAAUUAGGUUUGGAGAGGCGCAGUCCUAACUCUGGCUACAAACCAAACCAUUAGGACUCAAAAACACACAGAUUUCCUCUGACAAAUUGCUGUAUUAUCGCGCUCCUACCCUGCUGCGGACAUUGCAUGGAUUCUACCACUCUGAAGACUAUACAUUUACAUUACACAGAUACAGUGUGUGUAGCUUUUCAUGGCUUAUUAUAGCAUGAAUGUCCUUCCUGGUUUCUGUUCUGACCAAUGGCCAACUAACAGCCUUCACUGAGUUACUGUUACCAGGUACUGUGUAUCCUCCUGUGUAGGGCUGGGCGAUGAACCGAAAAUUUCCGAUACCGAAAUUUACGACACUAACCGACAUACUUUUUUCCAUUUGACACCCAUAUUCAGUGUCCAAAAUAAAUAAAUAAAUAAAUUAAAGUUGGUUUUGGAUGUGUGUAGGUAGGCUAUGGUCUCAUGUCCCUUAAAAACACUGUUCUAUGUCAGAGAUGUGACUCCACCCCAUCCAGUCCAUAACAAAGAGGGAAAGACAGGUGAGGAGAUGGAGGAUGGUUCAAAAGUUGUAGCAGCUGGAGCGGCGGCUGAAAUAGACGAAGUUAAUAAGGGAGGGGCUGAGCAGCUUGUGGAGUAGUUAUCGUCCAUUUAUUGUUAUCGAAGUCUGCUCAAUAUAUCAUGAUAUUGAUUUGAGGCCAUAUCGCCCAGUCCUACUAUUGCGUGUGUUCAUGUGGUAACUUAUGACAAGACAGUAUAUUAGGACACAGUAUAGGAUUUGUGGCACAGGAUAACAAUAACAUAAAGCUACAAUGAUUUCUUGAUAUUUAAUCUACUGCAUGACAGUCUACGAAUAAUGUAUGAUGAUAUCUGGUUAACUGAAGAAUAAAAAGUGCCCCAUAAUCAAUUCACUAUGCUUUAUUUUGCUGUAAUUAAUCAAUCUUUAUGUUUAUAGUCUUAAAUUUUAAUUUAUAAAAAUAAAAACAAUCAUAAGAUCUGGAAAGAAAAAAAACAAUCUCUUUUAGAGAGCUUUUUGUUACGCCUACACUUUAAAUCAUAGGGACCUUGUUUUGUUUAAACCAGUGGGACUGUAACUGGCACAGCCAUAGAUGUCUCUGCAGAGAGGUUGAUAAUGAUCGCCUUGUCUUUUUCAGUCAGCUCCUUUCCCUCCAUAGCCUUCAGUAAAAUGUCUGCGCUGGUUUGUAACAUUUAGGAAUACACUUCCUACUUGUUGUCAGUGACAAAGGAAGUAAAUGUCAUUUAGCACUCUAUGAUCCAUGAAGUCCACCCGUUGCAGAUGGGUGCAACUUUUUUUACAGACUUGAGUGCAUGCAUACUCCAUCUCUCCUCUCCCCCAGCAUUAAGAGCUGGAGCAACCUAAAACCAAAAGUGCAUCUCUUAACUUCCUUACACCACUGUCUGUCAUUACCCCUCUGUCAACUUCUCCUUAAGUUAAGCCAUUUAACUGCUGUUCACAUUACCCUCAUUCAUGUCUCAAGUGCCACUGCGAGGACUCAUGAUGACUCAGUGAGUCAAACUGGCAGGAAAACUGUAAAAAGUGCUGCAGUUUUUCAAUUAAAUAUAGUUGAAUCACACAUUUGAGGUCAAGGAUAUUUUAUCCCAUCCCUAGUCCAAGCAAAACUGUUCACUGAUACACAGUUUGGUUUUUGAUUUAUGGUCAAACACACUUGAACUCUGAGUUAGACACCCCCUCGAGAGAUGAAUGUUGCAGACUGCUUGCUUCUUUAGUUAUACCAACUUUAUUAAUGACCACACGAUUGCAACACACAGUGGUCUACCACUCCAUGUGCAGACCUCAACCAAAAAGCCACUCUAUAGCCACAAAUAAUGCUCAGAACAGCACCUAACUUCAUCAACAGUACAUAUAUGGUCACAGCCAUAGUAAUAGCCAACAAACAUCUUUUUAGCUUUGCCUAAUUUCUUUAGCAAAGAGAUUAAACACAACUUAUUUGUGGGAGAGCCCUGACGAGUCAAUCACUGAGUGCAGUGGAGUUUUGCAACUCAAGGAAGAAAAUUUAUGAUCAUUACUGUAUGGAUAUGCAUUUAGAGUUCUUGUGUAUCUUGUAUGUGCACUGCAGAUGCGGCAGUUCUUUGUGUCUUGAUCUGAUUGCAUUUCCAUGAAGUAAUAAUCAUACAUUUUCUGCUGGGAAUAUCCCUUUUAAGUCAUGUAGAAAACAACAGGAAGGGUAAACAGUAUGUGACCCAAAACCUGUAGGUACAAAUCUAUGACUGACUUUAUACUGCUGAUCACACAAACAGCGUUAUCAUACAGGCUUUCCAUACAAGUCUUUUAUUCACCACAGUAAAGUAAAUGAGGUUUCAAUCAAUAUUGGAUUAAGUACCCAAAAUGUUUACUUAAAUACAGUACUUGAGUAAAUGCUAUUCAUAAUCUCUGAACACAACACCACCACUCCUGUUCCAGCCAAAUUAUUCAUGACCACACGGUACCAAGACAUCCAAGUGCAGUCCCUCCAUAGACUUGCAGAGGACCUUUGUCAUCCACCCACACCCUCAUUCUUGUAUUGUUUGCUUUUGUUCCUCUCUUGCUUCUGUGCUCUUGUCUCCUUACCUUUCAUCUUUCCUUUCUCUCCUCUCAGUGUCCUCUCCUUUAUUGUUCCUGCCUGUUGACAAUAUCAGACAAUAUCUUCCAUUUUCCUUUGAUACUGCGACUUUGAAUAGCACAGCGAGCUGGUAUGAAAGUAUACCAAUGACCUUAGUGACGGUGCCACACCACAGGGGACGGGGAUUCACCUUUUUUAAAUUCUCAGAGAGGAAAAAAAGACACAGCUGUUGCUCUAACACAGAUAGUGGCGGGGCGAGUAGAAGAGGGGUGAAAAUAGUUUUGAGACUGUCAGGUAACAGAUUGAUUGGACAGUUUUGGAUAAAUUUGAUGGCUGACAAAUAAGCCAAUCUUCAAUUUAUUGCCUCUACUAUUUAUAACCAUGGUCUAACAAAGACUCUUGCCAAAAAUAACCGAUUAUGAGCAUCAUGAGUAUGAUAAGACCACAAAAUGAUGAUUUCACAAGCAAUGACAAAACAGUAGAUAUGAUAAAAAAGAGACACAGGGCCAGGCAUUGCACUUUGUUUUUUAAAGUUUUGUAUUUAUAGUCAAAUCAGGUCAGAUCGGACACUAAUGAUGGAAAAAGUGAUAUAAUAAGUCAUUAAUUUUUUUUUUUUCAUUUUGCAAAUACAUCUGUGUUAAUAUACUGUAAUCAACAGUAUGAGUUUAACGUCAUAUUUUUCAUAAAAGAUGACGACAAACAAGUCUGAUUGCUGACUUUGUUCAUGUUCAUGGUGGGUCAGUUCAUGUGAAGAGUUGCAGCCAUGUUUACAACAGCAUGUUUCUGAGCGGUAAGAUCAAAUUUGGGUAUUAUUCCUGCUUUCUUUGAAACUUAAUGAGGUCGUCCCUCACUGUUGAAGCUGUCCGAGGUGAAGUGAUUAGCACAAAUAAACAAACUAGCACCCUGCAGCUGGGACAUUGUAUUAAAAAACCAUAGGGAACCACUUUUUUAAAACACUGUUUUGGAGCAUUUGUGUUUGUUUUUGCAACCAACAACAGAGCAGUUGGUAAUUACACAGGGGGAAAGGGACACUAGAGGAGUGGGACUGGUUUUGCAUUCAUGCCUAUGCAAAAGUGGUGGGUGAAAUAGUCUCAAAAUUAUAUCACAAUAUUUUGGGUACAUUUGCAACAACAGUUUGAAAAGAAAGCACUGAGCAACAUUUGAAUGGUGUUUGCACUUAGAGGCUGCAGCAUUACUCAUUACUCAUUACUAACUGGCCACUUGUGUCUUUCAGGACCUGUGUUGAUGUAAGGAUAUGGCACUUUUUAUCAUGUAAAAAUUUACAGCUGUCGUGGAUGUGUUUUCUCAGUAAGUUGGCUAUAGAGAUGAUUCAGGAGCUGUUUCACCUCCAUAUUGGCAGGGCUACCAAACUGAUGUCUGAUGCAGUUCUAUAUGGGCAAGAAAAGAUGAGUUUUUAAUCAUAAGUGUUACAAUGAUAAAAUGUUUUUGUCAUAGCACUCAUCAGCGACCCUUUUUCUUGAUGAAAACAAGGCAGUAAGUAAAUAGAAACUAUAAUGCAUCUAGAAAUUUUGUACUAGUGUAUGUCAGUGACAGAGCAGCAACCAUCUGCUGAGUCGAUGAUAGUUUAACAUUUGAAGUUGGCCAAGUUUUGCUACUUUUACCUUACUGGCCUAAUUUAUCAAAGCUGGGAAUACAUUAGAAGAACAUUUCAAUUAGAGAGCAAGUUGAGUAAGACAUUUCACAAGAAGAGGAUGCAGUUGGGAGCUCAGUGGAUUAAUCAUGUGUCUAGUGUUGGAAAAGUGCAGUUUGGCCCUCUACUCUACAGACACUCAUAUUCAAUGCCCUUUCAUUUGGAAUCUCAGGAAUUAGAGAAACCAUAGUAGAUAAAGACCGUGUUUUAUUUCUGACUUGAAGUAAGAAACAUUCCUCUAGAUGACCAUAUUUUUUUCUGUGUUGUGGCCUUGGUACAUCAGAAAGAACAGCACUGCAGCAUUACACUGAGGAAGCGUCUAGACUUAAUUAUUAAAUGGCUGUAAAGAAUCCAGAUAUGUGUUGAGGGAGUGAAAUUGACAUAUUUAAACAUCUAGUACAUCCUUGAUACUUUCACUGACAAUGACAUUUUUUUAACCCAAACUAACAGUAAUGUAAUGGUGGCACAAUAGUUAACUCCUUUACACAAAUCAAAACCAAACCCUUCAAUGCAAUAAAGCUUCAUAUCUUCUUCAAGUUUGGUUCAUGCUAAUAGCUGCAGUUGACAGUGACAUUACAGGCAUCCAGGUCUCCAAAUGGCAGAUAUUUCAGGGAAUGAAAACUCCUUGAAUAUUGAUGCUUUUCAACUACAUUUUUCUCCUCCACCAUGGGGAUCUUAAUAUGCCCAUGAGAUGUCCAUACGGCUUUGGCUGUGAUGCAUACAGACACGCACACUGCCACAUGCACACACACACACACACAAACACAAACUGGAAAUAUAUAGAGGGGAGGCUGAUCAGCUGGAUGGAGCGGCGAGGACAUUCCAAUGGGACUAAUUAAAGGGAUGGAACAGACUGCACAACCGAUCAGAGACCACCAAUCUUUCUCCAUAUCUCACUAUCCCUUUUCUCUUUGCUGCUCUGUGUUCAGUCACUAAAAACUACAUCAUGCGAGGUUAGAGGACACAAUGCUGCUUUCCUCCUGCUUUUUACACCAGCUGAUGUGAUAAAAAAGGAGUGGAGGGGUUAUUAUCUGAUGCGCAGAGUACCUAGAGGGGGAAAUCUCUGUAUGCAUAUGAAUCAAACACACAGAAUAUAAACACAAACAGACAUCUCUCAGUCAGAAAACUCCAUAGCGUUCUCUUUGUGUAUCAAGGAUGAAAGCUGCGUUUGCUUGUGUUUUUUUUUUUUUUUUAACAUGUGAGUGAGUGCAGAUGAGUCACAGAGUUUGAUACUGAAGAAGAGGUGAGCUGUUUAGAAGCUAUUGAUCAAAAGCCUGUGUUUCUGAGCAAUCAGACACACACACACACUCGAACACCCCCCCUGCACACAAAAUCCUGUCCUUUUUCUACGCUCCCUGUUUCCACCCCAAUCCAUUUCUAUAUCACAUACCCACUUGUUCUGCGGCAGACAGACCAAACAACACGGCAAAAUGAAGUGGCACUGCAUCAUCACAAACACUGCUGUGUGUCCAAAUGAGUCUGGGAGGAAGCGGGUGGUGUAUCUGCUUUGUUUGCUAAUUAUUUGGUACAGGCAGAGCAAAGGUGUGGACAGGAGGAGAGGGAGAGGAGAAGGGAAAGGAUGAGGAGAGGAGAAGAGAUGAAUGGGAGAAAAGAUGAAGAGUGACAAUAUCUUGGAUAUAUAUGAUUCGUGUGUGUGUAUGUGUGUGUGUGUGUUUGAUACCCUCUAACCAGAGAAAGCCUUGGCUCAGCCUGUCUGGCUUUGCGGCUUCUGCAAGCUCUAGAAAUGCCUGGCUGCAUGGCCAGAUGACUCACACAGCCAGCUAAGAAGUCAAGCCAGGGCUUAACACACACGCACUUCCUAGUGGCAAAGCUCUCACACACACACCCACAUGCACACACGCUGCUAUAUGCCUAAAUGCAUGGUCACAAAUAAACACACCAACACACCCUCACAAUGAGACCUGACCAGGUAUGUGUGUGUGUGUGUGUGUGUGUGUGUGUGUGUAAUCUAAUCUGCACCGAGCUGAUCUGCACAGACUCUUACACAAACCUGGAAAGUUUGGUUUGUUUUACUUACAUCAUCACAUCUCUCCUCAAAAGUUCUUUAAUGCUUUUUUUUUUUCAAAUUGUAGCUCGAAAAGCACAUCAGAUAGCAUGAAGGGUAUUCACUUAGGGAUGAACUGAUCCACAUUUUUUCAAAUCCGAUUUGAUCUUGAUUGAUGAAUUUUGAUAUCUGCCGAUACCAAUACUAUUCUGAUUCAAGAGCUCUGUUAGCUUUACCAUCAUUAUUAUCAUUAUUGUUCAUUUCAUAUGAGACUGUAAUAAACUCCUCUCCACAGGUAAGUAUAAGUACAUAUGACUUCCUGAACCGGGGUGUGUCUCAUCUCUGUGUCUCAUUGAGACAUGCCCCCAUUCAGAAAAUGUAUUGCUCAGUUUGCAGCUGGCUAGCAGACUGACUGGCAAGAACCGCUAGUGCAGUCAUUUCAGCAGACAAAGUUAAAGCAAAGACAUGACUGAUGGAUCGGAAAUUUUCGCAGGUUGGAUCAGAUAUUCCCGAUCCAUGAAUCACGUUGGUAUCGCAACCCGAUACCGAUACUUGAAUGGAUCGGCCCUAUGCCUAUAUUCACCCCCAGCUGUUUGCUUGGCUAUAAGCCCGCGACAGCUCUGUCUCUUUGCCUAUUCCGUGGUUGAUCAAAAGUUUGGUUGAGUCAGCACUUCCAAUAGUGCCUUCAUUGUUGGGAUUCAAAGUGUCUUUUAAAAAACCAAUGGUAGACAUCACAGAGAUGUUUUUCUGCAGACCUGUGUCUAAAUAAGUUGCUGCCAGUAAGAUGAAUUUCCAUUGUGUUUAAGUGACGGUGGCUGACCAGAGCUUUUAAGUUAUUAAACUAAAGUAGUCAGAGUUUGUGGGACAUGGCAGACUUGCAGAUCCCUCAACUGGAUGUCUGGUUAGAGCAGCUGGUGACUGACAGGUACUCAGUUACCAAAAAAUAAUAAGUUUUCUCAUUACUACCUCGCCCAGUAAACUCUGGGAAAAGCUGACAGUGAUUCAACCAAGUGGCUGGAAAUUAAAUCCCAGGAGGAGCUGCGUUUUUUUUGCACUUCUGCAUUGGCUGUAUUUUCACCUCCAGAGGUUACUGCUGGUGCUGGCUAAACUUAACCUCCUGUGAGGAACUUCCUGUUUGAGUUGAUCAUGGUGAUGUACAGUGCUCAGCAUAAGUCAGUACACCCCCUAUUAAAAGUGAUGUAUUACUCAAUAUCUAGAUGAGCAAAAGUACAAUUUCCAAAGUUUUGACAAAGCGGACUUAAACACAACAUUUUAUUUACCAUAAGAUGAAAAUAAGGGUGAUAUGAUGACUAAAAUUUAGCUUUACUCCCAGAACUUUGAUUGGGGUGUACUCAUUUUUGCAUCCUGAUUUUAAAUUGAAAAAAAUCUUUUUUGUAUGCAACUAAAAAAAUCUUGUUUGUAAUCAAUGGCCUACAUUUGGGGGAGUAUUUCAUUGUAUUGUCUGACAUAGAAAAUGUUGAUUUUGAAAGGAAACUAAAGGUUUUCUGACAACUCUGAAGGGGUGUACUCAUUUAUGCUGAGCACUGUCCAUGUAUAUGGACAAAGCAGUACUGAUUAUCUCCAUUCUGCUUCCUUUUAGGUCUCUAACUAUAACUCACUGUGAUUAUUUUUUAAAGGGGAAUGCAAAACAAGGCGUUUCCUGUGAGUAUGCUGCACUGUGUCUAACACUGACUCAGCGACAUUGGUAUAACCAAUAGUCAGCCCUCUUCCUCAUGACUUUAUCUGCUUUUGUGGGUCUUAUGUGGUUAUUUGUAUUAAUUUCAGUCUGCUUCGUAGUGAGUUAAAGAAACCCUCGCUGGAGCUUUGUGGUCAGCUUAACAAGAGGCAUUUUAUUAGACUACCAGCUUCUAAUCAUCCUAUUCUGAGUGCUUUUGUUGAAAUGACUCUUCUUUGCCUCCUCUGGAAAAAAAACCCUAAUGCAACACUUAACAGCCCCAAAAAAAAAAAAAAACCUGCUUUGAAGUGCAAGUCAACAUCCUCUUCACUCCAAUUUGGGUAAAAGCUCCCUCUGCCAGGAUCUAUAAAGAUCUACUCAUGUAGGUGGAGCGUUUAGAGCAGUUAGUAAGAGUAGCUUGGUAAGUGUUUGAAGCAAAUCUCCAUCCCCCUGACACCUCAGAUUCAUCCCCAACCUGUUUAAUUUCUUCGUCAACAUCGCAUGUUAGCGCUAAAACUGCUUUUUCCAGUUAUCCCUGUGUUGUAUUUUAGUCUCUUAAAUUUACUUUUGCUUUAUUUGCCUCCUCGAGUUAUUUAUUUACAUGCCAGCACACAUGUUUAUGAGCUGCAUUACAAAAACACAGUUCCCCUGGUGAGAAAAAAGGAGUUUGGAGCUGUGGAUGCUCCUGUUGUGAGGAGUGCUCAGAAUAUAAAGAGCUUUAAUCAUAUGCAUCCCCGCUCACCUCAUCGAUGCGAACACCUGGACAGAGACGAACACAUUCAGAAAUACCAGUUUAAAAACAUUAACACCAUAUUGCUUAUAAAAUAUAUCUUUUAGUUGUUUAUACCCCUGUUUAAUUCAAUGACUUGUUAUGUUGUUGGACAUUUUCAUUAUUUUUUAUCACAAGGCUUUAUUGCCCUGUUUUUCUGUGCAUGUCCCCAGCAGACAUUUAUCAGACCUGAGCAGGCUGUAAAAGCGUUGGACUGCUUUAUUUUGCAUUAGUAACAGAUGCCAUCUAUUUGCAGCCAUCAAAGUUUUAAAACACUUUAAUUGCUGGACAGCGUAGAUGCAGAUUUUGGAUUGUCUCUAUUUUUGAAGUUUUAUUUUCGACUGCCAAGAUACAAAAUUAAACCGAGCGUCUUACGCUAUGAUAGUCUCCAAUCCACUGUCUUCAUCACUUCAUUCCUCUCUGCCUGUCACUCACCCUCUCAUCUUCUGUUUCAGUAAAUCCACAGUAAACACUUAUUUUACUUGUGUACUUCCUUUUCUUCGCCAAAGCAGACUGGUGAUGUGUUAUAGUUCGGUGGGAAAAUGAAUGCUCUAAGGCUGUCUUAAUAUUUUUAUGCAUGUGAGUGAACUCUAAGUUGUUUAUAACACAUUUAUAAGAAAUUUUAAGCUGCAUUUUGUGGCUGUAAGUGAAGUGUCAGACAAAAAUACAUCACAAGAAAAAAAUAAAUGUUUAUAAUUACAAACUUUUUCCUUCUUUCAUUAAGGUUUAUUGCACCAUAAACUAUACCUCUAUAAGGCUCCAUGCUCAUUGCUUAUUACACUCCAUAAACUACAAGCUAAAAGCUGCUAUGAAUGUUUAUAAUCACUCAUAACGGUAGUUAUAGUUGCAUUCAUAAGGGUUUUCAAAUGUGCUUAUGAUGCAAGAGGUGGGCCCAUUUAAGAUGUUACCAUAGGAACUAGAGCUGUCCCGAUAUGAUAUUGAUAUUGGACAUCGGAUAUCGGUCCGAUAUCAGCCAAAAAAACAUUAUCGCAUUAUAACGGCCUGCAUCUAAAAUCUCAGAUAUCAGCACUCCGAUACAAGCAGUCCAUUCCAGACUCUGCUCCAGCACCUCUAGCUAACAGCGCCCUGAUCCAGCAUGCAGAGCCCACGUGAUCACAACAACAGUGUGUACUAAAGUACAAACAAAGUAGCAAGGAGUAGGAGUGAGGUCGGCUGUAUGGCAAUAUUUUUCGCUAAAGUCAGAGAAAGACGUUGCAGCUAAGUACAAAACUUGCACUUGCACAAGUUUGAGCCAAUAUCGAUAAAAUAUCGGUAUUGGCCGAUACUGAAGGCUACAAUAUCGGUAAUGAUUGGAAGUAAAAAAGUUGUAUCGGGACACCCCUAAUAGGAACCAAGUACAACUAGGGCUGAUGGUACUGUCCUUUCUGUUAUAGAUGUUACUAAAUCAAGAAACAGGAAAAACUGUAGUUUUGACUUAAAAAGCCAUGGGGACACUGAAAUUAUGACAAAUUUAUCUUAAGGAGUGUGAAUACCAUUUUUAAUAGAAAUUCAUUCAGUCAUCGUGAAAUAUGCUGCAGCUUCCCAUCAUGAAAAAAAAAUAUGUAGCUGAAAUAUUUUAUCUGUACACACUAUACAGGGGGAAAUAUUCUAUGUAAUGUAUCUGUUUUGAUAGUAUAAAGACUAAGUUACACAUUUACAUAGAAGCACGGCAGAGUUGAUGGACAGAUUUGUAAAUCAGCUAAAGUUUACCUCUCCACCUCAGUGUAGGUUGACGCUCAGCAUCAUUGGGUGUCAAAGUGGCUCUUAAAAAACAGUGUGUAAAGCCACAGUCUACAUCUACAGAAAGCCUUUGCUGUUGAGAUAUUUUGCAAAAGCCAAAAAUGUAAACUAAGAUAAGAUAAGAAGAUAUUGAUCCCUAAAGGGAAACAGUGGUGCUACAACAGUCAUGCUGUGAUGUGAUGACAUGUUGUAGAGAUAUUUCAGAGAUCAAGUAAAAACUAAGACUAGCUGCUGGUGAAAAGCUACGGGAAUCCAGGACAGAGAAUUCUGGAUGUUUUUGACUGAGAGGAGGCUGCUGGAAAUUCUUGCUCGCCUACGGUACUCUGGUGGCAUUAACAAAGAUGCAGAUCUCUGCUGUGGUAGGAAUAGCCAGCCAUGAAUCUGCAGGUCAAUCUCUUCUCUUAUCUAAAAAUGAAGGUUUUAGGGAGUGACUAAUACACAGAAAAACUUCCUCAACCACAACGAGGAACUGACAAUGAUAAAAUAACCUCAGGAUGAUAAAAGGAUGUGACGAUGGUGGAUCUCGCCUGGUGCUUUGGUUUAAUCUGAUAGAUGGUGAUGGCUUAGAAAUGUUAUGCUCUGCCUUUGGCUUUCAUGUUGUAAAGUGUCAUGCACCAGCUGCCCUUCAUCUGGAGAUAUGAAAGUCUACAAUCUUCUACCUUUCUUCCUUUUGCCUCUUUCCUCCCACUAUUUCCCCUUUUGUUUGAAGUAUUUGAGGUAUUAUUUCCAUUCAUGUGUCUUUGGCGGGGUAAACUUGCGCAGGAGGAUGUGUGAAAAUGUCAGUUUGUCUAAAAGAAGACCUGUUAUCAUUGUCACCUUUCAUUACACCAGUCUGGGACCUCUACGAAGUACGAAUGGGUAUUUGCAAGAAUCUGGCAGUAUGGUACACAUCCAGAUACAGAAAUGAUGAUCCUGUAUUUUGUGAUGUUUUGGGUUACUAGUAGCUGGCGACAUAUUACUGGGAGUUUUCUAAAAUACUCGACUAUAUUCAGAAAAACUUCAAGUAUAAAGAGCACAAAAUGUCACAUGUUUAAACUAAUUAAUUUUCUUUUUCAUGACUUCACUCACAACAAUUUGACCUUCAUUUGUAUUUGGCUGUUUACUCUCAUGUUGUAUUUAAAAGUGACUUUCUUUGCCAAGCUGAGAAAGACCAGUAUGCUCACUUUAACCUCUGUUUACAACCUUGAGCAAAGCGAUGACACGUACAAUGUUUUAAAGAAUUAAUAAAGGAGAUACAAAAAUAUUUUUUUCUUACUUUGACUGUAGACUAACUUUGUUUAAUUUUCAGCUAAAAAGAACUCAGUAUUUAUGUUUUACUUGCACCCAUGGAAACCUGAGUUUCAGUGUUUUUCUGCUGCUGCCAGAGAGGCUUUAUUAUUGCUUAUUUCCAUUGGUAUGAAAUUAGACACAGCUUUUGUGACUUUUUACAGGGGUGGGAAUCACUAGUGGCCCUACGAAAUGAUUUAACACGAUACUUGGGUAUAAUUUAUUAUUAUUAUAUUAUUAUCAUUAUUAUUAUAAAUUAUACAAUAUAUAUCUUUUUUAGAUUAUAUAUUAUGAUUAUUAUAUUAUUAUUAUAUUAUAUUAUUGCGAUUUUUAACAUUUUGCAAUACACUGAGUAAUGCGAUACAAUGUAUUGCAAUUUAUAAAUUUUUACAACUGUUAAGCUAAUUUAGCAUUUGUCUUUCUUUUAUGUUUGUCUUAUUUACACAGUAUUUUAUUUUCAUGUUGCACAUCAUGCAGACCUUAUAUAUAUUUGUUGUACUAACUUUCCCCUGCUCUAUGGUGAAAUCUCGGCCAAUCUCACUGGACAAACUGUUGAUUUUAUUUUUCCAUUGUCAUAUAUUUGACUUUACAUUAGCAAUUCAUUUGAAAAAAUUGAUACUUGGUAAAGGAGACGAUAUGAUAUUUCACCAGACAAAAUAUUCCGAUACUAUUCUGUAUCGAUUUUUUUCUCCUAUCUACUUUUUACCAAGUGUUGAAGUCAUGAACUAACCCGAAAGUUAUACCUUUACAGAAACACCUGAGGUAGGGCAAAUAGGCGUAUUAGCAUAUGUAAAAAUCUCAAUGUUACUUGUAUCUUGCUAUUCUGAGCCUUCGAGAAAGGUCUUUGUUAUUGUACCAUAGACCCUCUGUAUCCUACCUUUAGUGAACAAUUCUAAACUUUCAAUCCUUGUUGAUCGGUUUCUGCUGCUAACUCUAGUAUCUGAAGAUAUCUGCUUAUGUUAGCCUUUUAUUCACCUCCUCCAACAAAUCCUCCCUCCCUCUCUAUGAAAUAGCUCCCCACUGACUAGUUAAACACCUCAACAUGUCAGACCUCGGUGAGUAAAAUCACAAGAGGGUUCAACAUCAUGGAAACAUGAAUGUUCCAAUCUAUGAGGUAAAUAAUCAAGAUGUUUUGAUAUUGAUUUGUUAAUUCAUCCAAUAAUUUUCCGGAGAAUCGACCUGGACAGGCAAAAACUUCACCAGACAUUGCAGACAUAGCAUUGUUAAAACUACACCUGGCAUCGUGGUUGAAAAGUCAUACAGCAUGCUCUGAUCCUUUUUCGUGUGUUUUCCCUAAUUAAGUAUGCUUUUGUUUUCUCUUACAGAAUGCGGGAACGGGGUCCUUGCAUUUGUGGAGUAGGUGUGUGGAGUCUACUGCUGUCUCUCUGUCUGGCCUCCCUCACACAUGCACACAGGAGCCACACAGGUAUGUAGACAUGUGUGUGUGUGAUUCGUCCAAUCUCCCCUGCCUGUCUGGUUUUGUGUCUGUGUUGGUGUGCGCAGUAUAUAUUCCUGUCACUUCGUCAGUGUCUGUGUACAACAUUUACGGUAUUCGAUUUAUUGUGGAUUACCACUGCAGGCAGCCUUUGCAGCCAAUUUCUUUCCUCAUGUUGUAAAGUUGCAGUGAAUAGGCCUUGUUCCACCCCAGGGAAUGCAGAGGUCGGAUUCACAACGAAAUACGAGCCCACAGUGCCAGGGAGAACACCAAAAAAGUUCUUUAAUAAAAGAAAGGGGGAUACGAGUAAUCCGACAAGAAAGGUUCUCUCAGUUUAGGGGCUUUCAUGUCUUUGCAGUUCUAUCAGAAUGAGGCGACUCUCCAAAAUGCCUGUAGGUAACAGCACAGACAGACAGUGCACACUGAGCCUCGUGGAUUGGAAUUCCCUGGUUGUGUGGUCGUCCUCCCAUGUGGGCCAAGUGGCUGAGUCACUAGCAUGAUUGAGCCCAGAGGCCCUUUUACUACUUCUCAUUUCUUUUCUUGUGUGAAGGUUGGGUAUCUUGGCUUCGCGGGAUCACAACUGUGUGGAACAAUAAAAAUGACCUUCCUCAGGGAGAAUAAAAGCUGUGAGAGAGCACCUGCUCCGUGUAUGUAAAUAUGAGCUGGAAGUCGUGCUGCUCACCUAUUUACAUUUAAGCAGGGAUGCUGUGACAUAGCAGUGUGAACCUUUCUAUAUUUAGAUUUUGUUGAACGCACGGCAAGAUAUGAAAGCUCAUAAAUACUUCAUUUGUUAUAUUUUUCAUUAUAUUUUGACUUGCUAUGAAUAAUUUGUACCCCUAUAACAGGUAACAUCCUUUAAAAGGCUUCCUUAUUGUUACACCUGUCCAGUCUGGUUCAAUUCAAUGCAACAGUACCUCCAUCAACACUAACUCCAUUUUGAUGCUGUCAGGGUGGAGGUAGGUCACCGUUAUGGUGGCUGUGAUUGAAAAAUUGAGCCACCUUUAGCUAUAAUGCUCUGCAGCAGAAUGCCCUCAGCUAGGACGUCACCGAAUGAAAACACAACAUGUGCCAGCAGCCUUUGGUGUAUGCAGCACGAUCAAUACAUUUCAUGGCAAAAACAUUAUAAUAAUCUCUGUAUCUGUCUGCGAUGCUAACUCCUGGCUUCACCAGAAUUAAAGAAAUGUCAGCAUCCAUCCCCAGAGGUAUUAUACUACUUAGUACUGAUGAUUGACAAUGAUUGGCUCAAAGAUAGCAGACUGAGUGAUGACAGAUGUUACAGCAAGAGAUGCCUCAACCCAGUCCUGGUAUCUGGUAUCAGUCAGACACUGAAUCAAAAAAGUUGGAUCAGUGACAAAGGUCAGAUCUAUUCAACUCAGUUCUGUGCUAUUCUAUGUUUACAACAACCAUGCACACAUACUACCUCAUCAGCACAUUGGCAGGUGUUUGCAGUUUGCUUGGUGAACAGCUAAUGUAGUAUGGAGGGGGAUAACUGUAGAUGUUUGGAGGUAUUUCACGCUUGUUAUGCCAAUAAGACUGACAGCAACCUGCUGUAUAUGCAAAGCUUCUGUUUCAAGGGAUAGCACAGCAAAAUCAAAUGGAAGCCAAAAUAAGGCAAUUUACUCAGUCAGCUGUAUGUAGGAGAUGCUGGAAACGUCCAAGUGAUGAUUUGAAGGUGUGAGAAAUAGUGGAGAGGUUAACUGAACCAAUUGUUCUGGAUGAGAAAUGCCCACAGCACUUUAUUGUAUGAACACAAUACCUGACUAAGCCACCUAAGUAUUCUUUCUGCCAUCUGAGCUUAAUCACCAGCCAGUUUUGCAUAUUCUGUUUUUAUUUUUUUUAAUUUUUAAUUUUAUCUUAAAUCCAUUUAAGAUCACCGGCAUAAUUUUGACAUCAUACAGAUACCUAGGUGUACAUCUGGAUAAUAAGUUGGACUGGUCUAAGAAUAUAGACUUCAUCUACAGAAAGGGGCAGAGCUGCCUCUUUUGCCUGAGAAGACUCCGAUCAAUAGACGUCUGUAGUAAGACGCUGCAGAUGUUUUAUCAGUCUGUGGUGUCUACAGUGUUCUGUUCUACGCUGCAGUCUGCUGGGGAGGAAGCAUCAAACACAAAGAUGCAAGACGUCUGAACAAACUGGUGGUUGGACUCAAGCUGGACUCAGUGGAGGAUGUGGUGGAGAGAUCUACACUGAGGAAGGUGUAGUCUAUUCUAAGGAACAUGGAUCAUCCACUUCACAACACCUUGAUGGACCAAAGGGCCAAUAGUGGUGGACGGCUCCUCUCUCUUUGCUGCAGGACAGAAAGAUUCAGAAGAUCUUUUGUACCAACAUCCAUUAGACUUUAUAACUCUUGUGUAAAUAGUAGACAAGACAUAUUAUGUGAGACAACAGACAAUUGAAUUUCCUUUCGGGGAUUAAUAAAGUUAUUCUUAUUCUUAAUUGGUGAUUUAGAUGAUUUCUUAAAUCUCAGUUCAACUCAGUAUCAACCAGGCUCAAUAUUGAUAUCUGCCGUUAUCAAAGCCUAUGUAUUAACAUUGGAUCUUAAAAAGUUGGAUCAGUGCAUCCCUUAUGUACUGGAGGAUCAUAUAUCUUUUAUCUAAUAAAGAGGAAACUAAAAAGGCUAAAUUGAAAAGUUUUAUGUUGGAAUUUAUUGUAGUCCAGGAAGUUCAUCUUUAUCCUGUUUGUAAGAUUAGAUUUCUAUAACUGCUGAAAUCUCUGUUAAGUCUUUUGUCAUUGCCAAAGUUUUGGAAUUAUAUUUCUUACCUGAUGAUAGAAAUGUAUAAAAAAUAUAGAUGGAUCACUUAAGACAUGAGAAAAAAAAAUCAAGCCAGCUUUUUUUCUGUUUCAGUAAAAAUACCAGAAAAUGUGACUUACACGAAAAAUAGAAAAUCAUCAGGAGAUAAAAGUCAGUAAGUGACAAUGAAAAAAUAACCCAAGGAUAAAAAAUAAGAUGCGACAAUAGAGGCUUUUGUCUUUGUUUGACUAAAUCUGAUAGGUGGUGAUGGCUUGAAAAUGUUAUGUUCUGCCUUUGGCUCUUAUGUCGUGAGAAUGUGGCGCACAUCAGCUGCCCCUCAUCUGAACCUGUUGUCUUUGUCAUUGUUUUUAGUGUGUGUUGUAACAUCAGCAAUGCUCCUUUAGUCUGUAUUUAACAUCUGCUUUACUCUGACGCUCCAUUACUGGAUGACGGAGCGGCAGAAUGACAGAUGAGUUUGAGUCUUUAGCUUUUAAAAAAUAAUGCGGCAUCUGAGAGCGAUGGUAUUACAGUCCUUCAGCCUCCUGUGGAGGAAGGGAAAAUCUCUUAUAAUGUUAUCACUUCCUGAAGAAAACAAGGUCCUUUGAGUGAGUGGAUGUGUGUGUGACCUUCCUUAGUGCAAGUAUCUAUGUAUAACCACAGCUCUAUGUGUCAUUUUCAUCAAUGGGAGGAUGGAAAAAAGACAUGGGUAGAAGAUGCUUUGAUACACUGGUGCAUCAGUGAAGCGCUGACUUCUGCGGCAACCAUGAAAUCACUAGAAACACCCAGCGAGGAGGGGAAACAGGAGUAAAAAUAGUCAUACGAUGAGUAAAGAACUAUGGUAGACAUGAUAAAAUGUUCAAUAUGCUGCCAUUGUUCUUUUAUUUGACUGUGAAACAGUGGCUGCAGUGUUGGUGUUGAUAUCUGAGCUAGCCGUGUGCUUAUGAAUGUGUCUGUGUUUGUGUAUCAUCUGUGUGCUCCUGUUAAUGGUUGAUUGAUUGUGGAGUAAGUUGUAAUCAGGGAAUUACAGCGUUAUCCAGUUGCAGGGUGUCUGAGAGGGGGAAAAACAGACGAGUAAUCAGAUAAUUACUGAAUACAAUCCCUCAGGUCACUUCAAGGUCCUCACUCACAUGUAGACACAUGCAUGCAUACAGUAUUUGGUCUUCUCUACAACACAAUUACAUUUCCAGGCACACAUUCAUAAACAAACGUGAAGAAAAAUGAGGUGUAUGUUAUUCCUGAAGCCAUUCAAUUCACCUUUUAUGAAAGCGUCCCGUUACAUAACGGCUGCUGCUUUCCACCCUUCCUUUAUCCUUCAUACUGAUCUCUGUUUUUCAACCAAGGUUACAUGAAGAGUUGUGAUAAAAUGUUAGUGUUGGAUGAUAUAACAUAAAUAAAUCAGAGUAUUUUGCUUUAUUGGCCAUGGUGGGAUUGAAAUAAUGUACUUGUGCAGCUGCUGUUUAGGGGACGAUGGUAACUUAUGCUGUUUAGUUUGUUCUGGCAAUCUUGUAAUGAAUAUAACAGCUGAUCGUUGGAAAAAACUGACUGAAAUCCACUGGCCGUAGUACAGAUCAUCUUCAGAUAUUGGCAGGAGGAAGCGAUGGAUUGGUAAAGCAACUAAAAACUCGCAGCAAGAAGUUUUUAAUUUGAGUGUCGUUCAAAACAAAAGGCAUCACUGAGAUCUUACGUCUUUCCUGCAAAGAUCCACACAGUCUUUGUGCAGAAAUCCUACAAAGAAACAAACAUUUUACAAAAUUAAACAUGUAAGAAGAGAGACACACCGUCACAAAGGGGUGCCUUGAAACAAAAAUCUAACUACCUUCAAGAAAAGAAAGAAAACGAACACUUAUGUUCACCCAACCAUGCUUGGGAAGAGGAAGAAAAUAGAGACAGAAAAUAACCUUUUAACAAGCCUUACCUUGUUUAAGAAAACUGAAAAAUAGAACUAAAAAGUAACUUAAACAGAUCUAAUCACAGAAUCAAAAAGACGAUAACAGAUACCCUAUAAAUUGAAUCAAAACCAAAUAUAGAAAGAUAAACAGUCACUAUGAGGUGCCCAAAAAAUUGACUUUUAAUGUUUUCAAAAGAGGGAAAGUGGACUCCAGAGGAUUCCUUGUGUGUGUUGAAUAAUUAAAACAGUGUUAAGGUUACAAUUGAAUGAGAAAAAUGGGAAGUAGAAUAAACUACACUGUCCUUUAUAGUCGUCGUUCAAUUGUAUGGUUAUGCUCCUCUUUAUUUUGAAGGAAAAUAGACGUGAUUUACCCCUGCCUCACUGUGUGUGUGUGUGCAGGUUUAUUGGUGUGUGAUUUGCCACCAGCUUAAGAAGUAUAAGCUGACAGGACAGCUGUGGUGACCUCAGAAGGAAAGUUGAGGGGGGCUGAGGAGUGGUAAAAGACGUCUCAGCAUGUGGGUGUGUUCUGAGUAUGUGUGUAUGUGUCUGCUUGGCCUAUGCUCACCUUUUCUUCACUUGAUUUUUAUCUUUAAGGCCAGAACAGAAAAGAGGCCUAUCAUGCCCCUCCAUCUGUUAAACCAUCCAUCCUCCUGUCUUUUUCCCUUAUUCACAUGCUUUGUUAUACACAUCGCCUCACCACUUUAGGCUUUAUAUCCAGGACACGGAGCUCCAACUCUCUUAGUGGACUACAGAUCGCUUGCAAUGAAGAUAUCUUGUUUGUGGACAAGACUUUGGUUAAAUGUCUCAGUGGCUUUGCCAAUAGUCUUGGAGAAAUAGCUUGGCUUGGAUUUGGAAGUUAAGCGGAACAGCGAUUAUGCUGAUCACUUCAACACACACUGUCGAGUCAUUGAUUCUCAGUCCAUGGGCUGCAAUCUCCAUACAUCGCCACUGAUUAGAGGCUACUAGGAAUCUAACUUACUCUGAAAGGCAUUCAGUCUGCCAAGAAAGUUGGAAUAGAGAUGCAAGGACGAAAACGCAUAAGGAUGCUAAGAUGCUAAACCGCUCUCGCACAAGCUUAGAGGGACAUGUGCAUGCAGUCAGGCAUGCAGACAAGCCUGCGGUAAAUGCACACACAGUAUCAAAAGCACACACACCUACAUGCUUGCACACUCAAAGAGGCUUUCUAAUGUGAUGCAUGGAGACAGGCUGUCUACCCUCUUUAGAGCCGCCUCCACUGUAAGGCUGCACUCUAUGCCUGGUCUACAACAAGCUCCAUAUGGCUAGUGAAAAAUUCAAGCUGAAAAUUAUGAAUGUGAAAUUUUUCAUGUCGGCAAACAUCACCAGACUUCACUUCACUUUAAAAUCACUGGUCAGGAAUGGAGUUUUGGUAAUUGUUCAUAUGCAGUAUGUACACUCACCGGCCACUUUAUUAGGUACACCUGUCCAACUGCUCGUUAACACUUAAUUUCUAAUCAGCCAAUCACAUGGCGGCAACUUAGUGCAUUUAGGCAUGUAGACAUGGUCAAGACAAUCUCCUGCAGUUCAAACCGAGCAUCAGUAUGGGGAAGAAAGGUGAUUUGAGUGACUUUGAACGUGGCAUGGUUGUUGGUGCCAGAAGGGCUGGUCUGAGUAUUUCAGAAACUGCUGAUCUACUGGGAUUUUCACGCACAACCAUCUCUAGGGUUUACAGAGAAUGGUCCGAAAAAGAAAAAAUAUCCAGUGAGCGGCAGUUCUGUGGGCGGAAAUACCUUGUUGAUGCCAGAGGUCAGAGGAGAAUGGCCAGACUGGUUCGAGCUGAUAGAAAGGCAACAGUGACUCAAAUAACCACCCGUUACAACCAAGGUAGGCAGAAGAGCAUCUCUGAAUGCACAGUACGUCGAACUUUGAGGCGGAGAUGGGCUACAGCAGCAGAAGACCACACCGGGUGCCACUCCUUUCAGCUAAGAACAGGAAACUGAGGCUACAAUUUGCACAAGCUCAUCGAAAUUGGACAAUAGAAGAUUGGAAAAACGUUGCCUGGUCUGAUGAGUCUCGAUUUCUGCUGCGACAUUCGGAUGGUAGGGUCAGAAUUUGGCGUCAACAACAUGAAAGCAUGGAUCCAUCCUGCCUUGUAUCAACGGUUCAGGCUGGUGGUGGUGGUGUCAUGGUGUGGGGAAUAUUUUCUUGGCACUCUUUGGGCCCCUUGGUACCAAUUGAGCAUCGUUGCAACGCCACAGCCUACCUGAGUAUUGUUGCUGACCAUGUCCAUCCCUUUAUGACCACAAUGUACCCAACUUCUGAUGGCUACUUUCAGCAGGAUAAUGCACCAUGUCAUAAAGCUGGAAUCAUCUCAGACUGGUUUCUUGAACAUGACAAUGAGUUCACUGUACUCAAAUGGCCUCCACAGUCACCAGAUCUCAAUCCAAUAGAGCAUCUUUGGGAUGUGGUGGAACGGGAGAUUCGCAUCAUGGAUGUGCAGCCGACAAAUCUGCGGCAACUGUGUGAUGCCAUCAUGUCAAUAUGGACCAAGCUCUCUGAGGAAUGCUUCCAGCACCUUGUUGAAUCUAUGCCACGAAGAAUUGAGGCAGUUCAGAAGGCAAAAGGGGGUCCAACCCGUUACUAGCAUGGUGUACCUAAUAAAGUGGCCGGUGAGUGUAUGUGUGUGUGGGAGACAGAGAGAGUCCUCUCAAAACAGUAAUCACUGGACACAGGACCGUCAAAGCUGGAUGAACCAACUAAAUAUAGCUUUAAAAAUUUGGUUUCAAUACAACUCCUAAUCACUGUUUGGUGCUCUGGAGGUAAAGUGCCCUCUUCUGUGUCAAACUUUCCAACAGGAGACUGUUCAAUUUUUUUUUUACCUCAUUGUUGCUAGAUUUUGAGAGAAGCUCUUUGUGAAUGGACCCGUCUGCCUCCUCGCCACCAGCAUGUACUGUAGUUACUGUAAGACUGGUUUGUGCUCAAGUCCUCUUUUUUUCAAUACAGCUCCGUGUUUAAAAGUUAUAAGGGGGUUCAUGUUUUCUAUGAUUGACACAAAGAUUACAAAGCUCACUCUGGGGAAACAUUCUUGAAGACUCCAAAAAAGGCAACUGGACUGUGUAGAGUUGAGAAGAUGUUUCGCCUCUUAUCCAAGAAGCUUCUUCAGUUCUAAAGUUUGCUAGUGUGAGGAGCAGAUAUUUAUCUUACUGGAGAAGGGGACAAAUCUUAUCUUACUGGAAAGAAUGGGUUGUAGAAACCCAUCUCCGGAUGUUCCCCCCCGAGGGUCGUUAAUCUGAAAGGGCCGUUAACGACCCCUGUCAUGUGACCACAUGACUCAUGCCACCUGGGUCAUGUGGUCCCAAGUGUGAAUGUUUGUGGAGCUUCCUGGGGAUAGAGCUGACAACUGCAUUGUAAGUGCCGGAGAGGUUGUGCCUGAGUCCACCCCCUCUGUUCAGAGAAGGUUUCUCCAGUCUGGUAAAGAUGGCUUCUUUAACUCCUCUUUUAAACCACCUGUCUUCUCGAGCCAACACCUGUGUUACCAGGCUUGAAAUGAACAGGAAUAUGGUGUUUGCCAAAGAUCCUCUUGAUUUUGGAAAAACAUCUUCUCAACUCUACACAGUCCAGUUGCCUGCGUUUGGAGUCUUCAAGAAAACCAUGACCUGGAUGAGUGAGAAUCUACAUGGACACUCUGGGGAUACACUGUUUGAGCCGAGCGUCAUCACAGUGACACUUGGCGGCUCUCCUGCCGAAUGCAUACAAUGCUACUGCACAAGUGGUGGUUCCAGGAAGUGGAGAAAAUCCUGGGAAUACAGAGAGCAAUUUGGCUUCAAAUUCGUAUAUCAAUGAAAGUGGGCAAAAAGGAACCUACAGACAUGCUCUGAUGAGGAGAUUUCAGAGGGAGAGGGUUGAACAGGACUGAAUAUCCCUUGCAGUCUUGGGUUCUUUGUAGCAUGCUAUCGUGGAUGGUGAAAUUACUGUUAAAGAUGGAACUAUUUUAACAUACAGCAACAUAAAAAUUCAACUUUGCAGAUAAUUGUUGUUCUCGACUAGAAGAGAGGUACUUAAGUAGGACUAUUAUCUUGGCGUGUUGUUUUGCAAUACUGAGGUACUGAUCUCUUCUUUGACAUUUUGAACAGUUCAGCUUUCUGCCAGUUCGAGGCAGUGACAUUUGAAAAAAUAAAGACACAUCAUUUCAUUUUGUCUGAAAAAAAAAAAAAAAUUACUCAGACUUGAUGCUCGUUUGUUCACACUGUUCACACUCUUAUCUCCAAGAAACCUUUUAUAAAAUUAUGUUCAAUAAUUGGUUCUUGUUUUUCAAAAGCAACAUUAAUUUACUUGUUGUUGCCUUGUGACAAAGUAAAGGUCAUUCAUGGAAAUACACACAACUAAGCAGUUUAUAUAGACACACAGAAAAAUGACCCCCAUAGCAAAGGGCUAUUUAGAUCACUGUGUAUUUAACAUGUACUGGGGCAUUCACAAAGUGUGCGCCAUGGCAACCACAGUCCAGCCUGAAGGCGCCUCUGGGCAAGAUUUGUACACUUGAUGGAUAAUUUACUGUGUGCUUUUAACAGCAUUGGGAAAAACAAAGAAACAUUUACUUGUAGUUGAGAAGCUGGAAUUCAAUUUUAUGAAAAUUUGUCAAAACAUGAAAACAACAAUAAACAAGAGAUUGUGACAUUAGAAACUUGAACAGAUUAAAUUCGGAUCCCUCUCAUAUUCUUUUUUUUUUUUUUUUGCUGUGAUUUACAACAUUGACACAGAGAAAUACAUUAAAGGUGAGAAAAUAAUAGAAAAAUAACGAUCACUGAAUCAUUUAUCUUCCAUUAGAAUACUGGCACAUUAUCAAACCACAAAAACUUCUAAAUUUACUACACUGGUUUCCAACAACACGCCAUGAUCUUUGUCCCUUAACCUAACAGCUAUCUUUUUCUUAUUAUCAGUCCAUUUGUUCACCAUUAUGAGUGUUUUUCAGCCCCUGGCUCUCCCUCUCCUCCUCCUCCUCUUCACUCACUUCAAUUGGUGUUGACAAAUUCCAAGGAGCUAAAUUUGCAUAAAUUCACCUUCACCAAUCAGUGUGUCCUUGGUAUCACACAUGUUGUUAACCAUGAUGUAUUCACUUAUUAAGGUGCCAGGAGUCCGUUUGAUAAGUGUCUGCAGGCAUUCAGGCCUUUUGUUGUAUAUCAAGGGAUAAUCGUCUGUGUUUAUUUCUGCUUAGGCAUGACUCCAUUGCAGAUUCAAGGGACUGGAGUCAAGAAAUAUAUUUUUUAAUGUCUGUAAAGCAGGCUGCCUGAUUGCUGAAAUAUUGAAGAAGAUGGGCACAAAGCAGCCCUGUGGCUUUUCUACAAGGGGGAAAGAGGGAGUUUAAAGCUGUUUUUUCACGUGUAUAGAAAAUGAAUAUCUAUAAAAGCAGCAGAGGUGAUGCUAGACAGUGAGACGCAUUCUGCUAGGAGGCAGUGUGAUUCAUGGCCUGUGCCUAUAAGAACCAGGUUGACAGAUAAACAAAUACAGACAGGGAGGAUGUGAUUAGGUUACCAAAGACUAGCCAUGUGCUCUGAAUACAUCCAACUAUGUGUCUAUGUGUUACUGUUGUAUUCAGGAAAAGGAACAUAGUUUGACAAAAGAAACAGAUGAAAGUUUAUUGUGUGUUGGGUAGGGCUGCAACGAUAAGUCGACAAAAAACGAUAAUGAAAAACGUCGAUAUUGCAUUCCACUGUUGACUGUUUGUCGCCAGACGGGAUUUUUCCAGUGGAGUGAGGCAUCUUACUUCAUUAUGAUCUCUGCCUAGAGUCACGCCUGCUCAAAAGCGUCUCCGCUGAAUGGUAGGGUAUUCAAAUAUGGUGCCGGUGUACCAUACAGCAGCUACAAGUAUGCGCUUAAAAACCUCCAAAGUUUGGGAGCACUUUAUCCUGGAUAAAGCAAAAAAAAAAAAAAAAAAAAAAAAAAACUGAUAGUCUAGGACUUUGCUCAAAAUGGCUUCAUUAUGAAGAUACACCUGUACCAAUGCAGCUAGCUACCUGAGGCAGUUUAUGAUCAGACACUUAGUUUUCAUCUCUACCCGUGUUGUUUUGUUAUCAUCUCAUGAUAAUCAACCUGAAGACUUUUUGUAUUCGUAAAAGAAAACUAAAGAUAAAUAGUGAAUGAAUUUUAAAUAACACCAUGCUAAUAGAAAUGUAUAAAUUCUCCGCUUGUCUUUGUUGCCUCAUGACCCCGCGGCAAUCAGGAUGGAUGAAUGAAUGCAUUAGCUGCAGCAAGUUAAUUUACAGCCGCACAGGACACACGGUGAUGUGCACAUUGGUGGGCUAAUUUUCGCCAGCUUGAAACUCACAGACGCAUAUGAACUCACCUGUGUAUCUGCUCAUUAAACAGUCUGAUCACUACAACGGUCUUAAAGCUUAAAACCGACCAUAAAAUAAUAUUAUGACUGUCUGGCUGUUGUAAACUUCUGUGUUGUGACAAUCUCAAUUUUGGCUCGGUUUAUUGAGCUUCGUUACUAUAAAGUGGCUAAUGCAGCACAGCUUGGUUUGGAAUUAUUUCCUGCUCCAUCGUCAGAAGUUUGGAAAGACACCCAGAUAAUCAAGCUAUCCUGACCAAUCUAGAUCACACAAGAUUUACUCUCACCUUUACUAACGUUAUUUGUUUUUAAAAUAAUGUCCCUCAAAGAACUCCAUACCUUCAUGUUUUUAUUCAUAUCACAGAAACUAGAGAAAAGAAACUUUCUAAGGCAGGUGCUUUACACAUCGCCCCCUGCUGAGCAGUAAGAGGAGCACAUGGAUGCAUGCUAAGGGAGAUUUUAAAAGCUGAAAUAUUUCUCAUGAUUUGAUGUGAUUUGAUAUUUAGCAUAGCUUCUUUUAACAAUGAAAGUUGACAAAGCCUAAAAUAAUGAGAUGAAAAAACAUACUUCUUCUACUGUAAACAUGUCCUAGAUUCUCCUCCAAAAUAAAAGCAUUGUGUGUCUCCAAAGAAAGAGCAGGCCAGGCUUUUGCUUUGAAAAUAUUUCUGAAUGCUUUUGUGCUAUUCUGUUCAUGCUAUUGGUAUAAACAGCUAAUACAAAGCCCAUACAGCUCUCAACCUUCUUUUUCUCUGUAUAUUUCAGCUGAGAUCUGUACAUGGCUUGUGGAGAAAAAAAAUAGAUGAGCCUUCUUUUCUCUAGAUUUCAGCCUGUAAGAGAUUUUGCUCACACUGGCUGACAGGACUGCAGCUGACAGGCUCCCUGUGUGAGCAGCACCAGUCACAGUUACCUGUGGAAAAAUAAGCAAGACCAGGUUUCACUCUACCAAAACAAACUGGACUACUCCAUGAUAAAUGCAACAACUGGGUUUUACAAUCAAGGAGAAGUGGUGUGUUAUUUUUUUAAACAUUUCUGCACAAACGGGUCUCAAACUAGUCUUAAACUGGUCGUGGGAUUUGAGGAAAAGUCAGUCACCGAGGUUGAUAUUUUUUCUGUCAGACCAUAGUGAUGCACUUUUCUACUGACCUUGGGUUUCUCCAGGGAUUGCUGUUAAUAUGGCUGAAAAUGUCAAAUGCAACUAUGGAAAAAUGAAAAUCCCACUGGCCUGCACGGUUGCCUGAAGUCGCCCCUCUAUACUUAUGUGAAAGACCGAAGAGAGAUUUCUUUAAGGCAAACAUCAGGCCAAACUAUAGAGAGAGGAUCCCACCCAGAUGAGUCUCCAGACUUCAGAUUUAAAACCUCUACAGUCCGUGUCCCCGGUCCCUGUCUGACUAUGUAUGUGAACUAAUUGGUGAAAAUGGAGAGUUUCCUCUGGCUGCACAGUAAGAUUACCUCAGUGGGACCUUCUCAGUGCUUUCAUUAGUGCUAAUCAUUACCUGUUAGCUCCAAAGCCAACCCGGCACAGACCCAGCCUGGUACAUCUGUACGGUUCCUAAAGCAAAACUACAGCCUAUUGACUCCCUGCAUAAUCCACUCUGUUGAACUAGGAUGGUAACAACAGAAGUGUGGAUUAACUUUUCUGGCGAGAGAACCACAGCGAGACAAAUUGAAAUCAGUUAUGACUAAUUAGCCUUGAUUGCUGUUUUUAGGAGUCAUAAAGAAAUUCACUUUGCAUUAAACUGAUGAUGCUUUUAGUCUCUGAGUUUCUAAAUCUCCCCUCCUUCUCUUCACUUGUUCCGCCUUCUCCUCUCUGCAAAAACCUCUCUCUUAGCCUCUGUUUCAGACACUCUCCUUCCUCCUCUCUCCAACUUUUGCUUUAUUUCACAGCUAUUAAACCAGGAAAUUUCAAUCAGGUAGCGCAGCGUGAAUUUCUGCAGGGGCAUGGGAGAAAGAGUGAACUUUUAUUUAAUGCAGCCGUCCUUUCUUUUCUCUUCUCCACCUCCAUCUCCUCUCUCUUUUCUUCUGCAGAUGAACUCAACCUUGGCUCUUUAUAGUUUAUGAUUCAAUUUCCAAUUUGUCCUCUGGAAGUAUUUGCCUAGUGGGUGGCACAGUGGUUUUGUUCUUGUGUGUUUGUACAAUCCCUGCCUUUGGUAUUCAUAGAAACACAGUCUUACAGAUACAUGCAUUUGAAUUUCCAAUUCUGCGUCUGCGAUUCUUUUUGCUUUAUUUUAAAUUAAAGUCACAUUGAGAUGGGGAUCUCCUUUUCAAGUAAGUCCUUUGCGAGCAAGGAGAGAUGCUCUUAAAAUAUGUAUAACCAAUGCCUUCAAUUUUGUUUUAUUAGCGGCAAGGAUGACCUGAGGAGCUCACUCUGGGAUUUGAAGGUUGUUGCUUGAUUGCAUUGGUAGUGUGGAGGAAAUGCACAAUCACCUGUUCAGAUUUUAGUUUGUUUCUUAAAAAUUAAUAACCCUUAUAAAAUUGGCCAAAACAAAGAAGUAUUUCAAAGCUGCGGGAAACAGAUACUGUUAGUUUUAACCUUCUUAGAGGAUAAUUGGAAAAAAUAAAACUUUUUUUAAUUUUCAACAAAAUCAUUAAUUUCAAAAAGUGUGUCAUUCUCAACAAAACUGUGAGCUAUACCCCCUGGUUAUUAAGAUGAUUCUUCACUUAGUAAAAAAAAUAAUGAUAAUAAAUAAGUCGAUGCAAACUUGCAAAAACCUGCAGUUCCUCAAUUUGCAAAAGGUCAAUAUAUUUAGACUUUCCAAAAUGUUUUUCUCUUUAAAUUAAUUCAAGUAUCUGAUCAGAGUUUGGUAUCAAAGUUGUGUUGUACUCUGAAAAGGAUCAUUGCACUCCCUCAAAACUCUUACAUGUGUAACAGCUGGAUCCUUGCCUCAGUUUUUGGGUUGGGUGGGGUAGGUGUCAGUCAAACUCAUGAAGAUAUGGCCCUUUGGUUUCCUGCAACAAAUGCUGAAUUUAAAAGCCAAAAGUCAGAAUGAUGAGGUUUUACAUAAGAAGAUAUUACUUUAGUACAUACAUAACAGGAUAGACAAAGACUCUUUGUCCACAGGGGGCGCUAACUUGACACAAACCAAAAGUCCCUCACAGGAGCUUUAAGUAGUCUUAAAUUUUCCAUGAAAUAAUCACGAAAAAUGCAUCCCUGGAUAUUAUUUUAUAAUUUGCAGACAUUCAUGCUCUUUGCACAUCAAAGUGUCUUGCUCUGCCUCCUUGGGGUCCAUUUGCCCCUUUUCUCUCCUCCUUUCAUUCUCUGUUUACACAGCCUCUGAUAAACAGUCUCAGGAGACUGUAAAUGACCAGAUGUUUGGCAAGGAAACAAAUAGCGGGAUGUUACCUUUUGAGCCAUUUAGAUUUCCAGACACUCUUCCAGGAGGAGCAGGAAUCCCUCCAAAGCUUUUGUUUUUGCACACAUGUGUAUGUAAGUGCAUAAGGAUGAUUUGGAAGAAUUAAAGCUAUUACAUUGUGUAUCAUAACCUAGGAACAGCGCACUUCACCAUCAGUGUCUCCAGCGAGGCUGAGUUUUUAUGCUGGAUCCCUUGCUGAGUUUUCCCUGUGGAGUCAGCAUGCUUGACAGUAUGUAAAUAAUGAAUGUAACAUGCUUAUCCUUUAUGUAGGUGCAUCAGAGAUAAAGUAUGUGGGCUGAAAAAUCAUAGCCAUUUGUGCCUCCUCUUUAAUUCCCCAAACAAACUUCCGUUACAAGUAGAACAUCAGGAUGUUUCCAUCGAGUUCAUACAGAGAUAAUGGACCACCGCUGCUAGCAAACAGGCCCAAAUGCAAGAGAAAUAUGCUGAUUUUAAAAGAUGCAUCAGGUGCUGAAAAUUUGAUAUAGCAUCCACAUGAGGAAAAAGAGAUCUGAAUACAAGGCUCAGUGUCAAAUUAGCACCAGGCGAGACGGCUUCAAUAAAAAUGUGACUGUGGAAGUGUUGCUAUUUGGUUAAGCACAGUAAAAAAAAAUCCCUGUGUUGCCUCAAAUAUAGCAGCAUUUUAGAGGAUUAGCAGAGCCUCCAUUUUGGAUGUUCUGUUCAUAAAGUAAACAGUGUGCAUAUGAUUGUUUUUUUUUUUAUGUUCAUGCUCUGUGGAGAGUAGCUUUAGUAUUCUCCACAGCAGCUCCACAGCCAUGCGCUGAUGGAUGGGGUGCUCUUUACUUUACUGAUGUACUGUGAUCAAUGCUGAUGCAAGUAAAGAGAGUGUGGGAGAGAGAGAGAGAGAGACAGAGAGAGAGAGCGAGAUAAUGUGCUGCCUCUGCAAAUCUCUCUCUCUCUCUUCUCCUCUCUCUUUCACCAUCUCCCAGUCUUUUUGCAUUAAUCCUCUCCUCUCUGCGAGUUUCCCACUAUGUUGAUCCUGCCAGUAUCUGCAUAUGCUGCACUCUCACCAACAUCAUCGCCUUAACAGAUAUGACACUCUGUUUCCUUGCAAAGCAUAUGCUGUAAAAGGGCAACUUUCAGCAGAUUACUAGAUUAUAGAUUAAGAAGAGAAAAUUGAGUGUGAGUGAGAAAGUGGAUGUGCGUGUGUGUUUGUCCAGCAGAGGUCUUUAAAGAGGGGCAGAAAAACAUGUCUGUGUGACCACUAGGCCUGGCCUCUCAUAUUGCCUAAAUGUGGUUAAGAGGCUUUUAUUUUUAGCCUUUUGCUGUUGUGAGUUAAAUAAAACAGCAGUAAUGCAGCUUCACUAAUCCUCUCAAACAACUAAUCCUUGCAGAACACCACUGUAAAUACUCUGUGGGCUGUAUUAAAGCACAAAUCACUCAAUCCCUCACUGAGUGUUUUAUGCUUAUUUUGGUUCAGAUUAAUAAUUUUUUUUUAUAUUUAAUCUAGGAGAGAGAUGCUCCAGAAAUAACUGGGCUUCUUCUUGUGGACCCUGUCUUCGGGAUGUUUUUCUGUUUGUGUCUUUGUGUUUUUCAGGGUAAGGUUUCGCACUCAAGUGUCCUUCACUCGGCUUGUAAAGUACUUGCUGUGAGAUUCAACAAAAGACUUUUGAGAUGAACAGACACAGAAAUUCUCCUCAGAGAACCUGUUUGGAUACCUCUUCACUUAGAGGUUAAGAUGCUGUAGAUACUCUUUACUCUUUACUGGAGGGUGUUGGCUGCUUUCAGUGGGAAUAUGUGUCGCAGGGGAAAAAAAUUAUGAAAAUAACCUGACUUGAUUUUAUCAUUUGUACCAUCAUUCACACAUUUCAUUCAGCUGAGUUUUGUGUUUCGUUUCAAAUUGCAGUGUAAUAAGCCUUAAAAUCCCACUCCGAUCAAAUCUUUUUUUACAACAUUAAGUGAUCUCAGUGGUCUUCAAGUUGUGAUUAUUCAAUUUUUAGCCAAAAUCACGUCACCUGUGUCAUUUUCAAGAGCUUUUCUUCUGCAGAGCUCCAGUAGCUCAUUAGCAAUUCGCCUCUGAGUCGUGGGCGGAGACAACGCUGCUCUCUUCAUGCUAGCUUACAGCCUAACAUUGCCAGUGUAAUAGAAGUAGCAGGCAAUAUAGGAGCUACUCAGCUCUCGUACACAAAGGUCUUUAGGAGCAUGAUAAAAGCUAAUAUAAUAAUUAGCUUCCUUACAAGCAUCUUGAUCGUCCUCUCUAUAUUUCCGUGUCUUGUCUGCAUAACGGGACUCUGGGGGUGGAGCCUGGAUUUGCUAUGGAAGAAAUCUCACUGUAUCUGAGCCUGCAGUUUGGGUCUGCCAGAGAUUCACAGCGAUUUGAAUGCAGAAAUACUCUGAAAAAGAAAAUUUGCACUUACUUUUCUCUUCUCUUGUCCUGUAGCAUCAGAAAAAAUGCAGACAACAAGAAGAUUUUCAUCCGAGUGGGUCUUAAAUUAAGUCCUCCAUGUUAGAUCUUAUGCAGCACAGUGACCCCACUCUAAGAAAAAAAGUGUUUCUCAACCUCUUUUUUCUAGAAAACACUUUCCUGGAAAACCUACUGGAUACAUUCCUUCUGACUUCAGUUGCUGACUAAUACAUCAAGGAAAUGCCUCCAUUAUGACAAACCCUCUCAAUGUUUUAAUUGAUUGCUUGUUGUCUGUGAUAAACCAUCAAAAAAGACCUCACACAUAUACAUAAAUACAUUUGAAACUAGUGCAUGUCCUAGGGCUUUACCUGCGUAUUGCCUCUUCCUGGAAAAUAUUACAAUUUCUGGUGUUUAAAGGAAAAAAGAGUUGUGAUAUUAUGAGAUGUCUGUCUGAUAAAUGUCUUUAGAUGUGUUUAAACUAAAAAUGAAACUCUGCCACUGAGCUCUUUAAUACUUCCCCUGGUGAGUCUGAAGUGAAUUAUACAAGCUGCCUGAAGCAAAUACAGAAUAUUUGCUUUUCUGCAGCAACUUAGGUUUGAUUUCCUUUAACAGAAAACAAAAUGUUUUCAUCCUCUAUUGUUGUAAAGCUGUGAGAGCCACAGGGAUAUGCAGAAAGGAAAACCACAUGGGCAAUGUUGUGCCUUUUUUAAAGGCUGUGUGCACACCUACACGGGUCUUCUCACCCUAACACAGCAGAUAUUUUAUCCUGUCAUAACAGACACUGCAGAGGUGAGACACAUUUCAACAGCAGUUAAAUGUGACUCAGAUGUUUUAAUGACAUUAAAUGCUUUUCUGCUAUUACAUGCCAGCCUAUUUAAAAUGAAAAAGUCAACAGGUGCUACAAGUGAAGAAUAAGGGUAAUGUCAGUCAAGCAUAAUUUGCACAUUAACGCUCUCUGCAAGAGACCUUAUCAGGCAGCAUGAAUACUAACACCUCUACCUCUGUACGUGCAAAGAUGGUCCUACACGUGAGGGACUUCUUUGAUCUGCUAAUUGAUGGAAAAAGCAAUUACAUGCAUUUGGACUGAGACUGAGAGAAGCUCUUUAAGUGUCGUACAAAGCUGUUGCUUUUGGGCAGAACUGACAAAGUGCGUCAAAGUACAUCAACUGUAGCCUGGCUGGGCCAUCCUGUUGCGUGAAUCACUUGCCGUUCCUUCCCACAACAGUCUGGACUUCGGCGCAUUGGGAGCGUGUAUCCCCGGUCAGAAAAUAACAGGGCCAAUCAGAGACUGUGUUUCCACUGUUACCCGGACAACAGGGAAAGGCAGCCCCUGAUUGGUCCAUGUGUAGAUGGUGAUGUCUAACACAUGCUGCGGGACUUUUCAAAGCUCCGUUCAUUCAGAACACCGUUAAUUCUGCAGUUGACUCUGAAAAGUCGGCAGAAAUCGUUUAGAUCCGAAUAUAUUUUAUUUUGCGGAUAUAAACGAUUAUUUUCUGGUUAUUUCCCGGUUAUUUUCUGAUCUGGAAUACAUGCUCCCAAUGGGCCAAAGUCCAACAAACAAAAUAUCAAAAUUUGUCUAUAUAUGCUUAUUAAGGCUGCACGAUAUUGGAAAAAAAUAAUAUUGCGAUUUUUUCAACCCUGCGAUAUAUAUUGCGAUAUUAAAAAUACAGUAUUUUCACCAGAUGACCUGAAUAGCACUUAAUGUUAUGCUGCACUGCUGAAAUCUUGAGGACAGUUAAUCUGCUCUGAUCUUACCUCUUUUUGUGAAUGUUAGUAGAACGGCUUCUGUCUGUCUCAGAGAUAUUUUUAGCUUUUAUUGUGCUGGGACGUUAUUGUGGAAACAGAUGAACACAGAAGACGUGUUUUGGUCGACAUCAUCCUUUUUUAACCGAAAUAAUUCCAGAUAACUGACUUUCCUUUUCUUUUUGGCAACAAAUCUUCAUUUUCGGUGGUUUUCGCUUGUUCGUUGUUCAUUUUGCGAUCGUUGUUGUUGUUGUUAGCGGUGCUGUACCGAGAAACGCACGUCCUCCGAGAAUUGCAUGCACCUCGCAAAACGCGCACUGCUUAUAGUAGAGUGGUCCACGGAAAUGUACAAUUUAAAACCCAUACAGUUCUUAUUUGUUGGGCUUAACAGUCAUGAGUAAAGUUCCGAAAGUAAUUCUCAGCGGACACACGUCUCCCUCCAUAUGCAGAACAUGUGCAGGGGUGGGUUUUCUCCUCCCUGAUUUUGAUUGACAGCUGGCAGGGUAGUCUGAUUGGCAGCUGAGAAGUGAGUCUGAUUGGCAACUGAGUUAAGGACGAAGGCGAUUGGUGGAUCGCUGCACAGCACACGCAGAGUCACAUGGAGUGUAUCUCAGUCGGUUACCCUUGAAAUUAAAUGAGUUCAUUCACCUCCAAUAUCGCAGGCUCUGCGAUGUGACUAUCGCACACACGUACAUCGCGAUGACGAUAGUCAAACUAUAUAUCGUUCAGGCCUAAUGCUUAUUCAAAGUAAAAAGCUGUCAGAGGAAAAAAAAUGGCACAAACCAACAGAUCAUCACAGUAUUGCCCACCUAGCGACUUUGUUGCUAGAUUAAGCGACUUUACAGAACCCCCAGUGCCCUAGUGACUUGUUUUCAAAAAACGCCUAGCGACAAAUCCAGCAACUUUUUCAGGAGUUUGGAGACUGACAUGAAGGCAGGUAUCAAUGUUACUCUUCUUAACAGGUGUGGGUGUGCAUCAAAAACACACACACAUACAGACACUCAAGGAAGAGACCUCCUCCCUCGACAGCAGGGGUGGGGUGGGGGUAGGAGGGUUAACAGAAAGAUUAUGCAAAUCAGGCGAUGCCGUCAUCUAGUAACUUCUAGCGACUUCUAGGACAGCCACUACCCACCCAGCAAAAAGUGGUUGAAAAGACAUUGAAAAGAUGUCUUCAACAUCUUUUUUUGGGCUAAAUUAUGGCCAUGAUGGGCCGGCAUGAUUUAGCCGGAAAAAAGACGUCUAAAUGACGUCAGUGUGUGGUAGGUAAAGAGUUUCCUUACUGAGGAGUUGGCAACACUGAGUAGGUUUAAUGUGUGUUUCUAAAAUAGAUUAACUUUGAGAGUAACAGGCAAAUUCUGUAACAGGAGAAAUGUUGUAUUUCUUAGGUGUGUAUAUACCAACUUAAGUAUAGAAAGCAGCGAUUAGUGAUAAUGGCAUAUUGUGCAUCUAAAGUAUAGUGAGAGUUGGUUUUACUAUUUUGUGGUAAGAGAGAAGACAGAAAAUGACAUGAGACGAAUUGUUCUUCAGCAAAGCUUUUAAGGUGGAAAAACUGAAAAUGUCAACACCAUUACAAUCACACAGUGUGGCCAAACGUAGGCUGUAAUAUUGCAGUAUUGACAGUAGCUCUUUAUUAAAAUAAUGAAUAAUGAUAUUCUGCCAAAAUUUUACUAACAGUAAUACUGUUGGUUCAUGGUUGAAGUCUUUAUACGCCGACUGCUACACAUCAAAAAAUGAGAGGGAAGGAGAGAAGAAGAAGCAGACUGCCUGUGAAGUGGCUGGAAGCAGCUCUCUAAGAGAUGAUGAGGCACUUUAUAAAAACUGAAAUGCCAUGAUUUAUUACAAAUCUAAAUACUCAGGUUACUAAGAAAUUUUAUUUUAUUAUUUUCUAACCAUUAUUUUAACUGUUUCUAUUUAGCUCUGUAACUUACAGUCUACCAGGAGUAGCUUAAAGUUGAAGUUAAAAGCACAAUUUUACAGAGUGGAUUAUAAAGCAAGACAAAAUAUAUAUUUAAAUAAAAACAAUUGUUUUAAGACGCUGUCUGAUGUUGAUGUUGUGAAUGAAUCAUACAUUUGAAUAUAAUUAUAAUUAUGUGAGUUAAUUGUCUUUACAAGUAAAAUUAACAGACUUGUAGUAUUCAUGAUUAUUAUGUUGUUCCACCUCAAUUUGACUCACCGUGUUGAUUUAAAUUUCAACUUUUCCAUAAAUAUAGCUGUAAGAUCAUUAUUGUGACGUUUUAUGGUUAUGAUAAUUGUAGUGAAAAUCUGCCAAGUUAAGUUGCAUGUUACAUUUGAUGCUUUAAUGUGCAAACGCUUGUGUGUUACUGAUGAGAGUGAAAGCUCCCUGACUGUGGGAACUCUCAGAUGGGAUAGUGCAGCAUUUGGGUACGUUUUGUAGACCUGUCUCUUCAUCAUGGCUGUUUUGCAUGUGCCACUUUGAACAGAGAGAGUAAGCAUGUGAGAUGGCUCACCGUUAGCACUCAGCUCCAGAAAACAACGCACUCACAUUAUGAAAAAUGAACUCCUCGCUGCACCUCUCUGCAGAGGACGGAUGCACAUGUGAACUGCACAGGACAGUUUUCUUCACUGAUUUAAACUUUUCAGCAGAUUGAAUCGGUGCUUUAAUUUUCUCCUGCUGAGUACUAAUAGUUCAACAAUAGUAGGUCUUCAUUUCUCUUCCCACAGAGUCCAUACAGAGACCAAUCAUCCCUCCAACACACACUCUUCUCUUCCCUCACACCAUUUACAGUCAGAGCAGGCCGCGCAUUUCUCUCCUCUCAUUCCUCCCCUCUGCCUUCAUCUGGCCUCCCUCUCUCUUCUCAUCUUUCCACCUCUGGCUCUGCUGCAAGCCUGCCUCACACGCACCAGGGUUUCCCUUUCAUUUGGUAGUGAGGGAUGGGAUGAGAGACAGAGAGAGGCGAGAGAGAGGAGAGUGGAAGGAUGUAAUGAUCUGUCCUGAUGAAUGCAGUCAGAGAGAAAGUGCUGACGCAAUCGAGGAGAGGCUUUAAGGAGUGAUGAGCUUAAUGCACCAAUCACAGAGCUAAUCAGAUACCUGUCAACACGCAACAACCAACCAAGGUGUUUGAAAUAUGACCCGAGGAAAUUAAUUGAGUUAAUGUCCUGAAAUGAUUAAAGAUAAGCUUUCAGUUAUUUGUCAUUUUCAUCUGUUGGGGCUGUCACAUAAAAACAUAAAAGCUCAAAGAGCUUAUCAUUUGAAAAGGAUACAACAAUUAAUCUACAAAGAUGGAGUUGAUCAUACUUUUAUGAAUGCAUGUGCCAUAAAAUCUGCUUAAUGUACAAGCCUUAGGGAGAGAGAUUUUAAGGAACCUCAAAAUAUAAUAGGUCGACACUACCAGGAACAAUAUCGAGCUACUUUUUUUAGGGUGAAAGACACUAGAGCAAGUCCCAAACAUGAGACAUGGAUAAGGAACAAAAUACAAAAUAUAAACCAGAAACCAGUGAUGGAUUUAUCAAAGAAGAAAACUCUAAAUGCUCAAGGGUUAACAUGAGGACUACUAGACACUGCAACAUCAGCGGUUGGAAUUCAGCCAAAGGAUAGAGAAAAGGAGAGAGAGAGAGACAGAGAGAGAGAGAGAGAGAGAGAGAGAGAGAGAGAGAGAGAACUGUCUUUGUUCAUCUCCAACGCAUGUUUCCCUCCUUGAGGGUGUUGUCAGCAGCUGGCUAGAUUAAGCUCUUCAUCUAGAUACUGAUUCCCAAUCCUUUGAUGCAAUAACAUCGCUUCCAAAACUGAUUUACCAAAAACUGUCUGUAUGAAGUCUGGUCACAAAAGACAGCGGGAUGAGAGCAGGAUGUUUGCAUGAUACAACAUUUUCCGUCAUGGUACUUUCGUUGCCUUUUUUUUAAGUGUGUAAUUACACCACAUGAAGUUUAUUAGUCAGCCAGAGAGCUUAUGUAGAGACAGCUUGGCUCACAGCUUCAAGCCCUGCCAAGCAGUGUUGAAAAAACACCACGUUCUUAAUGUGAAACUGCUUAAUUCAUUAUUUUUAACAGUAUUAAUAGCAGAGUUUGUUCAUUUUGGACAGGAUGAGACAUCUGCAGAUAAUUCAGCCUCUGGGAAAACCCUGCGAAUGAUGAACAAUGUACGAAUCAGAACACCCUGAAAAAAAGCUGGCUGCAGCUCAGCUCACAGCCUCUCCUGAUGCGUUGUGAUUGAUCUCUUGAGAAAGAGACAAAGAACACAACAGGGUCACCAGGAGACUUGUUUUCAGAAGUUUACAGCUCAUCAUGCCGUGUCUCUAUAUUGUUUUUCACACAAUAACAAAACUGAAAAAGUGGCUCCUCUUUGAGCACCCUAGCAACAACUGAUACGAGGUGACACUUGCAUAUGCAGGUGAGUGCAUGUGCCAGCUCUUUACUGGAAACAGAAUGAAUUAUUAGAGCCAAAAUUAAAAGCUACAAAAAUUAUCUUUUAUCAUUCAAUACACCCAUCUCUCCACCUGCUGAGUCUGAACUUAUAUUUUGACCACAGAAAAGAGAAAAACUACAUAAAGCUCCUGUGAGGAGUUAAUUUAUGUUAACUGAUACAUUUUCAUGAUAUCCAAAAGCAAUCAAGACCAAAAGCAACACGACUAAUGACCUUGAUAUCAUAUUUUUUAACGCCUGAAACUGGUGCAAGGGGGUAGGUUUCAGCCAAGCAACUGAAGAAAUACCUUUUUUUAAACAAUUCUUACAUAAAACAUUCACAAUAAACAGAAUAUUUGGCUGUAGGGCUGCAAUGACAACGAAUUCCAUUGUCGACUAUUGUUGCCAGACGAGACAUCAUACUUCAUAAUAUUCUCUGCCUAAAGUCACACAUGCGGAAUAGCGUCUCCACCGAGCUGCAGGGGCGUCCCAUACAGUAGCUACAAGUACGCGCUUAAAAACCUCCAAAGUUUGGGAGCACUUCAGCCUAAGAAAAGGCAGGAAAAAAAUAAUAAUUUUAUAAUUAUCCGAUUAGUUAACUAACUGUUUAUAAUAGUUUAUAAUAAUUGUUAAUAGUCGGUGACUAGAGGACUAUUAAAAUAGUCGUUAGUUGGAGUCCUAUUUGGCUGUCAGAAGUCAUCAGGAUGAGGUUUCUUUUGUCAAAAGUCACAACUCAGAGGACAAGAUAAGCAAAGACUCUUUUGUCCACAGGGGGCGCCAAAAUUGACUCAAACAAAAGUUCCUCGCAGGAGCUUUAAAGGGAGAAUAAUUUCAUUAAUUUCUCAUCUUAGCUUAGUUUUUUUACUCCAAAUCAGCAGCGGGAGUCUCUUAAAUCAGACACAGAAGGUUUGCAGCAGAAUUGAGUUGAUUGGUGGUGUGUGCCGUAACAUAUGGGACUGUCCAGUCUUACACAGCGAGUAAACAGGUUGAUAGCGGGCCAUUUAUCUAGAUCUGUGAUACGACAUCUAUACAACAGGGCGACAUAAACAACAGCCAUAACUCUCUCUCACACACACACUCGCGUACCCAAACACAAGGCAAACUGUUAAAGUGAAAUACGCAGGGCUUGACGUUUAUGGGCGUCCGUCCUUAUUCCUUUGACAGGAAGAGAAUUCAGACAGAAUGAAAUCAUCAUCAACAUGGCCACUGUGCUACAGAUCUCCUCUCUCCGCUCAUUCACUGACUGACAAAGAGAAAACUGGAAGAGGGGAGGGGAGGGGGGAUGUUUGGACUGAGCACAAUCAUUGUGGUUCUGUCUCUGUACUGCUUUGCCAGAACGACACAGAGAGGCAAAAAAGCGAGACAGGGAGACAGAGAAAGAAAGAGAGAGGAAGACACCAGCUUCAGUCAGAGAAGUGAAAAGAGGCUGGCAUAGCUCUGAGCUUCCCCACAACAAUGCACAUAAGAAAGUGCUGCAGGGGGGUAAAAAAGACGCAGAUACUCCAGUGAGCGGGGAAGAUAGGGUGGAGGAGGGGGGAAGAAAAAGGAGACAGAAAUACAGAUGAGUAAUGGGGACCUGGACUUUCCCUGAGGGCUUAUGAAAAGUCACCUCCAGUCAGCAGUUAACAAUUAACACAGGGUUUAAAACAAGAGGGACACACAAACACACACAUACAUGCACACACCCACAUGAACUAACGCUGCCACAGGUUAAUAGCUGAGUGGUAAUGCUGUGGUAAUACAUCUGAGCAUAUUAACAAUUUAUACCCAAUUCACCACCCUGAUAUCUUGCCUCAAGCACAAAUUAGCACAAAUUGUCUGCAGCAGGGUGGUGAUAGGGAUGGAGGUGGUGGUUGUGUUGGUGGUUGUGGGAGGUGGUGGUGGUGGUGGGGUUGUAAUUAUUCCAGGACACGCCAUGUGUCACCAGGCCUCUGCCGCAAGAGCUAAUAUCCCGUAUGAUGUCGCAGGAGGACAGGAGUGGUGUUUUUUUUCUGGGUAUAAUUCCCUUGUUUGUGCUGGAUUAGAGCUGCAUGGAGAUCAGUAACAGAGAAACAGUUUUUUUUUUUUUUUUUGGAGUGUUGUUGGAGUCAAUCUGGCACAAGCUGUUCUCAUGUCAGUGAGGAUGAUUAGUAAAGGGUACAGUGGUUUAGCAGGCUGCUUGUCACAUAUUUAACAGCACGUAUUGAUGCCUUGUUAGGGCAAAAGGGGGGCAGCUGCAUGGCGGAAAUCAAGGGGAGAGUAAAUAUAUUCAGAGGAGGAUUUUAUGAUGAUUUGAUGUGGCUGUUGUUUUCUGUACAGGCUGUUUCCAAAUGAGAGAUUUUUGGUGACACACAUUUCCUAACGGGGAUGACUGCUUCUGCAUGGACAACCGCACUUAUUUCAUUUUUUCUUUUAGAUCCAAAUUCCGACGAGUAAGAUCCUAGUGUUUUCUUCCUCUCUCUCUCAUUCAUUCUUUAUUUUUGUCACAUUGUGAGCGGGAACUGCUGCUGUGAGCAAACUCUUUUCAAUUAUGCUCACUUACUCUCUUGAUCAGGGACACUGAGCCGAGAACAGUGUGUGGAGAGUGUGUGGUGCGGAGCAGCCUGGGCUCAAGUUUUUGCAGCUAAAUCUCAUCACAAAUGACAGAUACACCAGGUUACAUCAGAUGUAUUACACAACUCUCAUAUUUCACUUGUUUUUCUGUGGGACCCUUGUCACAUUCAUAGCUAUUUAUUAUCUAAUCUUUGUGAGCCCUGCAUACUUAGUCCUUCCCCCCUAGAUCAGUGUUCAGUCCGUGUCUAUUCUUUUGGGGUGUGGCUUUGUGAUCUCUCAUCUGUCAACAUUCACCAGCUGCGUUUUUUGAGCGCAGCACGGUGCAACACCGCCGGCCAGCUGGAGUCACGACACUGAGGAAUUCCUAUGGUUCUAACAGAACGGAUGUUUUUCUACCUCCUCAACCACAUUGUCAUCUUUGGCCCCUGAAAGCCUCUUGACCUGUUGACUCCAGAGUCGACCCUACUCUUUGUGAUAGUUUGUUGAUGUAGUUAAAAUGUAUGAUCUGGCACCAACAUGGUGUGUUUUAUUAUGAAAUGUAACUGGAUACUUUAAUGUUGUUUUGGUGUCUGACUUCCUUUCCUGUUGUAUCACAGAGACACUGGCAUGAAGCUGCAGACAGACAGUAGAUUAUAUUCAACAUAAAUGUAGUCUGAUAUUGGAUCUGAAGUGGAGAUGAUACAGAUGCCACAAUGGAAAAGCUGACUCUACCCAUAUUUUGGCUCAAGCAAACUUUCAGCUGACCUUGCAAGUGGCCAGAAGGUGGACCUGAAAUGGGCUUUUGGCAAACAGCGAACAUAUGCUCAGCUGUCAGCUGCGCCCCUAAUUUACCUAAAUUCUUAACUUACAUAUCUUCAAAACAAAUGAGUUGUUAAAAACCCUGCAGUGUAUACAUUGUGUACUAAUGCUUGCCCUAAAGACAGCCCUUUUGUCCUUCAUCAAGUGGACAGAGAACUUCAUCACUUCAUUUUUCAACAUCAUGGUUUGCCGCUUGAGAAAGACGCUCAGCCACACAAGUUCUCACUUCCAGCAGCACCUUGCUCUGGUGGUAGUUUAAACUGCUGCCACACAACUGAACUGUUAACAGGACUGGUUUCCUGCAGAGUGUUUACUUUUAUUGUCCACACCUGCAGCACUUGCUUUUGUCUGGGCACAGCAGAAACAGACUUAGACUCAAUUCAUGAAAAGUAUGCUUGGAUUUUUAGUUGAUGUGCUGUGCAUAAAAAUACUUAAUUAGGUACAAAUGUCUGUGUGAAUCCUAUCUCAAAAUCAGGUGUGUGUUUUUACCUAUCUACAUGUUUACAAUGUUACCAAAAUGCAUGUUUUUUGUCUUAUUAAUUUAAUUGAACAAAAUCCACCAUGUGACACAUAUUUAACAUAUUGUUGUGUAAAAAAAAAAAAGAGGGACAGGUAAUUUUGAAAUUAUUGUGUUACUGUUGUUAUUGUUUUUUUCACAUGCAAGUUGAAACAUGCAAACUUUGCAUGUCUGCUGCUGUGAGAAUGGGUCGAUCUCAGUCUGAAGCCUGAAAAAAGAUCAGUGUUUCUAAUAACCAAAGAGGUGCUAUGAUGGUUGCAUCUGUUGGAUAAGCCAAUCUUAUUAGACAAGUGUAAAAUAGACUUUAGAGUACCUGCAGUUCAACUCUUUUAUAGAUGCAUUUCUUGGUUCUAGCUUAUCUGUCCCGAGCUUAUUAGCCGUCUUGAAUUUGCACAAGUGUGUUGCAGCUUUGACAGGGUUUAUCCUCAUGCUCUCCUCCCUGGUCCCUCUGAUAUUUCUCUUUUCUGGUCUCAGUGAAAGGGAGGGACAUUAUGGUGUGAGAGGAGUCACGCUCCUCAGGGGGGCUGCCAUUGAUCAGUCUAGUCAUGCACACAUCAGCACACCUCUGUGCGCACAGACUCACACACACACAGUAGGAGCAAAGACAAACAGAACAGUUUUGCUCCAAAAAGGAGAAGCAAAGAAACAAAAAAAUAAAGUUCUUUUUCCAGCUUUGGUAACUUUCACCAUUUCACAAAAGGAAGAACAUGAAAGGUAAAGCACUGUCUUAUGUACUCAUUAUGAUCAGCUUUCUAAUCCCCAUUAAAUAACUAUUGCAUAUUGAAUUUGAUAAGGAGAGGGGUGGGAUUGUCUUGUAGACACGAAGUAAGCUCUCAGACAUGGGAGAGAAACACAGAUGAGAGGAAAGAAGACAGUGCUGGAGAAGUGUGCGUGCCUCCCUUUCUCUCCAUGCUAAUUUCCUUGGCAGGCUCUUAAACAGAAUUUAAUUUGCUCUGUGUUUACGAUUCAUAACGAAUGGUGCCAUCUCAGAGGCCAAUGUAAUCUAAUUAUUAACACAAAUGCAUGGACGUACAUGCACUGACGGGCGCUCACGUGCACCGAGAGACGUACUAUUGUCGUCUAAUUAACUUGGCAAGCAUUUUGAACUCAUUUUACAUUGAAAGUGUGCUCUUUGUAAAUAGAACACUAUAGGUCUUAGGGAAAUCUGUGAAUAUUUACAGAUAGUUAAUAUGUGAUUUAUAUAGUGCAUCUAUAAGCACCAUGAGAAUAUCGGGUAGUUUGAUACACAAUUUAUAGUCUCAAUUUAGUCUGGAGCUUGGCCAGAAGGUCAGAUCACUAUUUUCAAAAUCUCUACUGCCUCCAUAUUUUUCAAAUAAACAUCCCAAACAAUCUAUCUCACUGGUAAGCCUCUACAAAUGUAUAAAUCAUGUCAGUUCUCAAGUUAAGUCUGAUGAGGGAUGGGGACUCCUGUGGUUUCCUGCCAAUUUAUUCUGUUGGCAUUGAAUGCAUUUAAGCCGCUGAGCUUUGUGUACGUGUGUGUGUCUUUAAAAAAGAGCCAACUGCACCGCUCAGCUCGUGAGACAAUCAGUACAAAAUGUGUUCAUUGUCUUCAUUCAGUGAUGUUGCCACUUUCAGGAUGGCUGCUUUUGAAGGUGUUUCUUUUGAGCAUGCUUAACAAAGACAAGAAGGUAUCAAACGAUGAUGAAUCUAAACAAUGCAUUCAAAUUAAAUGCUGUGACAAAAAAGGUUUCCAAGCAUCCAAGUCUUGAUAGGAGAUAAACAUAAACUCUGUGUUAAUGCAACUCUAAGAAUCUUUUGAAUGUGUAACAGAUCAAAUACAUUAAUGGAUUAAAAUGCAACGUCAGUGUUUGAUGCUCAAGAGUAUCUAUCUGAAUUUCGCAGUGACGUUUUCUUUAAUGGGCUGGUAAAGCUGGUUUUGGGGGACCGCAAUGUUGCAAACAUCGGUUGAUACUGUGGCUGUGAAAACCUCAAAAAGUGGAACUUUUGAUGAUGACUAAAUGUAAUUGUCCGGUACUUUUCUUUGAGGUUACUUUUUUUAGAAAGACCAGGGCUUGCUGAGCUCAGAGAUGGAGUUUGAGGGGUAACUUGUUUUGUGUUAUUAUCAGGUAGCAUAUCUUAAGUGCCCUCUCUGUUGUGUCCUGCUUGUAUCUUAUUACUUCAUUCGUGACUUGAUGAGAAGUGAAUUGACAGGAUGUGACAUGACAUCCUUGCAUGACAUGACACAUAACAGAAAAUAAAAAGUAUUGCCAUGUAAAACUCAACUUUUACCCGUGAGGUAACAUAAAGUAACAUUAACAAUAAAAAGAGUAAAAAAAACAAAAGUUUAAAACACUUUUAAAAAGCUCAUGUUGAUUUAUUAGAAUCAAUCUUGCCACUUUUACCACUGCUUCAAAUCUUAUGUUACUGCGAACAAAGUAGACUUUCUAGUUGGGUUCUCUGGCUCUUUACCUUUUGAUUAAAGCUCACUGCAUGGAUCCGUUGGUUUUUGAAGGUGUUUUUUUUUUGUUGUUGUUGUUUUUGUGGUUGUUUUAAAAGUGAUGAUUUAAUGGGUUUUUAUGUAUUUAGAUCUUUUUUAUUUGGGAUGGAAACAACUGAGCCUCCAGUACUUUUGUAUAUAAAUACUGAUGGCACUAAACGUUAUUGAAAUUAACUUAUUACUGUAACUUUACAUGUUAAUCUUAGCAGAUUUCAUACUGAAUCGACUGGGUUUGUGUGUGUUGAAGCGUGUGCAUGCCAGAGAGAAAGAAGAGAGAGAGAGAGAGAGAAAGAGAUGCCCUCAGUGGUAGGAUGACAUUUGAAAGCAGUACCCCGCUGGGACCAAGAGAGCUAUCUCAGUGACUUGUAUGUCGAAGUGAAACCAUACACACACACACACACACACACACACACACACACACACACACACACACACACACACACACACACACACACACACACACACACACACACACUUACAUAAAUUGUUCAGAGUCUGAACAAUCUGUCCAUGGGUUAGUCUGUCAGGAUCACGUCAUCCUAAGUAAUCGGGGUUAACAGCCACCGCUGUGUUAAAAGAGGCACAGAUAACAAGUCCUUACGCCAGAGAGAGAGAGAUGGGAAGGAGAGAUGAGAGCAGGAAGAGAGUGAGAUGGUGAGACAGGUAGGACACAUUACAGAAGGUGUAAAAAUUCUUGGAUUUAGGGCCUGUGAUUGAGGAUAAUGGCCUGCUAGCCUGCUGAGUUUGCUGUGCAGAGGAAAAAGUGCUGGAGUGGCAGAGAGAGAUUGAGAAAAGGACAGGUCAUUUGUGAAAUAGCAGUAGGACAAGGUGAGAUGGAUGAAGAACACGAGGAGGAAGACGAGAAGGGAUAGAUAAAGUGUCAAAGAGAGAUUGUAAGGCUGGUAUGCACCAUUUCUGAAAAAAAAAGACAAAGAGGGUUUUAUUAUCACUUUCCUAUUCUGAGGUGGAUGCUUUUUCUUUAGCAGCAUAAGUUUUUACGAACUCACACACUCACACGCUGAAGUGGUCUAUUGUGAGUUUUAUAUAUCAUUGGAAACCAUAACAUCUCUGAGCAUUAAAAUACACAAUCUACUGUGGAGCAUUUCAUUGUCAGAGCAUAUACAAAGAUUAUUCAUAGGGGAAAUAAAAUCCAAGUGAGUGUGUAUAUACUCGUGCUUAUUAUAUAGCUGUGAAAUUCAAAAUUGAUCCAAGUAUUGGAGUAGUAAUCACAAUUUAUUGGAGGAUUUCCUGGCUCUCUACCUAGCUGAUAAUUAUCAACACGUUUUAUAAAGUUGACUUUCUUGCUCUACAUCACCUGACUUCCUCGUGGUUGUGAUUUAAUUUGUUUUGCGGCAAGACAGGGUUGCAGCUAUUAUCUCAAUUUGGGUUGCUCAGCUUUCCCAAUAGAUGAUAAAUUAGAAGAAAAGUAAGGCUCUGCCAUCACGUCUUUUGUUUAAGUGAGUUUGUACAGCCAAUACAAAAAGAAAGGUGAACCCAAGACUUAUUUUUGUAAGUCUUGGGUUUUACAGUAAAUACUAGAUUCUGUUUUGUCACUCUGAGCAAAUAAUUCUGAGUAAAAAUUUCAAAGUAAAUCAGUUAUUAAGCGUAUACUUAGUGGAAUGAUAAAGAUUACAGCUGAAAAUUGUCCAAUUGAUGUCAUAGAUUUAUGCCUCAAAACAGUGACCGAGUCUCCUAAAAAUAACAGCUUAGAACAAACAUGUAGACACAUACAAAAAUAUGAAAACAUACGUGCAUAACAUAUUUAUAUAUAACAUAUGUACUACAAUGUGUGCUCAACCUAACAAGUGGGAGUGGGUGUGACCUUCUCUCUCAGUGUAGAUGUGUCUGUCACACGCCUAUCGAGCCUUAAAGAAAAUUAAAAAAAAAGACAUAAUAUAAUAAACAUGAUGAUAUGGCAACAGUAAAAAGUGUGAUUGACAAUUUUUACUCAAUCUGAUUGUGUAUUCCUAAGUUUUAUUGAUGAUCAGUCUGUUGGUCUUUAGGCUUCCAUCAUUAUCAGGAUACUCCUUAACAAGCAGCUGUAGAAAACUAUAUUUUGGUUAAUGUUAAUCAGAUCUGCAAAGAGAAAAACAUGUGCUCAUAUUUUUGGUGUUUGAUGAUGACAAACUGAAAUGUCAGGGGAUCACCGAAAGCCAUCCUCUGGGAGCCAAAAGUAUUGAUACUAAAUUGUGUGGCAAUCUGUUUGGUAGUUCAUGCGGCAUUUUUCCAAGAACCAAAGAGUUGGAUUGAUAGUGAGACAGAUGGAUGGAUUGAUCAAGCAGUAACACUAUCCUUUGGGCGCAUUGCUUGUGGAUCAAACAGGGAAACUAGGGAUGUGACAGAAUGAUCAGAGACAGACACGCAGUGGGUGUGAUAUCAGAAUGUGCUUUUCUCUGAGAUCGUGAUUGAACUGGGCUUUGCAGGAUGGUUGCUUUGUCUUUUUCUCAUUAACCAAGCAAAUUAAGAACUUUUCAAAUCUCUGUUAGUCUCUUACACAUAUUCAUGCUGGCUCAUUCACUUCAUCCUGCCUUGGUUUUUAAAUACUCUUUAGACAGAGCAUGGUAAUUGUUUGCUGCUGUAGUUCUCAUUCUCCACGCAGUGCUCUUCCUUUGUUGUACUGUGGGUUGACUCUUUUGUUAUGGAAAUGGCAGAAACUUGCAACAACUGUGUUAAAAGCAAACAAAACUUGACUUUCAUGCCAUGCAUUUACACACACGCAUGCUCGCAAACCAUGACAUGCAAAGUCAAGCAUGCCUACAUACGCGUCAGGGAACAGAGAGGGCAUGACUUGUACAGACUCGCACAUUGUGCUCCUGACAGGGCUUACAAUUUGUCCUUGGCAUUUCCAUGUACUUGAUGAAAGGCUGCCAUGAAAGGACCAUGUGUUGACAUCGAAAUCUUCAAAUGUAGAGUGAUUUCUUUGUUCCCUCUCUCAGAGCUGACUCGAGGGACUUCAGCGCUCAGGGUGGACUUGUUGUUAAUUAACCACACGGCUGUCUGAUUGAAGAGUGUGCUUAUGAAUGUGCACACAUAGGGAACACUAUAGGAGAAGUGAAACAGCGACCAACAUUCAUUUGUAUUGUGGCGCAUACUCACUGGGGUAUGUACCAUAUGAUUAAAUGUAUAUAUUGUACGACACUAACAUUUUGCAUGUUUCUUUUCAACAUGGAGCAGCUUUAGGCUCAGCUCUCAUACAGUGAAACGUGGGACUUCCAUAUUUAUUUGUAAGUUUCAUUUGAGGUGGGACUCAUACAGGUGCUUGGUCUUGCUGGUGCACACACUAAUGCAUAAAUAAGAGUUCACAAAAUGUUUACCUGUGAUUGAUUACAAACAGCUGUUAUGGUGCAUGACCUCCUGAUAAUUGUGUUGUAUUCAUAUUAAAAAUUUUCUUUAUGGUCUUUUUAUUAUUAAGCUGUUUUGUAAAUUGGGUGGAUAGUUUUUCCUCGCCUCUUGAGUGAUACCUCCGUCUAAGGUUUAUUAUUCCUGUUGCUUCUAUUAGGGCUGCAGCUAUCGAUUAUUUUAGUAAUCGAGUACUCUAUCGAUUAAUCUGUCGAUUAAUCGAGUAAUCGGAUAAGAAAUGUUUUGCUCUCACUGUAAUACUUUGCAUUGAAUCACGUUUGCCUCAGAGCGGACUUAAUGCAUGGACCGGGUGUUUUCUUUUAAGGUGCUGCAGCAUUGACGACGUGCUGUUGUGAAACGCCAACUCCGCCUUACAGUGAACGCACUGCACGGCGUUUUCUUUCCUUUUCAGUGUGUAAUGGUCCCACACUUUAGACACUUUCUGCCGUUUCCUUUGCGUGUCAUCUCUUUCUUCCUCUCUCUGUCUGUCCUCGUUUCCCUCCAUGAUUGAACCAAACGCGCCAUAGACAUAAUAAAAGAUAGACCCCGCAUCGGCCGCUACCACGAAUGGGCGCUGUCGAGAAAUGCGGCCGCCAUCUUGGUCCGGUCAUCCGCCUCACUCUGCACCGCUGUUUAACCGGCGGAAUGAAGUCUGAGCGCAUUAAUGAAUCAUAGUUCGCUCAAUACUACGUAAUUUUCUUCUCUGCAAACGCCAUUCAAAGAGGCAUGAUAGAGGCCAUAUUUUUUUGGGGCGUUUUCAAAUACUCAGAAUGAAUAAAAUGAUAUUUUAGAACAUGGCAGCAGUGGCUGUAUUAUAGUAUAACAAUUAAUCAAGGAUAUAUUUAGGUUUAGAGCUAGGUUCCUGCUAUGUCUCAAUAAUUAUUAAUAACUGGCGGUAUUAAUAGGCCAAUUCAAUAUAUAUUGAUUUGAUUAUAUUUUUUUAUAUAGUUUAAUUUUAUUUAUCCAUUUGUAGACACACACAAAUAAUGUCAUAUAGAAGCACUAUUUUAAUAACUGGAAAAUACACACAAAUAUAUAGCCUACAUAUCAAAAAGAUUUAAACACAAGAACAGCAUGACAGGACAGCAUCUAAACUACAUAUCAAUUUGCUUGUUGGCUACACAGCACAGAGGAAUCACUUGCUGCAAAUUUCUCCCUCUAACAGCAAUCUCCCACUUCUUCCUCAAGUUUCUGUCCUUAGGAAAUCUUCAAAAUGAAACAGGAGAUCACCACAAAGAAAUCUUUAAUAAAACAGAUAAUAAAACAGAGCUCACUUUCUUCCUUUUUCUUUCUAUUUUAUUUCUUAAUGUUUCUUAGAACCUCUCUCAAACAAAAGUUUUUCAAUCUAAUGCAAAUCUGUUGAUAAUCGACCAAAGUUGCUAUUAUUGUGAAUAAGCUAGCUGUUCGCAAAUGCUGUUUCCUUUUUGGAGUUGACCGAUAGUCUUCCUCUUUGGCCUACAAAUGACUCUACAGUCAAGUGUAAUGUUUAAAAAACGUUUAAUCAUAACUGUGAAAAGUUAUUUCUUGAGCCCUGUUCUCUGCUGUCCGCCUGUUGGCACAGGAAUACGCCGCACAGUGCUCCAGCAUCGCUGAAUGAAUGAAUAUGAUUGACCGGAGCGUAUGGGAAGCUUGACCUGACCAAGAUGGCGGCCGCAUUUCUCGCUGCGCAGCACCCCCAGCGGGGUCUACCCUUUUAUUAUGUCUAUGAAACGCGCGGCAGCGGAAGGAGCGGAAAGAGCACGCUGCUGCGCAACAGAAAUAACCGUCCGUGUCAAACACCGUGCGCUGCACAUGGUUCCGGAUUUAAACGAUUCCUCGAGGCAUGUAAUUUGCCUCGAGGAAUUUUAUUAAUCGAGUUACUCGAGUUACUCGAGUAAUCGUUUCAGCCCUAGCUUCUAUACAACCUUCAGCGUGGCCUUGAUAAUACAUUUCCGUGCAAGUCAUUUUUUUUUAUACGUAGAUAGUGACCUUGUCUUUUCUGCAAGCAAACCUCUAAAUGUUUUUUUACUUUCUGUAAGUGUAAACUGUCAUGUGGCUCAACAAUGCCUCCAUCUUUAGGUGUCUACUCGCGUCAUGUUGGAUAAACUGUUAGGUUAAAAUAAAAGAAUCAGGUUUACUCAAUACUGUAUAUGUUUCUUUGUGUUUCAGUGCAUGUAAAGGCAGGGACGUGUGAGGUGAUUGCUGCCCAUCGCUGCUGCAACAAGAACAAGAUCGAGGAGAGAUCUCAGACUGUCAAAUGUUCCUGCUUCCCUGGGCAGGUUGCUGGCACCACCCGGGCCAUGCCCUCGUGUGUCGAUGGUAAGUCCUACUUUUAAACUCUUUGUGCACUUUUCGGAGUAGCACCUGAUUUUUCCUGAAUCCUAAAUUCUAUGUGCUAACUUAGGUAGAGUGCCUAUACUGUGCUUGAAUUUUCUUAUAUAGGGUCCAGUAGUGACAUGAAGAUUAACCAUUACCAGCCUGACCUUUGAAAGUAAUGAAAGGUCAACGGACUAGUUACAGUGACAGAGAACCGUACACCUCAAACCAUGGUGACCUACCCUUUUCCAGCUGGCUUGCUAUGUUCAAAUUACAGAGUGCUUCAAGCAAUUCUCAACAUUCACACAGUAGAUAUGUUCACAGAGUACAGUUAACUGUGGUAGCUGACAUUUGCGCUGCCACCAGUAUCAUACAUAAUGCCAAGAGACCACUCCAUUGGUCCUCACUCUGGUUUUGAUGUGCCCUUUACUGUAUUGUGGCCAGUUGAAAGUAACUGAAGGGAGUUUGGGGCUUGACAUCUUUAUAUAACAAAAUGGACACCAUUUACUGUUCUUUUAAACUUUUUAUUCUUAUUUUCAUAAAAUAAAUGACCCUACGUAUAAGGCUGCUUGUGCUACAUGAAGACUUCCUCUGUCUUAGAGCUAAAUGGCUUAAUGGAAGGGCUGGGUGUAACAGAGGUGUUGGCUAAAGGUGCUUCAAAGACAAGCAAUAAAAACUACGAUUAGUUAAGAGAUGCUGGUUUUAAACCUAGUAUCUAAAACUGGUAUUAACCCCCUCCCAGAGACUGGAGAUAAUUUUUCUUACAGGGAAAAUAACUGACUGACUGAUGUGAAAAUACCUAAUAAAUAUUCUUAAUAAUGACACAUGGAAGUGAUUUGUUAGCAAAAACCAGUCAUUGGCAUUUAUCAACUAAAUAUCCCUAGGACUAAGAAGCCCUGUAAUGCAUCACUAAUGAGAGAUACUGUGGAGGUUUUUGCUGCCAUAUCCUAAACUCCUGGGGUUCAUCCGAUCAUUACUCUAAGUAAGAUUAAGUGUCUCCUUGUAGUUUGAUUUUGUCACACUUUCAUUUAUAACCCACUAGAAAUAAUUGAGUCAGUAUGCUCCCUCCAACACUUCUUCCUUGAGUUAUUUUUGUGAAUUCUCAGAGUAGAUCUUUAGAUCUAAUUUACUUGUAUGUUUCUGUACUGAGAAAAGAGAAAUACAUCUCCCUGUGCUGGAUUUUAUUUAAUUUUUCCUAUAUGAGUUAUAAGACAGAGCAAAGCUUUUCCUACUAAAACUGACAGCAACUGAGGAUGGCCAUUUCUCUUACAUGACUGUCUCUUGUUUAAACACGCUGUACUUUUACAAAUUUCACAGUCAACAUCAAAGUAAAAUGUCCUUUUUUUAAAUAAUUAAAUCAUAUUUUUCUUAUCACUAUUAUUAAUAGUAUUUCAAAAUCUGAUCUGUGUCCAGCAACUUUUUCUGUACCAGCACUGUGGCAGGGUUGGAAAUCAGAUCAGAGGGAAAGUUACAACCCAGUCACUUGGGAAGCUUUAAUUUUUUUUGGCUUCACUUUUGAGGUGUUGUCAUGUUGUCCUCUUUAAUAUAAUUUAUGCCCUUACUUAGAAUCAGCAUCAAUAAUCUGAAAUUUGUGAUGAUAAAAGAUGAUUCAUUUUUGCCGUUAUACUCUCAGAAUGAUUGAUUUUUGACUGCAGCUAACUCUGAUUCAAAAGUUACAUUAUUGAUGUAUUGGCUGUAUUUAUUUUGCUCUGGCAUUCAAGUAUUUGCGUCCUUGAUGCCAGCGAGCAGGACUGAAAACAGCAGAGCGGAGCGACACCUGAUUCUCACGGUCUCUGCUUUUCACCACAAAGCUGUUUCCUGCUGAAAACUUCAGGAGCCUGAUCAAUUGCAAGCAAAGUCUCUUUCAGUUGAAUUUUUGUGAUGAAUUAAAAAAAGGAGAGGCUUUAUAGGGUUACACUGCGCACACAGCAUUUAAAAUUUCAAGAAGAACCCACUCUAAAAGUUACCCAAUUAAACUGUGCUGUUAAAAUUGACAGAGAGCUGGGCUGUUAUGAACAGAGAAACUAAUCUUUGCUUUCCAACCAAGCAAAUAAUUUCAAUAAUACACAUAAAAAUGGGUUCUAACAAACUUUAAUAUAACAUAAUAACCUUCCUACUAAAAUGCAGAAUAGAUCAUCUUAUCCAUGAAGUUGAAUUGAAGCCUUCCUGCUGUCUUAUUAAGCACUUCAGUCAAUGUUUGGUGACCAUACAAAGACUCUAAAAAUGAACUGUAACAGCAAAUAUUACACUCUGCAGACAAUGAUAUCUUUAUGGAGCUGCUUUAGUGACAAUAAAUGAAAGGUUGAUUCUGUCAACCCAAAUGUUUAUCUGGCUUUUUACACACAAAUGAGAUUUUGUUUCACAGCAAAGCUGACAAUUCUUAUAAAUGACAGAGGAGUGGCACUUUAUGAAGCCACAGAUGUCAUCUCUGCAGGCUUUGUGUUUCUGCCUUUGGGAUUCAUGUUACACUCAUUGCUGGGGGUCCAAGGGUAUGAGUAUUUGUACUGAACCAUAUGUUGUGGGAUGUUUGGUUCACUAUGUGGCUGCCUUGAACAAACAUGCUCUGUAAUUAUGAUAACCAAAAUACUAAAUUCAUGUGUGCUGCUUCGACCUGUAAAGCUGUAUCUCAAAUUUUCCAUGAAAUUUUAACAUGACUACCAAGUGUUUAUCAAUCAGCUGGAGGACUGAGGGGUAUGGACAAUAUUCAAACUUUAAUUUUCUUCAAUAAAGGCAUCUGGUUAAAGUUCUUGAGGGGCGCUCACACCAAGCGCAAGUAAAAUGAUCUAUUCUCAUAGUUCGUGCGAAUCUAGAUGCAUAAAUUAACUAGUAUUUACUCGCUUAUUUCGCGUGUCUAAGGUCAUUUCAAUGGUAAUCCCUGCCAAUUCAAUCUGCGGGAUCAAGUGAUAGAUCAAGUUUUUUUACAAUUUACCAGGUAAUCCAACCUCCUCACUCACUUGCCUCCAGGCGAGCUCCUGGAGCUGUUAUUCCAGUUUCAGGAAUUGAGAGGAAAGGUAUCAUAUAAUUCAGCGCACCCAAACACGGACACAUUCAGUUUGUCCUCCAUUUUAGAUAUCAGUGAACAACCGUCCGUUUUCACACGUCACUCUGCAACUUUCGUGCUGAUUAGUCAUCGCAAAUAUCUGCUCAAGUUGAGACAUUUUCAGCUCCUGCCCAAUUGGCGUUAUUCGCGCCACCUGAGUAGUAAGAGCGUCUAAUCGUGUCUUUGCAUAGACUUAACAUGUAAUUCAAUCGCGAGAAUGAUUUUACUUGCACUUGGCGUGUGGAGACAGUUACAUCUGCGAUUAGAGUAAGACUGAAACCACAGUGACUGAAAACCUUCCUCUGUUCCAUAAAAAAAAACAAAAAAAAAACGCUUCUAGGCAUAGUAGGGUUAGCUAGCUAGCCAUAAUUAGAUUGAUGUAGUGAAGAAAAAGGGUCACUUCAAGCUUGUUCCACCCUAAAUAUCUGCCAUCUCUUCUCCCUUCCUUCAGCCUCUAUCGUAGCCCAGAAGUGGUGGUGUCAGAUGCAGCCGUGUAUGGAUGGUGAGGAGUGUAAGGUUCUGCCAGACCUCACUGGCUGGAGCUGCAGCACAGGCAACAAAGUCAAGACCACAAAGGUUUGUGCACACACAAUCUCCCAUUCCUCAGUAUUUGUUGCCUCUCUUGACACAAACACACAACUCAUCUCUUGAACAAACACGGUCAGACCCACCACUGAGCGACCCACUUCCAUCUCCAUCCUGUUAUAUCUCUGUCCUCUUUCUAUUUCCAUCCUGGCUUAUUCGUCUCCAUCCUCUACUUAUUCCUGCUUCCCCCCUUCUAUGUCAUUCUUUUCCUCACCCAGAUUCUCCUCUUUCUGCCGUCCCCAUCCACCCAUUUUGGUUCUAACAUCAAACAAUUCUCAGAAGAAAAAACAAGGCCAACAGGAACCAGGCAAAUUACAAACGCAGGAACACACACACAAAUGCAGAGACACGCACAAAUGCAGAGAGAGAGAGAGAGAGAACAUCACAAUUCCCUUCACUCCCACUUGCCCUGUUUUGCUGCGUCUGACUGGCAUGCCAUCUGACUCUACGCAAAAACAACUCACCACAUUGGAUACACAACACUAUACACAGUUGUAAACACUCAGAUGGUCUCAUGCUCUGAUUUCCCCAAAUACAGCAUGUGCAGUUUGUGUAUAUAUGUGUUGAUGCCCUUGUAUUACCUCAUUCUUAUUUGUUUUACGUGCUGUGUGAGUAGGCUGAGGAUGUACAUCAUAUAUUUACUUCUCCUCUUCCCCCAUUGGCACCUGUUAGCUCUACUCCAGAGGCCUGACCUGAGCACGGCUCUGGGCUGUCUGUCAUAGGAGGGAAUUUGUGCGAGACUCGCCUCAUGUCACUGUGUAUUUCUGUUUCUAACCCUCCAUACUUCUCUCUCUGCCUUCUCACCUUCCAUUAUUCAUGGCUGGGUGCAGACCUUUGUUUUCAGCCUAAAUAAUUGAUCGAAGGCGUGGUCAGAGGAGGGAGAGAGUGAAUCUCCUUGGGUAAAAAGAGAGAAUAAGAAAAGCUUCAAUCACACAUGGUCUCCUCUUCCUCUCGCUCUCUCUUUCUCUAAAAUACUCGAAGAUGGUCUCCUAUACGCCGAGCUGAUUAAGAAUUCCUUCCUCUGCUUUUUCUCCUGCUCACCUCUCACCUAGCAAAGUGGAUCUCGCCCCCUCAAGUAACACUAGCAGCCCCUCCUCUUAUUCUCACCUCUGGAAAAGCUGCUGCACUCCAAGUCUGUUCAGGAGUGUACAGCUCAAAUCAUAGAGAGAUUAAAAUAUAGAUAAAUCUUGGAGUAUGUAACAGGCGAUGAUGUAAUUUUCAAGAUUGUUUCAUGAAUCCAAUCUGGUGUAUUCAGUUUGAUCAACCCCAAAGUGUGCAUUUAUAAUUACCCGCGCCAGAUCAAAGUGAGGCAGCAUCAUCCAGGCAUCGCUUUAUCAUUGAUUCUGUCGUGGUUUGAAAGAGCACAAAUAUUUUCUGUCUCUUGCAUUCAGGUCUUUGAUCAAUGAUCUGUGUGUGCCGGUGUGUGUAUGCGCGCAAUAUGAGCGUGUUAGCAGAUGUGUUUGCCUGAUGAUGAGACGAGUGACUUUUUUCUCCUCUGGUGUGGUUUGCCUGGGUCAAGAUGCGCAGGCAUCCAGAUCAAUAGCAUCGAACGUUCUCUUAUAGUCCCAUUAAGACCGGCUCGUAAAUUGAAAUUGACGACAGAGAGAGAGAGAGAGAGAGAAAGAGAGGAUGAGGGAGAGACAGACUUGAGGGGCGAAGGGGAUAAGAGUUAGAGAAGAUGGAUGGGGAAGAAAUCAUAACAAGAGGAAAGUGGAGAGAAAUUCCUGAAGGAGGAGGUGAUAGGUAGAUAAAAUAAUAAAAUAAAAACACUUGAAAACAAGAAUAGUGGAGUCGGUCAGCUGACAGGGAGCUUGUCUGGCUGCUGAGAGCAGGCAGGAAGACAAAGGAGGGUUUGGCACCCUCCAUCCUUCCCUGGCUGGGAGUAGAAGAGAGGAGGAGAGGAGGAGGGCUGGGGGAGGAGAGAGGGCGGGAGAGGGAGACAGCCCGAUCAAUGCCAAAUAAUAUCAUAUGGAUGAGCAGACAGACACAGCCUGGCUGCCAAGCCACUGAGCUGUCAUAGACAGCAAGUGUGUGUAUGUGUAGAUGCACACACAGUCAUUCAUAUAGUAAACACAUUAUAACAAACAGAGUGUCAGCAGCACAUGCAUUUUUCACACCAGCUCACAUCACCACUAAACAGCAGUGGACAUCUGCAAAAACACCAGUAUCUUUAGACAAGAGUCUCUUUUUUUGCAAGAACUUUUCCUUUAAAAUACAACACACACCCCUCCAAAAACAACAGCAAAAAAACAAAAACAAAAAAACAUUGGACACCUGUGCAGUGAGACUUAAAGCAGGUGUAAGAUAAUUUUAGUCCAAAAAAACCUAUUUAUGAUCAUUUAAGAAUACCAAAGAUUUCCAUAAUUUACUUUUGUUUAUCACAAAUCCAUAGAAAACUUGAUUCUGCUGUUUAUUUACAGUAUUCUAAAAUCUGCAUGGUCACUACAACAAACCCCUAAAACAAAAAUAACUUUUAUAAUGAACACCAUGAAGAAGCUGAAGAAGGCUCGGGAAGUGAUAUUAUAGUUUUAGAGACAUGGACUGAUUAUGUUCAAGGGUUAAGAAGCUCUCAGGGAUAUAAUAGCUAUAGAGGAUGUCCUGCCAGUGCUUUCAACACCUAGACAAUAUAUGGGCAGCCCGUACCAACCAUUUCUUGUUUAAGUCCACAUCAGAGUGCCAUCCAUUUCUCAAAGAUAAUCCACCUCUGAAAUUUGUGCUGCAGUUACUCUCCUCACACCCCAGGUAACAGGUUAAACUGUCAUAUAAAAGACACCUCAUGACAACAUAAGAGCCUGCGACUCUGAAGAGGAUGUAAAUGCACUGAAAUGUUUUUAAUGUCUAUCAAUCUUUUAGCUGUUUUCAUUCACCCCUGCAGUGAUGUUACUCGGGUUUCAAUGUAGUGAGUCCCAAGAACUCAUUGGUGCUGAAUUGAAUGAGUCCAUGGGAAAUUAAAUGGGUCCCAAAUCACAAGCUUCCUGUAGAAUCUCUGUGUGUUUAAUAAUGCUAAAUUACUGUACGGUAUGGUAUGCAUUAGGGGUGAAACAGUACAGAAACACCUUUACUUUGGAUCAGCAGUCUGUGUGUUUAGUUGCUAUCAGCUAUUACUGGAUUAGACAGCUACCAAGUCACAUCUCUUAUACAGCUCCUGUCUGUGUUGUUAUAAUUAAACUGAACACUUUGCUGAAAAGACCACCUGAUAAAAACCCACAGCACUGUGGAUCACAGUAAUGGUUUAAUUUCGCAAAUGUUAGAAUUCAUUAGCAAAUAAGCUUGCAACGGUUAGUCAAACAGUUACCAGAGUUUUAGACUUCUUGUGGUAAUCAGAUUGGAAAAUAACCCACAGUGCUGCUGAGCACAAACACAUCGGGCCUUAGAUCAGGCCUGUGUUGCUUUCUGUUGUUUUGCUUGAAACUGACAUUGGACAAAGUUUGGAUGUGCUAAAGUUGGAUACAGAGUCAGACAGUGAUUUCUCCUAUUCACUCAACACCUGCCAAAGUAUGUAUUCGAUAGAGAAAGCAGAAGGUAGCAGCUGUGCAUGUGAUUCACUCUGAUCAAGCAACGCUCUCUGUCUGUCUGCCUGUCUGUCUAUCCUGUACACAGCCGUGCAAAUAUCAACUGUGUGACAAUUAUUGUUUAUUUGGCACGCAUGGAUAGUCAGUUUACUAUGUCCUUUUAGAUUUUGAUGUGUCAAAGGACUGGCAUGGCACAGCUAGUGUACUUUUUGUUAUUUCACCUCCUUCUGUUGACAAAAAUGUUACUUUCUCACAGUAUUGGCAGCUUGGAGAAGAACUACUCUUAAUUUGUUGGGAAAGCACAAAACUUUAUGUUCAAGGUUAAUGGCUGACCAGUCACCAGCAAAGAAAAGGAGAAAAGUGGGGAAACAGUAUUAAUACCAGCAAAUCACACGAGGAGCUGAGUGAAAGAGAUGUCGAGUAAAUUGCUGAAAAUAGACACAAAGAAACCACAAUGGGGAACGGGGUUCAGCUGUUUUAAGAGACUGGUCGGACGAAAAGAAAAAUCCAACAGAAAAAUAGAGAGAAGGUGACUUCUACAGGUGCUUCUGUUAUAUUUUGUUCCUGUUGCGAAUGCCAUAAAAAAGCCCUUCUGACUGACUCUGUUUCAAUCUAUAGAAAGACGUCCAGUUCAGUCAAUGUUAACAUUUACCAUAGGAGAAAAAGACAGCAGAUUAAAGCAUGGUAGGUUCAAGAGCACAAAAAGACUUGAGGCUACAGUAAGAAAAAUACAUACAACUGAAGGUGGCACAUGUAGUAAUUCAUAAACUGAGAGUACAUGGUGAAUGGAAAAGAUGAUUUUCUGUUGGGGUUGUAAUACAGUAAAACAACCCCAUAACUGUACACUAACUUUUACUUGACUGAGCCAAAAAGAGCACACUGUAGAUAAGUUGAAGUGAAGGGCACAUCUGCCUUGUAGUCAUCUGAGCAGUUUUGAGUGUAUAAGCAAAAAACAUGGCCCAGAGAGAUCUCCAGAGAUGACUCUUGAGCACUUGUAUCUUUGUAAACUGACAUCUACCUAUUUAAAUCCUCUUCCUCCAUCUGCCACCUAAAGGCGUAUUUAAACAGGCCAAGGGAUGGACACCUAAAGGGACUUUGAAUCACCUCUGAGCAUAGCAGGCACAAAGAUACAGCAGUGUGUGCAUAGCGAACUGGCAUGACAACAAUUGCCUGCAGACUCUUUGAUCAGGCACAGGAGGAGAUGCCUAAAGGCAAUGGGAGUGGGCCCAGGAAGGGUGGCCUGGAGCCAUCGGGGCAGAUACAGUAGAAGAGUCUAAGCUGCCAGCUUGGAGAAAACCCUCCUCUGAGCUUGCUUAGUGAUGGCUGGCCUCCACAGUUUGUUAGCAGACACCUGGGUUAGACAAAAGACCAGAUCCCUAGAGAGGAAAAACAUGAGCAAAAGCAUGUGCUGAGGAUGAUACGAAAGGGUAACACAAUGAGAGGAAGACACGCAGGAAACAGAAGAGCAGUUGUGGAAGGUCUGGUCUGAUGUAAGAUCCAAGCAUGUAGAUUUCUGCUGCAGUUUGUCUGUGUUUAGUAGCUGUAUGGUUGAAAAGUCUCCUGAUAACUUAAAAUAAACCAAGAAAAGAGAGCAGAAAGAUGGACAGAGAGGAUAAAAAACACCAUGUGAUCAGAGAAAUCGUUUGGACAAAAAGACAAAAUGACAUGGCAGAAGGCCAGGCGCUGAGAGCGAGGCAUUGUGGGCCGGCUGCCAUGAUUCAAACUGUGUAGUUAAGUUGUUUGCCAGGAGAGAAAGAGACCACACUAACCACUCUGUUGUUUGUGCUCCACCCGGGUGUUCCCUGAGUUUACCUCCGACAAACAAAAGCAUCAGCGACAUUUUCUACGUUUUUAACCUGACAUAAAUUACAGUUACAGCGGGGUGGCAUAGCCAGUAAAGUGGAGGUCACCAGCUACAUCUGUUAAUUUAACAUGCCUGCAUACAUGCCACUGGGCCCAACACCUUUUCAGGGGCAAACAUGAUCAGUCCCUAUUAGUCACUCCUGGCGCUGAAUCAUUUCACACUUUCAGCUGAUGUUGUUCCACCACAUACGAAACUCUGUGACCUUUACAGCUGCAUUCAAAACUUUAGGGCACUACUUUCAGUGACCUACUUCUCUCUUUUUAUGUUUCAGGUGACCCGAUAG